AUGGUGAAACGGUCGCGCGUGUACUGCAGAAGCGGCAGUAGCGGCAGCGGCAGCGGCAGCGGCGUUGGCGGCGGCGGUGGUUGGAACCGGUGUAGUAGUUUUGUGGUGACUAUCGGCGUGUUGGUGUUGUAUAUUUUCUUGUGCAGUGGUUCGGUUUUGGGCGCGUCGCUAGGGGACGACCGGUCCACGCAGUACGCCGCCGCGGUAGUGCAAGUGGCCGAACGGACGGCCGGCGUCUCGUUCGCCGCGACGAGGUACACCGACGACGCCGCCGCAGCGGUCGCCGGGACUCCGGCCCGGAGCGGCAGAUCGGCGGCAAAUCUGUCGCACAUCACCGGCACGGCGAGAAAAAUCAAAAUGUUCAUCAAGAACAGAUACCUGCAGGUGUUUCCGGACGGCACGGUGAACAGCACGGCCGAGGAUACGAGCGAUUAUGGUGAGUGAAUAAUAAUAAUAAUAAUAUAGGUGCCUGUCCAUUAUAAUACGAGCCUACCGACCCGUUUAAAUGAUACCUAAUUAAUAUAUAUAUACAUAUAUAAAUAUUACGAAGGAUACGCGAGUUAGUUGUGAUCGGAGCCGCGAGCGAAAAUCGGGUGUGUGGUCAUCGUUUUUUUUUUCUACCACGGAAACAUUAUAAUAUUAUAAAUUACACCGUAUAGGUAAUAAAAUGCGCGCGAUUUAAAUUUCAACCGGCGACGCGCUAUGUGUCGGAAACCCUAAUUUUCGUAAAGCCCACGCGUACCCGUUAAUACAUAUUAUAUAAAUGUAUACUUACACCAAAAUACGAGUAUUGGCUACGCGUAAGUAUAACAUAGUAUGCACUCGGGUUACACGCCGACCGAACCGGCGAUCGGGCGAGUUAUUAUAUUAUAUGGGUAAUAUAUUAUAAUGGUUGGGUAUCGGAAACAUCACCAGCAGAGGUGCAAACGUUGCGCCAUAAUAUAUCGGCGGCACGACGUUUUCGGAUAUUAAUUUAUUAAUAAUCGCGGACCGCCAUGACGGGCCUAUAAUAAUAAUAACACACUUCUCUUAGGCCUUAGUACCUCCGCGGACGAUACUCAGAGCGCAUAAUAAUAAUAAUAAUAAUAAUAAUAUUAUACGAGUAGACAGUGCAGCGAUGGAAUAAUAAUAUUCUUGUUUUCGGGUGUAAACCGACGCCCGGAGGUUCUGCGAUCGGUAUCGCUUUCGAUUUGACAAGCAAUGGCGUAUUUACGGGAGAGUGGGGCGCGGGGGGGGAGAGGGUAGAGAGAGAUUAGGGAGAUAAAUUUCCCCGUUCGAUCUUUAUAUCGGUCUAGUAUUGUAUCGUUUAUACGGCCGGUGCCAAAUUUUUAAAUUCAAAUUUUCAAAAUCGAAUAAAAACCCGAACGUAUACCUAUGUAACCUACAUAACCUAUCUGAACCACUAGCUAUUAAUACGAACGGGUUCCAAUUAUCGUACGUAAUUAGUAAAUAAACUAAUAAAAAUUAUUUCUAAUAGGAGUGGUGGAAUCGGGAGGAGAAAAAACAAUCGAACUCCUGUAUAGUAAUUUCGAAAUAGAGAAUAGGGCCUCUCCUCAAUUUCCCCUUACCCACGUCCCUGAAUUUACUGAUGUUCACGAGAUGUACGCGGUUUUAUAAUAUUAUAACUCCACUCGGCGAAUGUUUGUCUGUCUGUUUGUUAGGGUCGUCGUCAAAUAUGCUUGUUAUGCAGUAUUCGAAGUCUGUUUAGACUGAAAUUUAAAAAGAAAAAAAAAACGGUCCGUAUUAAUUGUUCAUUUCGUCAAAUAAUAAAAAUAAAUAAAAACAACAAAACAAAAUAGAAGUGCCUAAUCGUGAAAAAUCGAAAGUAAAUAUAAUUACGAUCCCGGGCAUAUUAUGUGAUCUCGUCGCAACGACGAGUAGAAUUUAAUUAAUUUCAAUUAUUACCAAUCAUUUAUUUUAACAUUUUUUUUUACGUACACGGACACAAUUACGUUUUAAUAUUUCUAAAUCGAACAAAAUCAAUAUCAUUUACGAUGCAGCAUAUGCAUUAAGAAUACAAAAUAAAUAAUUUCGUGAUAAUAUUUGUACGGAAUAUAUCGAUAGGUAAUCGAAAUGUAACGAAAUAUGUUGUGAUUUAUACAUUUAAUUACUAGAUAAUAUUUAUUGGAGUAAAGACACGAAAAUGGAUUUCUUGUUUCGGAAUUAAUUUUUUCGGUAUAGUAAACGUCUUUAAAACAAAAUUAGAUAAUUUUUGCUACACCUUUUCAAGUAAAAUCGAAAAGCUGAUUUAAAACACAAAGAAAUGUUUGUCGCUUAAAUUCAAUUUUUUGCUCAUUUGAUAGAACGUGACGAAUUUUUUUUAAACUUAUUCUAGGAAAAUUUAGACAAAUAAUUCUCAACAUUAAUUACGUAAUAUUAUAUUGAUUACACUAAUGUUGAAACACAACAUAGCUUGGUAAAUCGAAGUGUUUUAUUUAAAAAAAAUUCUUAAUAACCCUGGUGUGAGUGUAGAUAAUUUGUUCAGUGUAUCAAUCCAUACUAUUUUUGGAAUAUUAUCUUUUGAAAAUAACAUAAAUAUAUAAAAAUAAUCAUACAAACGUCAAUAUAUCGUAAAUAGGAGGUUAUGUACUAGUUUUAAAUUAAAGAAAACUUACUAUAAGGCAAUUUCAAUUCAAAUUCUCAUUGAAACGAAGUCGUAAGGAUUUUAUUUUGUAUUUCGGUAUUAGGUAUGUUAUUUUAGAAACCUCGAUUUUUUUUCAAAUAUUUUAUUCUUCAUAUAAAUUACCUACGCAAAUACGCGAUAUAAUAAUGUUGUAAACUUAAACUUGAAAACAUAUUAUGUAUAUUUUUUUAUGACAAUGUUAUCUAAUAAAACUUAAAAUUUGUACUUUUACUUUGUAUACGUUUUUAGUUUUUCAAAGCUUUUCGCGCAAAAAUAAUAAUAAUUGUAAUGAAAAAAGGCUGAUAUUGUCACUAUUUUAGUGGGAAGUUGUAAGGGAUGAUAGAUUGAGUAAUUUUAUUAGUAUCAGCAUGCAAUGAUAAACAAUGCCUAAAGAAAUACGAUUGUGAGCCGAUAAUAUUACUAGAUAACAUAUUUAUUCCCUUGUUGAAAUCAAUAAAAAUUCUACAAACAAAUUGAGAGUUUUUCUAAUUUAUUAUGAAAACUACAAAGAAAAUAAAAAAAAUGACCUAAUUAAUGCACAAACUAGAUCAAAAUUGUACAAAAAAGUUCCAGUAAAGUUUUUUAAUGGAGCAUGAUUUCUGGUAAACAUAGGUUAUUUACAAUCCUCCCCCACACACACUGAAAAAAAAAAAACAAAAAUAAAUUAUAGUAUAAAACUAAUCUAAAAUUAUUUUAAAAUUUUAGAAGGAAAACGUAUCUCAAUAUUUUAGGUAAAAACGUUUUUAUUUUUUUUGUUCAACUACAUUAAAACACCGAAAGCUUCUGGUCCGUGAUCCGUUAAAAUCAAAUUUUGCCAAAAUUUUGUCAUUUGUAAGUUUUGUGAUCAAAAGUUUGAAAUUUGUAUGUUCAGUCAUUUUAUCUAAUACAUUUAAAUUAUUUAAUGUAGCUAUUAAUGUUUAACCUACGUGGGGUAACUUUGAUAUCCACAUUUUUUCAUUAUAUUAUAAUAUGUUAUAUGGAGGUAAAACUAUCAAAGUUGUCAAAAAAAGACAUUUUUUUUUUUUUCUUAGUUUUUGAGAUAUUUCAAUUUUACAUGAGUUAUGGGCAUAUAGGUAUGUUAGUGGAAAACUUCAUUAACACAUUUCAUGACUGCAGUUAAAAAAAGCCAUUUCAUCUUUGUCACUAAAAACAGUAGGUCGGUUUGCAUAUUUUCCUUGUGUCGGUUAUGUAAUGUACCAUAAGAAAUUUUGUACAAUUUGCUAAUAACUAAAAUUGAUAUUUCGCCAUCAACUAUUUAUGUUAAAAUUUCAUCUAGUUUAUUAUUAGGAUUCAGGACUUUAUGCACUUAAAAUUCAUAAAAAAGUGAUAAAAAAAUGUCAAAAAAGGCUUGAAAAUUACAAAAAAACAAAAGAGCUGAUACUGGGAAAGGUAGGAUACAUAUGGUUGUUUAUAUCUGUAAGCAACGACAAACCAUUGCUUGACGAAAGACGAUUAUGAGUGCAGUUCAGAAUACAACAUUUUUGCGUCUUUCGUUUAAAUUUGAUUUCGAAACGCUUAUAAAAAAAAAAAAAAAGGUUUCCGAUAAUUUUAGAAAUUUUACUACGUCUGUGUAUUAUUACCAAGUUUCAAAUCUCUACGUAUACCCGAAUUACAGUAAGACUCCCAAAAAUUUAAAAAAUUUUAAAAGCUCAAAAGCUUUGGCGAUGAUACCGUAAGAAAGUAAAUCAAAAAAGGCAAUAAAAAAUGUAUCUUAUAAUUUUUCGACUAAAUCACUUUUUUCUGGUAGAAAACGUCGUCCGUGUUUAAUAUAAAAUAAUGAAAUCGUGAAAUUGUACGUUUUCCUAAAUUUUUUCGCACUUAAGUGCUUUUAUUUAAAAAAUGGCGUCAAAAAUCUUAAAAAGACUUGUUUAAAGUACCAUCUAGACAAUUUGAGCUAUCAGAAAAGUUUCUACAGGUAAAAAUCGGAGCACGUUUCCUUGGAAAAAGCGUGUCCACAGAUUAGAACAAAGUAAAAGAAGAAGAAGAAGAAGAGGAAAAUAAUAAUAAUAAAGAGCAUUGUAAAACCAAUAGCUUCCUCGCUACGCUCUGAAUCUAAAGUGGUAUUAUGUUUUUAAAAGCACACUACACAAAUUAUUAACACAAGUUUUUAAAUGAAAUUUUAAGUAUUAUGAAAAAAAGAAAAUUACAUGUGUUAUAUAAUUUGAUUUAAUAGUUAGUUUGUUGGUGGUGAAUAUUUUAAACCCACCUGGGCCCUGUGUUAUUUUUGAUUUUACUUUUUUUUUAGAUUUUAAAUGCAUAACGUCCUGGCCUUACUUUUUAUUAUUAUAAUAUUUUUAUGGCCUACUGUCAGGUUUCUUUCUUUUGGAGUGCGAACCACUAAUAAAAAGUAGAAAAAAUAUGUAUCAAAGUUACCUUAUGAUGGUUAUUGAAGUUACCAUACAUUAAAAAAAAGUAUGUUACUCAUAAGUUUAAAAAUAAAAUUUAAUUCAUAACAACGUAUUUCAAUGUCCGUAAUAACACUACACAAAUGUAAUAACACUACACAUGUACGUAAAGCCGUUGUACUUAAAAGUGUACCUACUUUACGUAGAGAUUAUUUUUUUAAAUAAAAAAAAUUAACUUUAUUAUGUGAGUUUAAUAACAGUUGAUUAUGAACAAAUAUUGAUAAGAACGGUUUAUCAAAAUUUAAUUUUGAUACUUGGCCUUUUGCACUACGCGACGAAAUAUGCAAAACGCCAAUUCGUAUACGAUAUUAAAUGUUUAUAACAAUGUUUUAAUAAAAUAAUAUCUAUUAUCAAAGUCACCUCAUUUCACGGUAUCCACUAAAAUUUAUUUCAUGGCUAACUUUCACGAAACUUGGCUGUUUUGCAAUUUCUUAACUUUUGACCAGGCCAAAAUGUUUUAUAUUAUUUGUAAUUAUGUUUGUAGACGCAAAUUCACAGUUUGUAAGUUAUUCCUUCUUGAGUUAUUCCUGAAAAUUAAGUUAGCCGUGGUUUGUAAAACUUUUCGAUAUUUGUCCAGGUCAAAAUUUUUUGCAUUUUUUAUAAGUAUUUGAAAGCGAAAAUCUAUAAUUUAUUAGUCAUCUCUUCUUGAGUUAUCUCUGAAAAGUAGUAGUGGUCAAUAUAGUGUUUGGUGUUCCACUAUAAUAUUCCAGUCAAAUUAGACAAAAAACGACUGAAUUCGAAACUAAUUCCCUGAAACUGAAUUUUGGUAUACAAGUAGUUUAUAAAUCACUAAUAAAUAUACUAAAAGUCUUGAUACCUAUCCCUUGUUCGUAGCCUCCCACCUCUCUUGGUGGGAGAAACGCGUUUCUUUCACAGGUGUCAACUGUUAAAGUAACAAUACAAAUACCUAUGACCAAAAGUAUAGAUCAUACGAUUUACCUAACUUUUAAUAUUUGUAUAUUGCGGUCAGGUUAGGUAUCAAUACAGGUAGAUUAUCACCAAACAAUUACAACUUAGUGCUUAAUAUAAAAAAAAAAAACAGAUGUUAUAUACGGAAGAGAAUCGUAUAAAUAUAGGAAUAAAAAAAAAAUAAAUAUAGAAUUGGCUAUUUUCAGUACCUGAAUGACAAAUUAUAUUUAUACUAUUGUACUCUAGAUAUUAGUAAUGAAUAAUUUAUUUUAGUAAUAUUUACUUUAUAUUUAUUCAUAGAUUAUUUGUCAUGUAUGUUUGUCAUAUUUUAUAACUAAAUUGUUCAUAUAAUGUUAUUUUAACUCUCUACCACCAAAACAAGUAUGUGCUUUAAGGUGGUAGAUAUUCUGUGUUUUAUUUUUAUUUAAACUUUAACUAUCAUGUAAAAACAAAUAUAAUUUCUCUAUAAAUAAAAAAAAAAAAAAUAGAAUAAAAAAAAAAAAUUGGGCUAAUAUUUAAAAAGUGAAAAUAAAGGAAAUUGGAGAAAAAUUGUAUUUUAGUUUUCAUUUGUCAAUGAAUAUUAAUAGUAUAAUAUCUAAAACAAUGAUAUAUUAAUGAAUUCAAAUUAAUUUAACAUCCAUUACAGUAACCUAUCAUCCGACACUAUUUAUUAUUUAUGUUUAUUAUUGAAGUAUAAAUUACUUGUGUACCAAAAUUCAGCUUUUGGGGAAUUAGUUUCGAACUUUGUCGUCUUUUUGUUUAAUUUGACGACUAUUAUAGUGGAACACCAAACAUUAUAUUGACAACUACUACUUUUCAGAGAUAACUCAAGAAAGGACAACUUACAAAUUGUAAAUUUGCGCUUAAAACUACGUACAAAUAAUACAAAGUAUUUUGGCCGGAUUAAAAGUUUAGAAAUGGUAAAACUGCCAAGUUUUGUGGAAGUUAGUUGCGAAAUAAAUUUUAGUGGAUAAUUAAAAACGGCUGGACUUACAAAUUUUUAAUUUUUGCUUACAAACACUUAUAAAUGACUUACACAAUUUAGUUCGAAGAAAUUAAAUUUGUGCGGCUACUUCAUGGAUCUGAAAACAUCUAAAACAUUAGUUUUUUUACUGCAAUUUCUACGUUUGACUUUUCUUUUUUAACGGUAUUCUUUUGAGUCUCAAGAUACUCUUACAAUUAUGGCAACGUACACGAAUUACUGUCUUCGAAGAUAAUGUCUUGCUUUUCAAUAACUGUUUUCUAAAAUAAUACAAUAAAUAAUAUUUUAGAGUUUUUUUUUUUUUCAAAUAAAUUAUUGGCUUAACGAUAGUUAUUAUUUGUACUAACUUUGAAGUUGCGUCUAUUUGUUUAAUCGCUCGUGGUUUUUUAAUUUCCGUAUCAGGAGAGUUCGGUUUAGCAGAGUUAUUGUUUAUUUUGGCAGUGCUAUUGAGCACAAUAAGUGUUUUUUUGUUUUCAGACGGAGCGUUCUUUUUAGUCAGAGUUGUGCUCACACUUUUCAAUUUUGUAGGAAUUUUAACCGCAGCAUCUCUUAAAUUUUGCAACGGUUUGGGUAAAUUUUUCGACUUUGUGCUCGUAAUUUUUUGCUGAUUCAUUUUGACCGACUUUACUUUGGAUAAAUCGUUUUUGUUAUUUUGAUUUUCGGUUUUCGAGUUUUUGUCGUUCUUGAGAUUAAAUGUUAAAUUUUUUUUUUUAUCGGAUGCGCCGGAUGUAGUCUUUGUCUGAUUCAUGUCGUCUUCUUUUUGUAAUUCAUUUAAUAGCCCCUGGACCUUUUGGAUCAUAUUUUUGCUUUUCUUUUUUUCGGUUUCUUUCCUGACCAAUUCGACUAUCUUAGAAAUUACUACCUCGAGAGUGUUAAUAUCGGUAGAUUUAUCUUUUGUCAUAUUUCUGAACGACGGAAUCUGACCACUUUUCAAAUUUUCAAUCCUAAUGUAGUCCGAUUAAAUUGAAUUAAACUGUAGUAGUGUAUAAAUAAUUUUAAUUGAAUUUUGACAAGGAGGUGAAAUGUUUUUUUUGUUUCUAAAUGGGUACUUGUUUACUAUAUUACUUAUUUAUGUCAUACACAAUUUUCACUACGCUACAUAAUUGGUGAAAAAAAAAACAAUAUAAAUUAUUUGGCUACAAUUGUUUUUUUUUUUAUGAUUUAAUAUACAACAGUAUAUUUUGAUAAGAAAUAAUUGAAUUAACACGAGUGAUAAAAUAUUUUUUAAAAGUAUGAUGAUGUCACAAAACAUAUAUAUAAUUAUUAUAAAAACACGAAACACAAUAUUAAAAUAUUAUUGUUCGUUUAUAAAGUGUUAACGAUAAAAUCUAUUAGCGAAUUUUAUGUACACCUACAUACCAUAUACCGAUAUACUCAAGGCUGGACAUUAACGAGUAAAUAAGUUAAUGUAAAAUUUAAGAUAAAUUAAACUUUUUUCUCAGAUAAUUUGUACUCAAUUGAUUUCUUAUUUUUUUAAUUUAAAUAACUAAUUAACAAGUUAAUUUUGAAUUAUUCUAUGUAAUGCUAAUCUUAAGUUUUUUAAUUUCGUCACAAUAUUAAAUUUACAAGUUAUUCUUACACUAAUUGAAUAGGUAAGGUCGUAUAAAAAUUAUUAUUUCUUUUACUUAAUAAUAUGUGUGAAUUUCCUAGUUUAAAAUAAGUACAAUUUGAUUUAACUUAUGACAAAUUCCCUGCCAAUAUAUCAAACAAUUGAUGAUUCUUAUUUUCAGAAAAGUGAAAACUCUUGGUAUAAUUAUUUAUACAAAAAACAUUAACUUAACUUUAGUUAAUAAGUUAUCUGAUACAAUUUUCAAAUUUAAUUUUAACUUAAAUCAGCUGUUAAUUAAUAUAAUAAUAUUAAUUUGUCACGUGUUGAUUCGUUAACUUUUUUCAAUCAAUUUAACUUACCUGAGUUAAUAUUAUCCGUUAUUUGCUCGGCCUUGCAUAUACCUGUAGAUUUUUUUUAAAACGAUUUAAAUUUUUUUACUUUUUAUACAACUAUAUAUUGUGCUGUAGUUUAAAAAUACAAUAAUACAAUAUUUGUAUACCAAGGUUAACCAAUACGAAUAUGCGGAUCAUUUUUCCCAACGUGUUCCUAAUGCGUGGAUAUUAUAUAGUUGAAUUUUGUGAAAAUGUAAAGUAAAACCGGCUUCUGUUCAUUGUCUUCCGAAAUUCUUUAGAUUCAGAUGACGACAAAAAGAUAAUUUGUUAAUAAACGAAUCUUGAAUGAACUGAUGCUAUACUAUCGGCAAUAAAUCAAUUGGACCCAAAUUGUAGGUAUACGUAUAUAGUAAUCCACCGUGGUAUAAAAUCGUAUGGAAACCUCGUUGGCUAGAUAAAUAUAUACAAAACAUUGAAUUUUUUUUGAAAUUUGUUAUCAGAAGAAUCUUUAAAAAAAAACUAUAUUGAUUUUUUUCUUCUGUUCAUUCUGUUAUGUAUAGAAAUUAAUUAAUUUAUUAUAUAGAUCAUUUAGAUCGUUAAAUAAUUAAUGCUAGCUUAUAAAUAUUUUCAAUGGUUUCUAUCUGUUUAUUAAGUAUACCGUGUUUGAAUUGAUUUUGUCGUAAUAACUUGACAUAACUAUUUACGAAUUAUCGACGAUUUCAUUAUUUUUAUAAUAAUUUAUUGUUUAGUUAUAAUCAAAAAAAAAGAAAAGAAAAAAAUACAUGUGUCACGGAAUUCAUUUUUCAAUAUUCAUAUAUAAGUGCGACAGCGCACUGUCUGUACCGCAAUAUCCAAUAUAUAGAUCAAACAAAGGUUUAUUAUUUUAGAUUUUGAGUUCCAUAAUUGAAAGGAUGGGUUAUUGUUUGCGGUCCUCAUUAGACAGUUUAGGGGGGAGUUUUGGAGGAAACUAGUAGAAAAAUGGGAAAUAUGUAUGAAAUGGAGCAUGGAAACGGAUGCGACGAGGUGGAACUUUAAAAUUGAUGAGGGAGAGGAGAACGGGAGAAUCUAUUUUGCCAAUGAGGAGAUUUGAUAGGAAUGCAAUUUAUGUAUCUAUCUAUGGUCUGCUAGGGUUGAGAGGCCCAGCUUGCAUAGGACAGUAGAGUAGUCGUGGGGUAUGAGACAGGGAAUAUUACCAAAGAAACGGCACAUAAAGCAACACUAUCAGAAUCGUUUUUCCGUUAGCAAUGGUUAAUCGUUGCGUACAUAUAUAUAUAUUCAAUUUCCCCUUUAAUAGCUUCCCAACUUCUCACCUACAACAGUUACCCACCCACGUGCGAAGUUUGUCAGUUUUUUUUUUUAACUGUAUUUAUGUCUUCAAAUAAUUUAAUAACAGCGUUUAUAUUAUUGAGUAAUGUCCAGGAGCAUAAUAUUCAAGACGUUUUAGACGUGUGGUCGUGUGGGCACGAUUAUUUAUGAGUCGAUGUUUAAACAUUUUUAUUUUUUAUUAAAAUAUGAGCUGGUCUAAACCUAGAGGCCGUUGCUAAAUUAGUUCGAUAGAGUAUCCACACUGCAUACGUGUAUGCUGCAAAAAUCCCAUCAACAGUGUAAACGAUAUAUUAAUCGCAUUAUGUUUACACGUCUAAAUUGAUACAUUUAACAUUUUAUAAUAAAAUAUUCUCCGUCACAUUUUAAUAUUUUUUUUUUUAUAAACAAAAAGUGAAAGUUUAUUGAGUUUUUUUUAUAUUCAAACAUUAUUCAAUACGACCGACCGGUGCAUUUAAUCAUAUUUUUUUGUAUAAAGAGUAUAAAUAUGACUUAUAUUAUUAUGUAUAUAAUAUAUGCGUUUAGAAAUAUAAUCAAUUAUAUGAGUUAUUAUUUAUAAUGUUAUUAUUGUCAUUUAAAAUACACAAUUCUAUAUAGAUUAACGGUUUGAUUAACCUAGGCUACAUACAAAAUAUGCAGUGUUACUAUAAUAUAUUAUUAUACCCGGUGAUACGAAUAAUGAUCACUUAUGUAUAUUAUAAACUCACAAAUCACGAUCGAUUUGUAUUAUAUCACAGUCUUUAAUAUUAAUUUAUGGGACGAUUAAUAACAGUUUAAAAUAAUUGAAAAAAAAAAAAAUCAUCCAAGAUUAAAUUAUUAUUAAGUAUUAAUACUUUUAUUAUUAUUUAACACUUAAGGCGGUUUCGAAAGUUAUUCUAUUAAAAACAAUUUUCCAUCACACUCGUAUAUUAUAUUCUUGUCUAUGUACAGUUAUAUAAAAGUCAUAAGUACCUUCAAAAUGACAUGAUAACCGCAUAAAAACAAAUAAGUAUCGUUGGUUUUAAUAUUAGAGUAUUAAUAUUGACCGGCAGCCUAACCUAACCUAAUCUAAUGUUCAGUGACGUGCCCUAGGGAGGGCUAAGAGGGCUUCAAUCCCCUUUAAUCAUUGUCCAUGUUAAAUACAAAAACAUUAAUAAUACAAACUAUUCAGUACUGGACAAUUAUUACUAAUAUAAUAAUAAUCAUUACGUAUUUGAACUAAUUAUUCAAUUAAGUACAAAUAAUUGUACCUACUACAUGUGUUUUCCGAAACGGUUUUUUCCCCGUUGGAAAACCCUGGGUACACCACUGAGAAAACUGAGCAAUUUCAUCGUUGGUUUUGUGUCAUUAUUUUAAUUUUCAAUCGAGAGAUAACUUUUUUUGAGUUCUAAUAUUUCGCUUAAAAAUUAUAAAUUACCGACAAAACACCCACGUAGUUGAACGGAUGCAAUGUUCUUAUUUAAAGUUAUUUAGUUGUUAAAUGAUAGAUGAAUUCACUCUAUCGUAAAACUAGAGGCACACAACGUUGUCCGCUAAGUGUUGAACGCAAAUUUAUGUCGUACGCAUGCUCGUAAAUAAGGGGGACUUAGCCUUAUAUAAACCAUCUCAAGCACUACCUAUAAUAUUUGAAGUAAUUUAGUCUUUAAUAUUUGGUUUAAAACCUAUUGGGUUCAAGUUCUAUGUAUUUUCAGUUUAUAUUUAUGCCAAUGGUCAUAUAUAUGUCGAUUUUAUAUACAACUAUAACUUAAAUUUUCUCAAAAAUAAAAAUAUUAAAAAAUAUUUACAUGGGUUAUUAUUUAUGUAGGUAAAAUGUUCUCUAAAUUGUAUAAAUUUGUGUUUAGAGAAAAUCUUCAAUGAGUAGCGUACAGAAUCGAGAUCGGAUUUUGUAUUACUAUAAUAUUAUUUAGGAAAAAUGGUUAUCAAGUAAUAAUAAUAUUUAAAAUCGUUUUAUUAAAGUGUUUUUUUUUUUUUUUUUUACCGAACCCAGACUUCUAAACUGCGAUAUGUUUUGAACGUUUAUGUCUCCGAACAUUUAUUUCGAAUAAGAAAUUUGUUCGUCCGAGUUGGUAGAUUAACGAUAAAUUCGGUUGGAAAAAUAUAAAAAAUAAACGCUUACUGGAUAACUUUACUAUGAAUAAUAAUAAUACUAUUUAUAUAAUAUGAACGAAUUAUAUAUAAAAUAGAAAAAAUAUCGGUAAUAGUGUAAUAACGUCGGCGCCUAAUGUCGAUUACAAUAAUUAUCAUAAUAGGCAUUCUUGUAUUUUAUAGAUAAGUGAAAUAUAGUAUAUGUUAUUCGACUGUUUUAUAGAUUAGUAAAAAUAUAACACACCACGUAUAUUCAGUAUGGUUUUUUUCUUAAAAUAAAUCUAUAUUUUUUUUUUUCCAUAUUUCGUUUUUAUUGAAUAAUUUGUAAAAAUUUGAAAAUGUGUUAAGUAAACGUGGUGUGUAAAUCAGAAUAUAUACACAACACCAUUAAGCUUUAUUAAACGUAUAAUAAUGAUAUUGUACCAGCUAAUAUUUUAAAAACGGACAAAGUAGUAGAGUCGUAUAAUAUAAGAAGCUGCUUAUUCCGUUUUAACUUAUGUAGACCAGUAAUUGUAGUAAUCAAAAUAACGCUAUAUAACCAGUUCAUACGAGAGUAUAAUACAGCAGACUCGGCAGAAAAACAUUUUCUCGCAUCAUUGACGGUAACACACAGCUCAACUACAUGUUUAUUUCCGAUAAUGAUUAGCAAUAACAACACCGAGUCGUGCUAGAAAAAAAAUAAAUAACAAACAUUAUUCUGUCCUAAGAUUAUGUUAGGUUAUAUUUCGAUAAUUUACAAAUAAAUAAUUAUACACGCCAAUUUCCUAAAAAAAAUAAUAAAUCGUCAUUGAUAGGUUUUAAUGCAGAUUUCCACUAUACUGUAGACGUGUCAAUGCAGUUUUUGGGUGUGUUGCAAAAGCUAGUAUUAUUAUUACUAUUCCAUACAGAAAGGUUCCGAAUUAGAAUUAAAGUUUGAACGGUUGCCUGAAAUCGUUAUUUCUGUUUUUUUAUACAACCGUGUGUCGAAAUUGUCUACAUAGAAAAAUGUGUAACCGAGAAAUAAAAAUAAAAAAUUACUGUAAAUUGUCAGUGUUCGAUUAGACUUAAGUUUCUGUAGAUGAAGGUUAUUUUUAUUUUAGUAUUUUUAAAAUUUGUCUCCAAUAAAACAAUUAUAUUAAUCAUGAAUACACAAAUUUGUAUAAUGCAAGUAAAAUAUAGGUAUAGUUGAAAUAUAUUAUGCAACCUAGGUAGGUAUCUGCUAUGUUUGAAGAAUGAAACUUUUUUAAGACGCCUAAUAACAGUCGAAUUCAUUAUAUUAUAAUCAUUAUAAUCUUUAUCUCGUACAUUAACAUAAACAGUUUUUUAAAUGUGAACAAUAUGAAAAAGAGUGAUUACUUAUCAUAUUUUUAGCGUUAAUCCUCUUUAGCUUUAUUUUCAUAUGGAUACAACUUUAUAAUGUGACCCUAACUGAACUGUCUCGUUAUUAUAUAUGCUAGUUUCUCGUUCAUAUUUCACGUUUAAAUUUUUCAUAAUAUAUUUAUAGUUCCAUUACGCUAAUAAUGUAUUCCACGUGUAUUAUGACCUCUUGUAAUCACGAGAUUUACUUACUUUAUAACUUAUAUAUACAAGAUAUUAUAACAUACAACGCGUGUUUAGUUUAUAUACUACUGUGUUGUAGUAAAAUUUAUUUAAGGAUAUCAUAUUAUAUAUUAUUAUCCUUACACCUAAUAUUUAUAUAGAUUACUCUUGGUAAUAUUUGGAAAACCAACACAGAAAAAAUAUAAACAAUUAGAUAGAUAGAAUUAUUGUUAUUUCAUAAUAAUUAUAAUUUAAUAAAAAUAAAUGUUAAAUCGUUGGUUUUAAUCAAAAUCUAUUAAAAAAAUCAUACAUAUUAUAAUAUUAUAUUCAAACGUAUUAAACAAGUAGGUACUUAAUUUAUUUAAUGAAUCAAUUGAAUAAGUAGAUAUAACGGUUUAAAAAUAUAUAUCUAAUAAAGAAGAUGCGUAUCAUAGUGUUUUACCAGGAAAAAAAAAUGUUAAUGCUAAACUUUGAAGUAUUUUAUAUAGGUUAACGACAUUAUGAAAUACUAAUAAUGUAAACAAUUAUUCAUACGGUAUUUUUUUGAACACAUACAAUUUUUAACAUUGAAAUUGAAAUUUUGGCGUAUCUGCUCAGUUUUAUACAAUAUACUUUUAUAUAUAAAAGUAAAUAAAUUAUUAAUUUUUAAUUUUAACAUUUAAUAAUUUCGUUAAUUUAUUUUAAUAACAACAAAUUAACUAAAAAGCACUCUUUAAAAUCAUGCUAAUUCACUUUUUUUUCUAUGUAAUAUAUUAUAUAAUAUAACCUAUGUAAAAUCAUAAAUUAUCAGUGUAAUAAAAUGAAAUACAAUCAACAAUAUUAUUUAACGGUAAUUGAAUUCAAUAAUAUCAUGUUAAAAUCGACAUUAAUAUAAAAUAAUAAUAAUAUAAUAAAUACUUGAAUCUAAAAAAAAAACUUGUGGUAAAAUAUAUGCUGACAACUUUUAUAUUAUACAAAUAUAAUUUCAGAUAUUACGUGAUAUAUUAUAAUAUUUAAAAAAAUCAAAACGAUAUUUUUGUUUACCAUCUUCUGUCUUUUUUUUUUCUCGGAAAACGCUCGGGUUAAUAAGAAGACUACAAAUUAUUUUCAUCGUACCUUAAAAGAUGCACAUUUUUUAUAUGAAAAUAUAGUUCAUAUUAAAUAUGUAUUUGAAAAAUAAAAUUUGUAAGUUUUCAACAGUUUUUCUAAACCUUUUCGAUAACUUACCACAAAUGUCGAUACAUCGGCUUUAUUCUCGUUGAAUUCCGGGUUACGAAUUUUUGGUUACGGGGACAAAAAACACGACUAAUAGGUACUUUACUCUCUCUUAGAUUAGGUUUUUCGUUUGCAAUGUUUGCAAUCGUUGCGUACAGCACAUAAACUAAAUUACUCUGUAUAUUAUUUUACUUUCUCAACUAUCCACCUACCACAGUGUAGGCCUACCCGUGAACAGUGUUAACUAAAAACAAUACAACUAUAAGCAUUGUCGCUACACACGGAGUCUAAAAUCAACACGAUAUUUUAGAUUACCGUCUUCGUUAAUGCACGAAAUUUAUGACUGGUAGAGACGAUACACGUUCUUAUACGUUUUUAUUAUGAGGUUUAUUUUAUAUUUGUCACCUUAUUCUUUUCUUAAUUUGUGAUUUUUUAACCGAAAACCAUUCAAAAAUACCUACAAAUUAUCAAGUAUUUAAUAAAGCCGUGGACGAUUUUUAAACAUAUACGUUAUAAGUUAAAUUGAAUAAUCAAUAUAUUAUUAUAUGUAUUAUAGGUACAUCAGGUUUUUUCAUGAUCCGUUAUUUCCUGUUUACGAUUUGAUAAUCCUUAUUUAAAUGAUCUUUUGUUAAAAAUUCAAUCUCUAAUAACAAUAUUAACAGUAACAUUGACGUUACAUUAAUCUUAUACUUAUAAUAAUAUACGGGUGCUUUCACAUUGACGUGACAUUGCUACAGGGGACGUCGAAUAUCCACCGACGUCAAAUCACACGUACGUUUUCACGAAGAGAUGAAAACGGCGAGAUAAGUUUACUUAGACCAUCUGCAGCUAGUGUAGAUGCAAACGAUAACCGUUAAAAUAAUAAUGCGUCUUAAUCGGUUACAGAACGACUAAAAUAGUCGAUUUUUAAAAUCUUAAAUUUCUCUAUAUAUUAUAUAUUUAUAACAUAGUUUAAUAACUUACACAUAAAAUUAUCGCUAAUCUGAUUUAUUGACUCCCCAACCAUACGUAUUUAUUAGAAAUGUUAAUAUUAUGAAUUACAAUAUCAAUAUUACUUGAAUAUAUACAGGAUGAUGUAUCACUGUGUGUAUCUCACAGAAAAUAAAACCAGGAAUAUCGUACAGAAAAGUUAGAUUUACCAGGACGUACACGUUUAGACACCUUGUAUAAUAUAAUCUACUAUAACAAACCAAAUAAAAUGUAAUAAAUAAUAUUGGAAUUUAAAUUAUUUCGUUUAUAUUAGGUAUUAAAUGAGUAUCAUAGGUACCAUAUUAACCGAUAUUUAACUCGGUCCAAUGAAAGUUAUAAAUUUAUAAUAAUUCAUAGUGUAGGGACUUAUAUUAUUACAUUGAAAACAUCUCUAGUUUUUUUAUUAAUGUAAUAAAACACAUAUGUUCAUAUUUACAUAACGUGAUCUAAGAAACGGAAUAUCACGAAAAUCGUUUUAGAUGUAAUUUAGUGUGUAUUAAGCAUCAUUGCCCCCAAGGGGCGUUUCAAGUGUGGGAUCACUUGUUUAAUAUAUGUAGUUAGGCAGAUAGGUUAGUCGUGGUUUUUUUUUUUUUAUUAUGCUAAAUAGCCUAGAAGAAGACGUGUUGUUAUAUAUUAUUAUUGUUGGGUUAUUAUCUCAUGACCCCUAGCCCGCCGCGAAAACGUAUUUUCAAAAUUGUUUAUUAAAAUUAUUAAAACGUGUAAAUUGAAUAAUAUUCUGAAUAUUCCAUUAACUGUAUACCAAAUCUUAAAUUUGUGAAUGAGUUAUUGAAAGUCGGAACAUUUUGUUUAGAUUUUCACAAAACCAGUUUCUUUUUUUUUAUAUAUAAUAUAUAUACUUAAGUAGUCUUCUCACUAAAAUCACUAUCGCGUAGGCAUUAUUUCCUUGUUCAUCUGGCACCUACAUUUAUAGAUUUUAAUACAUUUAAGUAAAUUGUUUAUAUAUACGUCUUUGCUAAAAUAAUAAAAAUGUUUUAAUCUAUGGGUACUUUACACAAGAUUAUUUUAGAUUCUGGGUAUAUAUUAGACAAACUAACUUAUAGCUUAACUAUAAGAUGUGUUUUUUUUGUUUUUAUCUUGGAAAGCUCUUUUUCGGUUAAUAAAAUUGCUUCAAUUUUUAAAUGUUAUACCUUAAAAAAUGCGGAAUUUCUCCCUACAUUACUUUACCAGAAAUAUUUUUCUAGACUAAUAAUAGUGUUUAAAAAUAAAAAAAAUGGAUUAUAUCGGCUAAAAGGGGAAACAACGUCUAAUAUUAUUUACCUUACAGGGGAUCGUUUAACCGAUCGGCAAAUCGGGAACUUAGAAUGAUAUUUUUUUUUUGUGUAAUGAUUCAUUUUUGCAUUUAGUAUCUAUAUAAACUAAAAUAUCUACUUAGAUUAACAGUGUCCUAAUACUGCCGAUGCAUGUGACGGUAUUUUUUUAUUUGUAUAAUAUUGCGAAUUUUACAAUCAAUAGUUAAAUUUUACGAUUGGUUGGGCAGUAUUGAAAAAAAAAACAACAAUAUUUUAAUCGCUAUAGAACGCAUAACUUAUCAUUAUAAUAUUACGGAUAAUAAGUAACUUUAAAUAAUUUCAAACUCACGAUACGUCCCGGAGAGAGUUGUUACAAUACAUUAAACAAAAAGACAUCAUGCCAAAAUAGUUGUUGUGUACCUGUAUACUUACUGCUACUGCAUUAGUGUUGCAGCUUAAAAUAUUACGCGUCCAAAUACGUAUUGGAAUACUUAUACAGUUAUUAUCUAGAUAUUAUUAUACAUGGUGGUAUUGCAUUUUUCGUUUUUAGAUUCCUAUUUUAAUAUAUAUACUAUACAAUGGAUAUCGCAUAUCGUUUUAUCGAUUUGGAUUUAGAAAUUGUCGAUUUGUUUCGUGAUACAUAUUAUACAUUUUAUGAUUGACAUGCAUGCACUCGUACUAUUUUUAUUUUUGGCAUAUGAUUAUGCGUAUUACUAAUAGAAACAAUAAGUCCAAUGUCCUUAUUAUAUAUAUAUAUAUAUUUGGUGCAGCUAACGAAAUACACUAUUUAAUAUGAAAAAGAUUAUGCUCUUUUUUCAUCUCUAUAAAACAUUAAGAUUAUAAUAUUUACUACCUAUUUUUUUUUUUUUAUGAUUUCUCGCGCUUUGAUAUAUUAUAAUCCUUCACAACGAUAUUAAAUCGGCAAUAUUAUUAUAAUUUACGCUUAAAUGAUUUAAAAUUCUAAAUUCUUAUAAUAAUACGUAAUGAUUUUAAAACCGACGGCGGCAUGAAAGUGAUAAAUAUAGUGUGUAUUGGCAUACUUUCAAAGAACUAGGUAUGUAAUUGGUAUCUAAAAUUAUCUCGAUAUACCUUUGUCAUGCAUAUAUAUAGAGGGAGAUUAUUUAAGUAGGUACGUAAAAUUGCAAAACAUAUUUUUUUUCCAGAGUAUUUCAAGUUUGAUUUAAUUUCUAUGACUUGUAUCAUAAGUACCUAUUUAUUUCGAACAUAAUAUUUUUGUUGAAUUUUAUUUUUUUACGAACAUAUAACAUUUUCGAUUUUAUUAAUUUCAGUGUUACUAAAUAUUAAAAAAAAAAAAAAAAAAAAAAACAACAAUAUUAUAAUCAAAAAUGGUCCAAGAAAAAAAUAGAUAAGUUUUCAAUACAAGCAAAUUACAUUUUGAGUAUAAAUAGGUUCACUGCCUGUAGGUCCAUAAACUAAUACACUAAUACACACAUACAUUUACUAUUGUUUUUAAAAAUACAUUCACUUAUGUAAUUUAGACAAUUUAGACAAAAUACAUAAAGGGGUAAAAUUUAAUAAGACCAAAUUCUAUAAAAAAUUGACUUAAACAUCUUGGGACCAUUGAUAUAGUUUUAUACUAUUGUUUUUGUAUAUAAAUUCUAGUCAUGAUAAUAUUAUUAUUGCACUUACUGUUAUUACAUAAUAACAGCAACAAAAAUAAAAUAAACCGUAUCUUCACAAGUGUAUAUAUACGAUAACAAUGUAAUUUUAAAUAAAUUCUCAUAUUUAGACUUUAAUAAUUAACGGACGAUAGGAAAUAUUUAAACACUUGUUUAUGUAUAUGUAGGUAAUAUUGUAACACAUUAAAUUGUAUUUUUAUCUCGAUAUACUUGCAGGGUAAAAUGAAAGACAUCUUAUCGACGAAUCUCGUCGUUUUACUGUAGCAUAAUUUGAUAAACAAUAAUAACUGUAUGCAUGACGCAUUAAAAAAUAUUCACACGCGUAUUGUAAUCAUGUUAAACGCCAAUUACGAUGUACGUGUAUUUCGAUACACGGAAUUCGAUUGUUGUUCGGUAGGUAGUUAUUUCCACGAUUAUAUUAUGUUUCGUAGAAUACAAUUCUCAAAUUGUCGUUUCGGUGCAUAAUAUUCGAAUUAUUUCGAAAAUCGGGGAGGACAGCGCCACCGGGAUGUUUAUCGUGCUGGUAGUUCGUUUUACCUAUACCGGUCCGACACACACACACACACACACACACACACACACACAAUAGAGACCAACCGUCGAAAAGCGUUUGUAAAUAACUUCGGAAGCGUAUUAACUCACAAAAGUAGUCCGGAACCACACACAUAAUAUUAUUAUACUUGCAGGUAUGUGGGUAUUUUUUUACAAAAAAAAAAAAAAUAAAUAAAAAAAAUAUUAUAGUCAUGUAUGUUCGGAAUUUCAUUUGCCUCCCUGCCGAUCUCUCACGCGGAUCGCGGUGAAGUGUUGUGUGUAUUUUUUCGUAUAAAACUCGAUCAACAGGUACUUACUUCGCCGCUUGUGCCGUGAGAACACGCAGUGCGCCUACUCCGGAUAAGUACUAAAUUUUAAAUGCUUCCAUCGCAACAGCUGCAUACAACUAUAUAGACGAAAAGUAGAAAUCUCGCCGUUACUUUAUAACGCUACCGACAAGAUAUAGGUUUAAUAUAUACUAUAUUAUAUGCCUUACGUUUGUCUAAUUUAUGUAUUAUAUAACAUGUCUGUUUACCGCAUACUUUUCUGUUACAGUAUAUUAUAAAGAAUCACAAUUUUUUAUAUCGCGCUGAAUAUUUAGAAAUACCAUAAAUACAUAAUAAUUAUAAUACCGUAACAUGAUAUUUUAAACGAAUUCUUAUAAACACACGCCUAUAGGCACCGAUUUACUAAAUUGUGAGCUUCUGCAAUUACCAGCUAUACUAUGUACAAUUCGAAACUCUUUCAUUUUGCCGUGCCGACUUUUUCUAUUACUUGGCUAUUUCUUAAUUCUUGAUCCGUUCUAAAUUUGUUCUCCGUGUUUGUUUUCGUGAUUUUCCUUGGUGACAUUUUCUCGUCUAGAUGGCUUUUUGAGUGUUGAAGGAAAUAUUUUCUUUAACGUAUUCAUCCAAAGGAAGUUGAUACAUAUGUAGCAAGGGCAGACGAAACACAGAGUUGGUAAUUUGUUUUUAUUAUUUGAAUUUGAAAUAUACAUGCGAAUACUUGGACAUUAUGCCGAUACUGUAGAUCACUACCUUAAAUUAUAUACAUUUUAUAUGCGUAAUUAUUACUUUGAUCAAUCUAUACAAUUCAAAUGAAAGUUAUAACGAUACGAUAGUGGUAUAGAUAUACGCAAUUGUUAGUAAUGCGUAUGACGCUCGUAUAACUGCAAUGUGUAACUUGCACUGGCUUUACGUGGGACUAUAGGCGAGAAAAUUCCUAAUGGCCGGUGGAGCGGGCACGCGUCUCCCAAAUUUGGUAAUAACCGGUCGAGUUUGGUAAACGAGUCGAAAUAAACGGUUGGAUCUCAAGGGAAUCGAUCAAACUACAAAUCUCAUAGUUUCUAGUCGUCAGUUUACCGAUUGGAUCAAAUUAUAUAUAUAUAUAUAUAAUAAAUAAAUAUAAAAAUGCAAUGAUAUAUAUUAUCGUUCGAUAUACUCGAUAAAAUGCAGUAGAAUCAAAUUUGUACUUGUUUUAAGUCAAGAAUUUGUAUUGUUACACUAUGACUAUGACAAUACUACCUAUAUGCGAUUUAUAUAAACCGUCGAACCGUCGGUUGUUGAUCUUGAAAUUUCGAUUUGUAAUUGAAAAUCGGGUACACAAAUUUAAUUUAUCAUGCACAAAAUGACGCGGGGAAUUUAAAAUGAAAUAUUAUUUCAUCACCUGUAUCACACAAACUGUAGUUUUCGAUUAUGAAAAUAGUCAGAUAAAAUCCAAUAGAUAAUUCGUCAAGUUCGUGCUCGUCGUAUACUGAUAAAUAUUUUUCAUAAAAUGUAAUAAUUCAUAAAUGAAACGAAACAAUUGAUCGGAAUUUAUAAUAUGUAGUAUAUGUAGUAUGUAGUAUUGAAAUAUCUCGAAUUCGAGACGAGAAUAAUCAAAUACUUAAAAAUCGAUUUAUCAAAAACUGUCCAUUUGAUCUGACCGAAAUUCUACUAGAAACACGACGAUCGACGUUUGGCCCCCCCUCGACGAACGUUCUGAUAAAUUAAUUGAUAUGUCCGUAUAAUAUAAGUUAACCUGCUACAGGUUAUCACGACAUAUUAUAUAAUAUUAUGUAAAUAUAACUGCCGGAUUGUCAAUUUAGUGUUACCAAAUCGGCCGAUAGGAUUUUAACAUUUGUAUUAUUCUAUGUGUGUAUAAUGUGUGUGUGUAUAGUGUGUGGUAUUGAUUCGUAAUCGACGACAUUUCCAGCACAAAUCUGACUUGACUGCUAUACAAAAUAUCAAAAAUUUAUAUGGGACGCAGCGUAGUUUAUAUAAUAUAAUUAAUAGUACGACCUCAAUAUUUACAAAGAUUUGGAAGAAGUGAAAACAUUUCCUAUUUAGAAUACGAUUAAAAUAAAACAUAUAUAACAUAAUGGUCGGGGAAUAUUAAUUUAUAAGUUCCGUUUUGGAUACACACCUACUGAUAAUAUUAUACACAAAUAGUUGUUUUUAAUUAAUUAUUAGUGAACACUUUCUGGAGUUUGACGAUUCAAUCGAUAGGCUAUUAUGUUAUAAUAUUUUAAUGAGACAUACCUUGUUUAAUCCGAAUACCUUGUUAGGUUAUGGUUACUGGUUAGAUUAUGAUAAUAUAUUUUAACCGUAAAGUGACCCUAAGUAUAUAUACACAGAACAGUUAUUUGAUUUGAUUGUUGUAUAUAAUAUAAUGUGAUAUAAUAGUUUAUAAUAUGAUAGUGUUGUUUGUUUUUUUUUUUUGAAAAUUCUGUAGCCGAUUUCGUCUGUUAUUUGUAUAUUGUGUAUAGCGUUGUUUCGGUGGCGGAUGACGUGAUUACUAGUGCGGUGGCGGUCGUUUUUUUCUUUAAAUUUAAAAUGUCACGACUUCCGACAUUGCCAAAACGUCGACGCCGCCGGUAGGCUGCUGCAGCAGCGCCAGAGCAACAGCAGCCACACCUGCGGAUUUCGUGUAACAUUCUUGUCGUAACAUGUAUGUAUAUAUGUAUAUUAUAUCCGUCAGCUAUUUAUCAAUAAUAAUAACACGAUGAUUUAUGCGAAACUAAGAAGUUCUCAAAAGAUAUCGAAGAAGAUGACCGGGUUAUUGUAUGCUACACACAUAUUAUUAUUAUAGGAGUUAAACAGGUUCGAGGUGCCAACGUUAAUAUUCAGAAAUCUACGGGCCGUAAUCUGUAAUAUACGUAUAGACGAAAUAAAAAAACAAAUUAUUGAACGAAACAUCGCCGUCGUCGUCGUUGUCGUAGAUAGUAGUCGAAUUUCAAAUUUUAACAGUAGCUCGACGAUACAACCAGUUUUGCACGGACUACAAAACAAUCUAAUUAAGACCGACCGUUUGGUUUUUUUUUUUAUACAUAUAUAAAGGGAACUAUAAAAUGGUCAAAUUGUUUAUUUGUUUGUUUUUUUUUUUUUGAAGUCUUAUUGUCUGAGUUUACCGACAGCAGGGCAAUACUGGAAUCGGGUAAAUAAUUCCGUGGAUUUUACGUCAAAACGUUGUCAAAACAAUGACAUAAAAAUAAUUUUUUUAAUAGACUCCGCAUUUAUGGGGCGUAAUAAUAUUAUAGCUUAUUCCGAAAGCAAUAAAUAAAAUCGUAAAAAACACAAUAAUUGUUUUCUUUAUUUAUUUUUUUAUAUUUUUCCUUUACAAGUUAACUUUUCAUCUCUAAAAAAAUGUCAAAUAUUAUGAUAUAACCAUAAAUAUGAAGAUACUAUAUUAUUUUAGGUACUUAUUGCACUUUAUUUAAUAUUACGAAAAAAACCUUGACAUACUGUUUAUUAUAUUUUAUAUUAAAAACAUUUUUUUGUUUUUGGAUGUUUUAAAAAUUAUAAAAUCCAACGUGAUGGUAAUAACAUUGGUGUAAAAUGUUAAUUCAUUGCAAAUACUAUUUUUAUAACUAAUUUAAGAUAUACUAUAUUUAGGUACCCUACCCAGCUUGCUGUUAAUGAUGUAUGUUUUUCUUCGAUUAUCGAACUUUAUCGACAUUUGAACAUAAUAUACGUGUUUCUUAUUGUACUUUCUUCUCUCGUAGGGACACAGAAAAUCAAAAAAAUCAAUUCGAAACAGGAAAUACGAGUACACGAAUCGAAUUUCACUCGGAAUAUUGUUUUUCGAACGUGAUAAUGUUACCACACAUUCGUAAUUAUUUUAAUUUUAUUCUACAUAUUAUAUUGGCUGGCGCCCUUGUAGCUCACUUAAAAUAAUCGUAACGGUUGAAACGUCAUAUUAGACCAAAAUAAAAUAAUAUUAUUCGAUGUUGACCAUUUCAUAUUAAUAUAAUUUAACUUAGAAAUUAAAUCAAUUACCCGAAGUUAUUUUUAUGUAUAUAUAUCUCUAUAUAGAGAGGAAGAGAUAUAUAUAGAGAGAGGAACGUGAUUGAUUACUUACUGAAUUUAGAUUUUGAGUGGAACGAAGAAUGUAUUGGUUUUACAAUGAUGAUUAUUUUUUUUUAAUGUAAACACUUUUUCUACCAGAAAGCUUACUCCGAUUAUCAAGUAUAGCACCUUUUCUGAAAAGAAAUUUUUCUGGGUUGUACUUUAUGGAGGUCAUUUUUUAAAAUUUUCAAGAUUAUGAGGAAAACCUCGGUCAUCAGGUUAAAAAAUAUUUAAAGAUUAAAAAUAAGAUUGUCAUUGGCAACGGUUUUUAUUUAUUUUUUGUUAUUAUUAAGUUUUUAUUAUUUUAAUAUUUUUUAAAUAAUCAUUGUUGUUAUGAAAACCACAUUGGUGUAAUCAUUUUACCAUAAUAUGAUAUAUACCAUUUAUUGUAUUGCUGACAAAGCAACACUAUCUACUGAACUCCGCUCAGAACCGUUUUUUAGUUAGCAAUGGUUUAUCAUUGCUUAUAGAUAUACAUUAAUGAAUCCUACCUUCCCAACUUUUUACCUACAACAGUGGCUGCACCCAUGUGCGAAGUUUGUCCGUCCUUUUUUUCAGAUUCUAUUUACUACGAUAAUAAUAUUGUUCAAUAAAAAUUGUAAAAAAAAAAAAAUCUUUCGAUGACAAUCAGUAAGUCAUCUGAAUUAACGUUAAAACAUUUUUGAACAUUAUAUUAUUGUAAUUGUUUUAAAUCAAUAAUUAAUUUUUUUUCGGUUAUUGGAUAUAGGCACCUACAAUAUCAUUAAAUAAUUUAAUUGAGAUUAGUGCUUUGAUUUUAUUAAUAGCAAUAUUCAAUUAUAGAAACAAAAACUAAAUAAAAAUAGAAUUGUAUACGGAUGAAUUUUCUAGCAAAAUUGCACAUACUGAAAACGAAUGUGACUUGUAAUAUGCUGCCUUCGUCUUACAAACGAAUAACAUAUCAAAUCUGAGUUCAGCAGUAACACAUUUUUGCAAUCAGUUUUAAUAUAAGAGUGAAUUGAUUUAUUAUAAAAAUUUAAUAUAACAUUAUCUGUGUAACGUUGGUGCAAUUUGUUUGAUAUUUUAAUUUUUAAAGAAAUAUGAACGUAUGAAGUAUCACAAUUUAAUAAUGCUUAUAACUUACUUGAAAAUUAAAAUAUCGAAAAAAAAGAACCUACGUUGCACAGAUAAUAUUUUUAUAUUUAAUUUUGAUAAUAGGUCAAUUCACUCUAAUAUCAAAACUAACAGUACAAUGUUGUGCCGCUACAAAGUUCAACAGAAUUCAGCUGAAUUUGUUAUAGCAAAUUUGGUAUAUCGUACGUUUGUAAAACGGAGACAACAUAAUAUACGAGUAUUACACCCUUCUAAUAAAUAUAAUAGAUAUAUUAUCUAUUUAUUGUUACUGGAAUAUUAUACAUAUAGGCUUAUUUGAAAAUGUUAUAUUUAUAAUAUUACAUAAAAAAAACACCAAUACUUAGGGCACGAGCCAUAUUAUAAUAAUCAUAAUCUUCCUCCUCUCUCGUGUACCAUAUAUAAACGAUUUUUUAUAACAUUAUCAACAUACCGUCUGCAUACCUAAUACCUGCUAUAGUAAUAAUUAUUAUGCGAUUAUAUGCAGAUUUUAGAUGUAUUUCAUAACGACAAAGUAGCAUAAUUAUUAUUAUUAUGCAUCGCGUGUAUUUUAUAAAUUAUUAUAUGAUUUAUUGACAAAUCUCAUUUUUGCACAAACGAUCAAUAUAAUAAUACAGUUUUCGACGUAGAUCAAUAAUUUAUAUUAUAGUACAGUAGUAGUUACAGGUGUGUUUUCGACAAAACCGUGUUAUUGUCUCGCUGUUGUAAAAACGGUUUUUUGUGUGCUUAAUACAUACAUAAUAAUAAAUACUCAUACUCAUAAUAACGUGUAGUGUUCAUUUUAUCCCCCGAAUCGGGUUAAAAGAAACCGCGAGUCUUGGUGAUGGUGAUUAUCAUUGGAUAACAAUAAAAAUAUUAGGUACCUCCACUCGUUAUUCGUUUGUCGGGCGGUGCCUUUGUGUCUGCAAAACGUCAUAUAUCACAUUUCGUCAGGUCUCGUCAGCUGUCUGUAAAACUGCGUAAAAACUUUUCGGUCGUUUACAAACCUGUUGCUGGUAAUAAAUCUAUAUGUUGUUCACGAAAUACGACACUAUACAUUGUGAUAUACAUCUAGUCGAUCGAACGCCGCCUCAUUGAUAGAUUUGGCAGUCAUCUAAAAAUGACAAUAACCUCAUGAUACUACUGCACCAUCGUUGUAGUGCGACGUGCGGAGAUGCCAAUAAAAAUCCCAUUAAUAUAAUAGACGCCACGAUUUCGGCGAUAUCGUUGUAAUGGUUUUUGCUAAUUAUCGAACAGAGUAAAAUGUCGCGUAUGCGCAUAAUAUUCAUAACAUAAUGUGCUCGCGUAUAAAUAGUUAAAACUUUAUAAAUCGAUAACACUAUAAUAUUAUGAUAUUCUUUGUUGUAUUACGCAAGCGUUGUACUAUCUGAAUUUAUAGAGAUUGCAAAAUAUUUGUUUUUAUCUGAACAUAGCUAUAAGCUAUAGAGUACGUGUAGCGCAGGUAUAAUAUUUUGAAGGUAUAUCUGAACAAUAAUUUCAAAAGUGAAUCUUUUACUUUUCUGUUUUUUUUUUUUUUAUUUUUAGUAUUUCAUAGUUAAAAGGGCAUUUUUAGAAUAUUUCUUGAUUAUGAUUUUUUUAUUUUCACAAUUUUCCAAUUACAAGUGGCUUUAGUGAUUUUACAGGCUAAAAUUCAAUGUAAUUUGUAUUGUUUUCCAAAGUCUGUUAUGCGAUGUUCGUUUUGUUACAAAUCCGUUUUUCAUGUAUGUUUGAAUGAUAACCAGACAUUUUGUUUUGUAUUUUUUUUAAAGUUUUUGAGACAAUUUUUUAAUUCAUUUUUUAUUAGAGCAUUUUAGGAUUUGUGAGGUUUUUGGAUCUAAAACUGAUAGAGCUUUAUUUUGAGACUUUUAUACACUAGCAAUACUUUUAUUAUUAUAUAACAAUCAUUAUUAGUAAGUGCAUUAAGAUAAUGAUCUUAUCAUCGAGCAACAGUAAUUUCAAAAUCUAGAUAAUGAAUUUCACAUUUUUUUUUUAUUUAUUUAUUUAUUUUUAUUUUAUUGAAGUUUAAAAGCGUAAAAGCAUUAUUUUUACUAAAAUUAUUUGGUUUUUAUGUGACAAUACAUUCUCAGUUUGGUAUAGCUUUACUGAUAAUAUAUUAUUGUUGUGAGAAAUGGACGGAUGAAAUCAUGUCGUUGGACGAACUUAGGCGUCAAUAAAACCCGCGGUAUACCUAAGGUUAAAACAAUAUUAUCAUUCUAUAUCUAUAUAUAUAUUAUACAGAUGUGCCGUAUUCCUUAUUGUUGUUGUCUGGCCCGUGUUAUAAUAUUUUUUCGUAUAUAGCUGACGUUUCACACCGCGUCUGGUGGUUAACUGUAUAAAAUUGAUAAUGUUAUCUGUUUGCCAAAAAAUUUCAAAGAGUUCAAUGUUCUUUUAAAAACGUGCUCUUUGGGUUUUAUAAUACAAGAGCACACUAUACGUAUAUUGCCUAAUUAAAAUAGAUUGUUUUAUAAUAGUUAAGUUUUUUAAUAUGCGUUUUAAUAUUGCGUAGGUACUUAUAACAUCAAACAUUGUAUUUAAUAUCAUUAUAAUAUGAACAUUAUUAUUAUUAUUAUAUACGAUUACGAUAAUAUUAUAUAUAUAUACAUAUAAUUAUUUUCACGGUCUUCCUAGAAAAUAUGUUUUAUGGACUUUUAUUUAAAAUAAUUUUUUUUUAAACUGUAAUAAUAUUCGUUAUUUAGAUAAAAUUUAGUUAAUUUUGUAUAUACGAAAAAUUUCGGUUCGUCGUUUUAACAAACUAUACGUGUGUAUAUAAACGUACCUAUCUAUACGUUACGUUUGCGCGAAUACAUCAUUUUAUAAUUUAUGACGUCUAAUUGUAAAAUGUUGUAUUUGUUUUUGUUAUCUGUUCUAAUCAAUUUUAUUAUAUUUUUUUCCUGAAAACGUAUACAAUUGAAUUAAAUAGGGUGUUGUUAUUUUCGUAUAUUAGAUUUAUCACGAAUUUACAUAUUAGUAUUAAUAGAGAAAUAUUAUCGAGAAACAGUAUUUUUCGUUUAAUAGAAAUUUAUUUGAUUUUGAAAACAGUAGAUUAUUAUUUUUUAAUCGGCUUAACCUGUAUAGAAGUGUCAAAUGAUAAUAACAAUAAUAAACAAAAUUAAAUUAAAAUGAUGCCUAUAAAAAAACACGAGCUAUUGGUUACGAAAAAAAAACCAGUUAAUUAAUUCUAACGAAAUUAUUUAAUAGUUUGGUUUGAUAUAGUUAAAAAAAAAAAAAAAACAAAGUUUCCAAGUAUUAAAAAGAUACUUUAUAUUCAUUAUGAAAACACGUAUAAACAUUUUUCUUAAAAUAUUUAUUAUUAUUAAUAAUAAUCUCUUUGGACGAAACUACGUGUCCAAAUUAAUUAUUAAUUUUAUUGUUUACCUAAUUUGCGUUUAAUUAUAAUUGCGUUUUAAUAAUUUUUGAUAAAGUCAUUUCGGUAUAAAACAAAGCUAUAAUUUAAAGGUGCAUUAUAUUUGAUUUGAUUUGAUUAUACAAAUUAUGUUUUGUUCACGAUAGUUCACAAAUUUAAUCUAAGUUGUUACAUCAAGACUAGUCGAAACUCAUAAAUCUUUGAGUGCAUCACAUACACGAGCUGCUGUGUUAUUCAACAUUGAACCAUUUCAAAAAAACAAAAAAAAACAAAAAAAAAACCAGUAGAUUCUACUAUAAUAUCCUAAAUGAUUUUUAAGCGCUCAGACCAAUAAACAAGUUUUUUUUUUAGCAUUUUGAAAGCAAGAGUAAAUCAACUCGGUAACAUAAUGUAUAUAUAUGUAUACUCAUAUAAAUGGGGAACGUUUUUUAUUUGUUUAUUUAUACAUUUUUAAUUUUUUUUUUUUUUACAAGUGUUUAUUAGUCGGAUACCGAUGCUGGCCUGUGACUGCGUCUAAACUCCAAUUGUGUUGUGAGUGUGGCUCUAGGAAAAAAAAAAAACUCGACUCGUUUGUACAUAUUUAUUGCCUACAUAGAACGCCGAGUUAAAAUGCCAAGUCUGUAUAUUAAGUAUAUAGCGAAUCGAAUCGAUAAACCUACUAACAAAUUUUUACUUUUCAACAUUGAAACCGUUCUCUAAACACUUAGGUAUAAUUCGAUUUAUUUAUUUAUUUAUUUUUUUAAACAAAAUUCAAGAUUAGGUAUAGAAUAUUAACUAUCAACAAUGAUUUUCAUAUACAGUUCAUUAAAUUGCAUUUUUAACUUUUACUCAUUCGAAAUUAUACAUACGCAUAUGUAUAUAUUAUAUUGUGUUCCACGCGUCGUAUUCGCAGCGAAUAAAUAAAUUAUAUAUUAUAAUACAAUUUUAAUAUAUAGAGGAUAAUUACGGUGUAAAUACUUAUAUAAGUUAUCGAUAUUAUUUAUGUUACACCCCUGUAAUUAUAGUAUAAGUACCUACGUGCAUGUCGUGCUGUUCAAUAAAGAUAAUACUCUAUAGAUUAUGGUACUUUGUUCGGUUCGGUCGAUACACUCGUUUUAAUAAUGAUAAUGCGGUAUAAAACUUCGAGUAAAAUAUUAACAUUCUAAGAAAUUACAUUUUUUCCAAACGGAAGUGAUAAUUAUCAUAUUUUCUUUCUACGACUAUUAUGAGAUUUCGUCCGUUAUUUACUCGAACGAAUCCGCGUAAUAUAAUUAUACACACGUUUAAUGCAUAUUUAUGCACAAACAUUAAUAUUUGAAUAGUACGCACGUACGCAUACGUAUUGUCUGUAAAGGGCCGAUUGAAAAUAUUACAUUUUAAUCGAUAGCUAUAUAUUUUAGAUUCUGGGCGAAGCGAAAGUAACAAUUUAAUAAUACUCUGCUCAGAAUCGUUUUCGUUAGCAUUGGUUUAUCGUUGCGUACGGAUAUAAAUUCAAUUAUUCUUUUAUGUUCUUCUUUUAAAUUUCCUAGCCAAAACGGUAGCCCACCGCCCAUCAGCUGCAGUAUCAGUCUUUUAUUAUUAUUAAAAGGAAUAUUGCUGGUACCUCAUACACAUUUUUCUUUUACCCACUGUCGCUAUAUAUUUUCGACGAGAAUUUGUCUGUUAAAAUUAAUUCGUUUAUUGCAACGACGUAGGUAUAACGUUUUUUUUGUUGAGAGGCUACAAGGUGGCCUGAUCAUAAUAUGUAUACCGGUAUUCAGAAUAGAAAAAAAAACCGUAGUUCUCUUCUACAGGUACCUACUGUUGUACUGACAACGUGGAGUAGAAUUUUACUCGAGGGCUAUUAUUUUUAUCAAUUAACAAAGUAAAAUAUAAAUACCGCCGCGUUUAUACGUCUUGUGUUUUUUUUUUAUCUCGGUGUAAAUAUUGUAAACCACGAACUUUCUCUCGCUGUUCACCUACAACAGCGUGUGAUUCGAUUUAAAUACUACAAUCUAAGAUUAAAAGUAAUAUAAUAUUAAUUUUUUUUUUUUUUCAUUCACACACAUUCUAUAACUAUUACUAAUACUAUACUGAUAUUAUAAUCUAAAUACUUUAGAUAUAGAUAGAAUAUAACAAUGUGCUAAGUAUAGGGGGCUUUUGUUUGUGAACGAAAAUGUAAUUAAUUCGCAUUUAUAAAAAAAAUGUAUAUAUUACUACGUUUAUUAUGCAGUCGCUAAUACGUAGUAAAUAACCUUAAUUAGUUUGUAUUUCAAUACAGGUUUAUACAUGUGUAUAUAUUAAACAUUUAUAAUACAUCAUUUUAUACACGUGUUCCAUCGUGUUCAACGGAUUUAUAAAUCAUUGUUAAUAUUUAUUUAAUUUUUUCAAUCAGAUUUUGUGUCACGUAAUUAUAUAGAGACAAUUAAAUUUAUAUUUCCGCCAUCUAAUCACUAGGAAAAAUAAACAAAUUAUUUGUUGACUUUUAAAAAUUGUAUUGUUUUAAAAACCGUACUGUACCAUAUAUUUAUAUCUGAUAGUUUUUUUUAGUCAUUAAUACGUUUAAUAGCCGUUUUAAUUUCUAAUAUUUUAAGUUCCUAAUACAAUAAAUACAAUAGGUAUAGAGUAAAAUAAAUAUCUGCUAUUUUAAACAAAAUUAUCGGUUGAAUAUUUUAUUAUGAUUGCGAUUCCCUAUCGCGAAUGUGGUAGUUUAUUGAAUAUGAUUUUAUUACACCUCUUCUCUAGAAACAACCAUUACUAAGGAACUAUUCAUACAUAAUAUGAUUCAAAUUUGUAGAAUAAUGUCUAUUAAAAAUCGGUUAUCUUGAAAAUAUUGAAAGGUAAACAAAUAAAAAAAAUAAUUAUUUUUUAGCGAUUAAAGGGUGAUAGUUCAAAUUUAAUUUUUACGUUAAAUAUGUAUUCAGCUGAGAAAAAAUCCGAUUGAAAAAAAAUAAAUUCAAUACCAAUAACGACAUAAAAGUCCGUUGAACACUGUGGGGCCCUAAACAUGUAUUCAGUUCCUGUCAAUAAUAUUAAGCCAAUUAUCGUUUACAUGCAUUUUUUAAUACGAGUGUUUAAGUUAAUUCGAUACGAUAAAUCGAAUAAAGUUUUUACAACAGAUUAAUCCUUAACUACACGCGUUGAUGUAUUUUGUACACCAAACUUUCCAUUUAUCUUGUUCUAUUUUGAUUCAUAAUUGUUUUCGGUUAUUCUCCUAAUCUAACCUUUCCUUAUCGUACAUAUUAUAACAGUUAACAUUGAUUUCUGCGUAAACUUAAUUGAAAAACAAAUAACGCGUGUUGUUAAGUAUUAAGGUAAUAUACGUGUGAGAGUUUAACUAAAUACGGAUUAGAUUGAUGCGCACUAGCGACUCCGUGUAAACGUGAUUUAUAAUCUAUAAUAUAUGCAUCGCUACAUUGUAGUUUGACACAUAUACAGGUACGCACGCAUUUGUUACACAGAGGUGAUACUUCAUAAAUUGUAUGCGCACAUUAGAUGAUACUUCAGAAUUAAUGACUAUAAUAAUAUUAUACUAAACUAAAUACUGUACCAAAUUAACGGUUUUUUUUUAAAAAUAUUAUAAUAAAUAACGUUUUGAUAAACUAGUUUAAAUCGUUUACAGGUAAGAAUAAUUUUUUUAAAUGAGUUCUGAACACCACUAUACCUAUGUACAGUUUGUCCAAUUUUUAAUGUAAUUUGCAUAAUGAGAGCCACUUUUUUUUUUUAAAAUACGUGCGAUCUUCCGAUUUGUGCAGUAAACUGGUCUCCUUGAUUUAUGCAUUAAUUUCGAUUUAUAGCCCACACAAUUUAAUUAUUACGAUAUUACGUCUAAUCAUUAACAAAAUGUAUAAAUUUGCGAGAUAAAAACAAUUUAUUAACUUUUAAUAUAUUGUUAUUUGUUAUACGGCGUCUACCUACAAUUUUCUCUAACCUACACGUUUUUGCUAUUAAAAAUAUGUGUACCUAAUGAAUGAAUGAUACUGAUUUUUUUUUUUUUUUAAUUUUUCUCGCGUUUUAAUCGUUUUUUAUGUUAUUAUAGAAUUGCUAUUGUCUAUAUUAUAUAAUAGAGAGUUAUGUAUAAUUUUGUUCAAUAUCACUUUUUAGACUUUUUUUUUAACGAACAUUAAGUAUAACCUAUACAAAUUUGGCUUAAAAAUCAUCACGAAUUUCUGUAUAUAAAAUAAUAUAUUAAUAUUUAUUUUUUAAAAAAAACCACGAAUAAUUGUAAAAUAUGUAAAUUGUAUGUGCAUAAUAUUUUCGGCUGUUGUUGAUUUAACGAUAAAUUGCACGCGCGAUCGCCAUAAAAGUAUAAUAUAAUAAUAUCAAUAUGCAAGUACCUAUCACUUUUUCGACGUUUUAAAGAAUAUAAUACGGCAGAUGUAUUGAAUACGAUAUUUUGGGCCAGCGAUUGUCACGAAUAAUAUCAUAUUGUCGUGCGUGUAAAAUAAUAAUGUAUUAAUCUAAAAGUGCAGAUGAUUGUAAAAUAUUAUGACGCGCUCGUCACAAUAUUUCGGCCGUUGUUGAUUUAACGAUAUAAAUAAUUGCACGCGCGCGGUCGUUGUAAAAGUGCCUGUACUUAUAUUAUCAUUAUUAAUAAUAAUAUAAUAAUAUAAUAAUAUGCAAUAUUAUAUCUUGCACAAACGCAUCGCAAUAACGUUUGAGAUUGCGACGCUAUUUUUAUUACAGCCGUUGUAAUAGUGUAAGCAUAAUGAUUAUUGUCAAAAUGUCGGACGUUUGCACGUCAUCUAUACAGGGCCAUUAAAAUUUCGCGAUACAGUCAAAUAUGGAAAUGGAAAAUUUCACUCGUAUCACGAAACUUAAAUGACCGUGUUUACAUGAUAUUAGCACGAAUCGAGAUAAAAAACAGGAUACGGAACUACAGCACGAUAUCAUAGCUUAUCAUUAUUAAAGACGAAUCAUGUCCCGCGCCUCAUAUCAGUUUGAAACUUCACUACUAUGGCACGUUUUCGGCAUUCGACCGUCAGUGUUUGAAUUGUGUCAAUAAGAAAUUAUAUUAUUAUUUAACAAUGCAUACCUAAUAAUAAUUUGUGAAGUUCAAUUAUUAUUUUAUUUGCAUCAUUAGUAACCGAUGUCGUAAAUAAAUACUUUCAUUUAAUAUGUUAUAUAUUAAUGAAACACAAAAUAAAUUAUCCAUACAAAUAAUUAAAUUAUUAUAAUUAGUCGUUGUUGUAUACUGGUUUUAACACAACACGCAAAGUCACAACAGCAAAACAAAAUAACAAUAAUAAUAAUAAUUUAUGUAUUUAAUAAUUUCAUAAUAUGUGUUUCGUGCAUUAUGAAUAUCAUAUAAUUUUAUACUUUUGCAGCGGUACAACAUAGACCACCGUCACGAUAAAGCAUUAGGAGUUUAUAAUAAAAUUAUUUUACCAAACAGGCUAUAUAAAAAGUUUUUGUAUUUCUGAAUUCGUGAUAUUAUAUUGGGUAGGUUCUAUCUCGUUUGCUUGAUGUUAUCGAAAAUUGUAUCUAAAAUUGUGUUUCGUCGUCGUCAUAUUUGGUUGUCGGCAAAGAAAAAACAAAUUUCGGAAUUUUGGAAAAAAAUGUUUCACAUAAAAGUAGUACUUUCCGACUGAAAAUCCGCGUCACAAUAACAUUGUUGUCCCUGUCUAUCUAACCGGCAAUAUAACAGAAACGUGUUUUCGUUUUACCAAUAACACUCAGGCAGGAUCUUAUAGAUCUAUAACCAAAAGUUGUUGUAUUUUUAAGCUAAUGGGGGAUAUAACACUACCAAAGCCUCCCCCACCUCCCCUCUCACGCCAUACUGCGAUUACGUAACGAUUCGAAACAUUAAUCGUAGUAGCGUUUUCCGCGUGUAAAAAUAAAAAGACGAUUUUAAUAGUAUGUACCCGUUGGAAAAAUAUAGUUUUCUUAAACUAGUGUAAACAAACACGAAUAUCAAGGGUUCUCGCGUAUAUAAUUCAAACCGAGUGGACAUUUAUUUAUUUAUUUCGUCUCUCGGUCAGUUUUUUCGGUAGUUCGGCUUCUGUAUAUUAUAAAUAACGAAACCAUCCAUAGAGUCAUGUACUGUGAUUUGGGGCAGCAGCAUAUCAUAUUAUAAUACCGUAAAGAAAAACUCGUUUAUAUUUAUGGGUUUCAUUUGUUAAACGCGGUUACACUUACGCGUUAUAAUAAUCACGUAUAUAAUAUAUAUAUGUGAUUAUUAAGUGGCCACUUUCUUGUGGCUUGUGACGAUGACAAUAACUUAGAACGGAUUUUUUUUUUAUUUCACUAUAUUAUUAUUUACUUUCUGUCCUCUCUGCCACCUUUUUAACCUCGUCAGCCCGCACUCGUGUAUAUAAACAUUAUUAUUAUAUUAUUAUAAUGAUAUCCAUGUAAUAAUAAUAAUAAUAUAUACAACAGACUUACACGUGUACUCGCCGUAGGAUUACACUAGGCUUUAUUAUUAUUUUAUUACAAACACUCCUGCUGCAGUGUCGGUAGUACGGCCGACUAGAUAAUAUGAUAAUAAUUUUUAAUAUACGGUGUGGCCGGUAAAGAGGGUAACCGUUUUGGACACGAGGCUCGAAUUAUAUCAUCUCGUACGCGCUUAUAAGAAAAACAACUGCACAAACGGCUCGCGGACACAUCAUACGGUGAACUCGCGGGCGGGUCAAAGGGAUCCGAUGUAAUGCGAGUACGAUACACGACGAUUAUAAUUAAGGAACAGUCCGACCCCGACGAUGAGGAUAUAGUCUCCUUAGCGAACCUAUUAAAAAAAAUAAAAAAAAAAAAUACGGGUCGGUGUAAAGUAUAAUAAUUUGUUCGUUAAGAUUAAUGUCUUUUCGGAUAUAAUAUUAUGUGUGUAUCUCGUUAUGACUUCAUUUAAAUGCGUCCCAUAAAUCAGGACGCGCGUAUAGGUAUAGGUACAUACGUACGUACGGUGUAUAUACAAGAAAAACUUACUAACCUCUACGGAGUACUAUAAUAAUAUAAAAUACAAACAGCGUUUUACUUGUACUUGAAUAAAUCACAUCUAUAUAAAUGAAAAGAAAAAAAAAACAUAAAAUCGUUUUCAGAUUAUAAUAUACUUCUAUUCUGGUAUCUAUAGACAUAUAGACGUUGUUGUCGUGUUCACAAUAGUCGUAUACAGAGUUCUAUAUUAUUACUGCAGUGUAUAGUGUUAUUUAUAACAUACACGCGCUACAUAUUUUACACCCUCGGAAGGGUUUUAGAUUCGAUUUUAAUACUAUUGCAGAAUAUCGAACAUUUUACUCUAGUUCGGUGGUUAUUUUAAUGAUAAUGCAUAACUAUAUGUGAAUCGCUAAAUGCAGGUACGAUACAUGUUCAAAUUUUUACAUUUUUUGUGAAAUACAAAAAACUCUUUAAGCACCUAGAGUUUUAUAAUAUUUCAUAAAUCGAAUGUAGAAACGUAUAAUAAUAAUAAUAUUUAAAACAACAUUAGUUAUGUGCAUGAAAUUUGUUUUUCAAUUUUUUUAAAUAUACGUAUGUUAAGUAUAUUUUGCAUUUUUUUUAAAAUGUUUAAAAUUUGAAUAUGUGCCUAUUCUGAAUUUAAUGAUUUACCUGAUUCAUGUAUAAUAUUGAAAUAGAUAAAUUUGUUUUAACUGUUCUGCUUUCUGAAAUUGUAUAGUUUUUUUUCCAGUACACCAGAUUAAAAUUGAAGGGCCGCGGGGAAAAACGAUCAUAGUUAAUCGAUUGUCAAAAUAAAGAGAAUUACAUCAUCUAGUGGUUUGUUAAACGAAUUGAUGCACCAAUCAAGUUCGUACUACAAUAGAGUUUUAAAAUACGAGCGAAUAUGGGAAAAAGAGAUCCGUGUGAAAAUAUUGAGAACAUUGACUAUGAUCGUUUUCUCCCGUAGUCUUUCAGUUGUUAUAAUUCCUUAAUAUCUAUGACAAUUUAAUAGAUAUAUGUAAUUUUAUCUAAAAAAAAUAUUUUUAUAGAGAUAUAAUAUCACUUUUUAAUAUAUUUAAAAUAUAAAUUUAUAAGUUCACGUAGUUGACAGAGUAAUUAUAGUAAUAUACGGUGGAUAGAAAUUGUAAAAUAGUUUAUUUAGGUUUUAAAUUAGUUUUUGCUUCUUUUUGCUUCUCGUUUGUUUUUUCACCUUUUCAGAUAUGUUCACAUUUUCCUGUGAAGGUGCCAAAGAUAUGGAGCAAAUAUAUCUACACAAUUAACCUAGCGUUUCGGUUUAAAUUUGUUAUACAUUUGCCAUUUUAUAUUUACCAUGUAAUGAAAAUAAAAUGUUAUUUUAAUGAGUUGUAUUACAAUACGCGUAUUGUAUUGUUCAAUAUGCGCGUUUAUAAAAUAACCACUAUAUUAUUUAAGAUUAAUGAAAAAUAAUAAACACGCUUGAUAAUAUGUUAUUAGGCAGGUAACUAUUUACCGUAACCAUCACGACUUUAUUGACGGGCUUCAUAAAAACGGAUAUAUCUAUCAAGAACCUAUUGAAUUUGAAUCCGGCGGCGGCGGUGGCGGUGAUGUCAUUGAAUAAUAAUGACGGCCAUAUGGUAUUAUACAUUCACGUGUUUAUUUUUUUUUCUUUGAACAAUUAAACUAUAUACACCUAAUAAUACGAUAAAAGAUUCUUUUACGACUGCCCGUACGUUUUCGUGCUGGCCGGCCUCUAGAACGCGCAGCAAUACGGAGAUUUCGAGUGUAACGACAUCAAAGGAAAUUAUAAUAAUAAUACAGGGGUUGAAAAUAUAUACGUGACAGUAUGAUAUUUAUUGUCGAAUUCGUGCGGUGGUUAUAUAGACCGGCGCAUUUCAAAAUGGACAUUCUCGUAGCGCAGCAGCUGUAAAACACCCGCCCGCGAUAUUAUUAUAUAGAUACAUUCUGAAAAGGCAUUCGCGCUAUUGCGUAUAUAAUAUUAUUAUUAAUUUAACGCGUCGAAUCGUAUAUUUUUCUCGGACAUUGCUUGAUUUUUGUGUAACAUCGGAUCCGAAAUUCGCGCGUAUAGAGGGCGCGAUUCACGUGCACCCGGCGAUUAUUUUCGAUUUCGAGUAAAUUUGAAAAAAAAAAUUAUGAAAAUGUCACCCUUAUUGGUUAUUCUGCAGUGUGCUUGCCAUUCGGCGUAUUGACCAUAUCGUACAUUGUUUACAAUUUAGAGAAUUGGGGAAAGGUUAUUUAAACAUAGAAUGUGAUAACUUUAUCACCUUUUCCUACGCACUAAUCCGUUUUACAUUUUUAACUGUUAUCUCUUCUUCUUCACUGACAUCUAUAACUCUCUUAGAAUCUUCCCCGCGCCAUUACUAUAUUAUGUCUAACUUGAACUAUUAUUGUCUUACAUGUGUUUUACAUUUCUACGGUUUUAAAAUCCAUUUUUUCUCUAAUAGGGAAUAGGGUGUAUGUAUAGCCUUAUGUUACGUUUGUUGUUUGUACGUAAGAGUAGGUCUAUAAUAAUUAUUGCUACAGUGGAAACGGGUUUAAAGCGGGGAAACACACUAUAUUAUCCCCUUUAUCGUUUAAUCUAUAGCGCUGGAAAUGCGAGAAUAAUGCAAACUGUAUGGAUAUUAGAGAAACAUAAUUAUGAAUAUCGCAUUGAACACAGUAGAACAAUUCGUACACAGUUGAUAAUAUAAUUUUUUGUACCACUAAUGUUACGGCGUUUCAUUUGUAUAAAACAUGAGGGAUAGCGGUUAACUAACAUCGAGUACAAAUUGUAGGUUUUACACUUUUAUAAAAGCUAUCAUAAAUUACUUACCCAAUGUUAUACUGUAUAGUCGUGUGUAUAUAUAAUUUUCGAAAACUAAAUUUUCAAUUGUGAGUUUCUAAAUCAACAGUUUAUAUGACUAUAAGGUUCAAAUUUUCUAAUUAUUGUAAAUAAGAUAAUUAUUCGAACAAUACAAUGAAGUUAGGUUAUGAUUGGAAAACAAAAAGAAAAAAAAUCAAAUUAAAUUUAUACUAUUUGAACUGUACAUAGAACUAUCUAGUAUGUAUUAUGGUGUAAUUUAUUUCAGGGGGGGAUUGGAGAGGUGGGGGUCUGUAUACGUGCCUGUUCUGUGAUAGGUACUGCAAUGUACAUUACAAAACCAGGAAAUCUGGAAAUAUAAUAUGUAUAUUAUUAUUAUAAUGAAAAUCGCCCGCGCAGACUUCAAGGUUUUUUCGGUGUUCAUAAUAUUAUGCUACCGGGUCCCCGUAUACCUAAAUUAUAUUAUACAUACGCGUAUUAUCAUAAUGGUGGUCUGAUUCGGGCGACCGUAUAGGUACGCCGCGCGUAUAUCAUUCCGAUGUGACAAAUUAUCCGUAUAAUAACACCGCGGGAAUCGCGCGUGUCCGAAUAUUAUUUUAUUGUACUUGGCCAGGCAGGUAUAUACCGUAUGGGAAUAAUAACAAUAACGACGCAAUCAGAGUUUAUUACGGGGCCGAGUCGUUUAAAUGUUUAACAAUAACUCCAUAGACGUGUCGCGCCUCGUGUAUACGAUCACAAGCACAUUAUGUAUGUUUCCGUUUCCCUUUAUGUAUACCAUCAUAUUAUAUUGUUAUAAUUUUUUUUUCUUUUAUAACAUUUUCGAAAACGGCUCUCAAUGGACGGCCUCAUCUGUGCGGCGGCUGCUGUUGGCAGUGCCGCUAGACUUUUACUGGCCGACCCCGUACAGAUAUAAUUUAUGGUCAACCCCCGUGAGCUAUAUAAACCGGUGGAAAAUCUGACAAUCCGCAUCAUUUACACGUCUUAUAUAUUAUUGAGAUGUACCUAAUAAUACUGGUAUACAAUAAUGCGUUUUGUUCGGAAGCUGUGACCCGUGGACGGGGAUAAAUAGCUAUCCGAGACCCUCGUAUUAUUAUUAUUAUUAUAUUAUACACAUUAUUGAGGACACCAGACCAUAUUUUUUUUUUUAAAUUUAUAAUACUACACAUUUUGAUUGUAUAUUGAGAUAAUAGAUUCUAGAAAAUACCCCCUGUUGCGUCCCCUGUACUUACGCUAUACUAUUUAAAUAUUAUAAUAUCAUAAUAAUUAUUUUUCUAUGCGUACUUUAAAAAAUCAUUUAUACAUACUAUUAUAAAUCCAAAACAUUCAAUGAAGGUUCUAUGAUAUCAAAAUAAAUUAAAAAUCAUUAAAUAUUUCCAUUAUUGAUUUGGAACUGCUUCCAAGAAAUUGAAGUUUUCAAAAAAAAAAAAAAAAAACUAAAAUUAGAUUGUGCAUGUCAAUAAUAAGGACAGUGCUUUUAUAUAGACAUGAGAUAUAGAUAACUAACAACUGAACUUAACGCAAAUUAUCAGAAAUUUUGUGGCUAAAAAAUUUGACAAUAGUUUUUUAAAUUGAGAUUUCGAAGGUUAGUAAGGAAAAUUCAAUAAGGAAUCAAUUAUAAGCUUCAUAAAGGAUUAAAGGUUAGGUUAAGAUAAGAUCGGGCACGUAAAAUCUGAAAUAAUAAAAAGAAGUUACCAAUUGGAAACCAGGAGGCCCAAGAAAAUGCAUUAGAAAAAUAUUUGGAACAUGUGGUUGGAGAAAUACCGUCCAGUAUCAGGAGAAAUGGUGUUCAUGAAAAUUGAGUUCGAAGAAUCUUGGGAUCUCGCAUUUCGUUUUAGAUUUCAAUAAAAAUCUUAUCAUACAUCGGGAAAAUUCCUUCGAACCUUAUUUUUUACGUGGCUGUUAGGUUAGGUUAGAUUAGGUUAGGUUUACACACUUAAACGAUAAACCGUCCUAAAGAAGUUUUAAUAUCGGUAGUACUUAUUAUAGUAUUUUUUGUUGUCGCGUCAUUCACGCAAAUGCAUUCGCAUCGCUAACUAGUUCAUCAGUGACUAGUUGUUAUAUAAUUGCUGAUAAACGAUUUUGAUUAAUGAGUUUGAUAACUAUAUUAUAACUAUAUAACUAAUUUUGUCGGUUAAUAAAGAAAUAAAAAAAAAGAUCAUGUCGUAUACGUAAUACACCGUAAAAUUAUGUUAUGCAUAAAUUUGUUUAUAACCGUACGACAAAAAAAAAAAAAAAUGAUAAUUAUAAUAAAAUAAAUGAAAAAAGAUUAUUUUGUUUGAUAUAGUAAAGUUGCAGUUGUACGUACCGAAUUUUGAAUAAUUCGUAUAUGCAAUCGUAAAGACAUCGAAAUCGUUGUCAGAAAUCGUAAAUAAUGAAUCAUUACAAAAUAAUUAAUGAAAAUAACCGACGGACAAAUUGUAAAUUGCGUGCAUCAUCUCCUAAUUUAAAUAUAAUAAUAUGCAAGUACUAUAUACAUAUAUAUAUAAUAAUAUAUAGUAAUGUAUAAUUACAUUUUAUUUGCAAUCAUUUGCAUUAUUAUAAACAUAAUAAUGUGGAGAAAAAAAAAAAACUUUUCGCUAAUAUAUAUUAUUAUACCUUGCGAAAGCCGUCAACUGUGAAUAAUUUUUACAAAAAUGUAUGUGCGAACGCUGUUAUUCUUUCGGAGUGAAUAAAAUUGAAAAAUAAUAAUUUUUUUUUAGCGUAAUACAUCAAGGAGGUAGUCGUAUUAUAAAUCGUGGUGUCAUCAAAAAUAUUUAUUUUUGUUUGUUUAUUUUUUUCGCGGUAUGUAGUGUACAGGUACUUUUACAUUUCAUAUCGAUCGUAUUACUCGGCGUGAUUAACCCGACAGUAAUUCAAAAUAUUUCAUUCGAAUUACGAUAACCGGCCGUAUUGGUGUAGUUACAGGAGCGGGUUGACGGCAACACUUUGGUCCCGGGAAAUAUGAAUCAAACCGGUCCAAAAAUCACCACCCGCGCAAUACUACUCUCUAGGAUCUCUUUUUAUUUUAUAAAUCCUAUAACUACUCGUAUUGCAGUAAACACGAAGACAGGCCUAUCGGCGGGAAAAUUCUCAAAUUCCCGAUUGGCCAGUUCACCCCUGGGUGGUUAGGUAACAAUUGUGUUAGUGUGCCUCUGGUAGUGUAAAACUAUAUUAUAAUACUUUUUCACUCGCGUCACUAAAUAACGCAAUGACGUGAAUGUUCCUAUGUAACAUCUGUGAUAAGUUAUAGUGCGUUAUAUAAUAAUACUGUUGGUACGUUAUUAAAAUUUUGGCAAACGUUAUCGCAUUUUUAUAAUAUUAAAUUAUACAUAAAUUAACGCGUACAAUUUGAAAUCAUUAUAAUUUUUUUUUUUUUUUGCCACUACAUUUAUAGAGCGAGAUACAGCAUAGUAGAGUAUAUAUAUUUUUUGUUUUUUAAACGACGAAAAUCCGAAUAGGUUUUCGGAUCGUUGAAUGGCGAACAAGAAAAGGAAAAAAAAAAUCUUUUUGCGAUAUGAUACCCGUACACAGUUGUACGAAAUAAUAUGCCCAUGCAGUUUUUGAAAAAAAAAAAAAAAAAAAAAAAAAAUAAUACAAAAAAUACCUUUAUAUUCACAGUCAACCGCCAACAGCUGGAAAAAGAAUGCGCGUGUGAAACAUUUUUUUUUUUUUUCAUACAUCUCAAUCGUCAUUAUUGUGGUUACGGAACAUCUGAGAAAUAUAUACAUAAUAAUUAUACAGCUUCUCAUUUAUGAGUUUAAAAUUAACAUGCGUAUUGCUGUACACGAAGAGCUAUAAAGUUAAACGGUCCGUUAUUAUACCGCGCAGCUUGUGUCGAUUUUAUUUGAUUUGUUCCGCGAUUAGUUAAACUCUAUGUACAUAAAUUAUACAAACAAGUUUACAAUGUUUGUUUUUGCUGCAUUUUUGAACCUGAAAAUCGUAUUUUUAAAAAAAAGUUAAUUUUUUCUUUGCGGAGCAUCUGUAGUAUUCGAAUUUAUUCAUCGGAUUAUUUGAGUAAAAUUGUUCGAUUCAAACGCGAUCACUUCAUCCCAGAGUUGUGUAUAUAAAUAAGUACUUGGGAAUAUUUCACGAGGAGAGAGUAUUUUAUUCCGGGUCAGCCCCACACCCCACCUCUACUCUAUAAUAUUAAGUAUAUAAAAUGUUCUAUAGAAUCGUGAACAAACAUUAAAUAUUCGACUAAACAUAAUAUGUAUUAUGUACCUUUAAAACAUGUUUAUUUUAGAAAAGUAGAAAAAAAAAUUUAAAAAAUUAAAACAUAACAUAAAUUCUAAUACUCUCUUAAUGCUAACUCAUUGAUUAUCUCAUUGUCUAUGCAUAUCUCUACGCAUAACAAGCACACAACACAAAUACCGACCGUGUCGAAAAUUAUUAUUCAAAUAAAAUAAAACACUAAUUCUAUGUAAAAUUACUUGAUUUAUUCGAAUAAAUUAUACGGCGUGUUUCGAAGGCAAUGUUUUUAUUUUUUAGUGUACGAUAGUUGCUCAAUCUAUAUAAUCAUUUUUUUUUUAAAAUUUUUGUUUUUAUCUAAUAUUAGUUAUAUAAUAGUAAAUACGACAGUAAUUAAUUGGGUUUAUACAAAUUUGAUAAGGUCUGAAAUAUUUUUAGUGAAGGGUUGUCAAGGGAUGAUAGUUGAACAUGGAACAUUUAACGUUAGUUUUAUUUUUAGCCAAAAUGAGUGAAAUUUUUUUCGAGUUGAUUUUUCGUUAAAUGUUGUCUGAAUGAUUUUUUAUUUUUCAACUUAAUAAUAUACUUAAUCGUGGUAAUUAUAUAUUCGAUUAUUGUACGGUUUAUUUCUAAGAAAUGUUGUGUCUCGAUAAAUGGCAAAUUAAUCCGUGUAAAAUGUGAUAAAUCAAUGGUUAAUUGUGAUAAUUCAUGUAUAUAUAUAUAUAUAUAUGGCAAGUAUUAAAAUAUCGCGAGAAAAGUGAUAAGUCAUAUCUAUCAUUAUAAUAUGUGUGCAAGGUGAUAAAUUCUAUACUCAAAAGCCUGAAUAUUUUUUUCCGUGGCACAUAUCAGAUAAAUCAAUAAAUACUCGCUUAAAGUAACUGUUUUUUAAAAAAAAUUACAUUAGAUGAUUAAUUUAAAUUAUUUAGUUAAAUUAAGAUUGAAAAUAAAGGAAACAUUUUUUAGAUUCUGAGCGGAGCGAGGAAUGUAUUGAUUUAUUUUAUUAUUAUUAUUAUUAUUAUUAUUAUUUUUUUUUAUGUGAACACUUUUUCUACCAAAGUGCUUAUUUUAAUUAUCAAUUGUAGCAAUUUUUAUAAAAGGAAAUGUUCUCUAGGUGAUACUUUAGGGAGGUCAUUUUUUGAAAUUCUCAUUAAUAUUCAAGAUAAUGAGGAAAAUCUGUUUUUUUUUUUUAAUGUUAAAAAAUAUUGAAAGAUUAAAAAACGGUUGUCUUUGGUAACCGUUUUUAUUUAUUUUUUGUUAUUAUUAGGUUUUUAAUAUACUUUUUUUUAAAUUAUUGUUGUUACGGAAACGCACAUCAUGUAAUCAUUUUACCAUAAUAUGACAUAUAAUAUAUUGUUGAUAAAGCAAUACUAUCGACUGAACUCCGCUCAGAAUCGUUUUUUCGUUAGCAAUAGUUUAUCGUUGAUAUCCGGAUAUACAUCAAAUUCUCGUCUGUAUCCUACCUUCCCGACUUCCACACCUACGACAGCGGCUGCACCCAAGUGCGAAGUAUGUUCGUCCAUUUUGUUUUUAAGAAAUAAAACGUUUUUAUCGUUUCCUAAGAAAAAAUUGUUGACACAAUAAUAUUAAAAUAUUAUGUUUCUCUACACAGAAACCGUCCGGCUUAUAUAAACAAAACUCGCGGGCCAAAAUCUGAAUUAUACAAACGAGCUGCAUACACAGUCUGCCAAAUUAAUAAUAAUAUAUAAUAUCCGUAUACCGAUCCGGGUGUUGUCGUCCCAUUACGCGUACCCAUAUUCGGGUCGUAUUAUCAUAUUAUAUAGGUGUCGAUGCGCGCGGUAGGCGGCGCGCGAGUUUAUCAAUUAGAUAGUAAUUUAUUCGUGAUGAUGACCACGACGACGACGACGACGACGAUCCGGUAUACCGCGCGGGUAGUAUAGAUACCUAUACAUUCAUACACCUCAUGUACGAUACAGUAUAUUAUAAUAUACGACUCCGUGUACAAAUCGAUCGGCCGGGGAGCCUGUUCGCGCCGCGCCAGACGGCGACGAUUAGCAUAAAAGAUUUACGAUCGGGCGAGAUAAACCGCGGGGUCGAGAUGCGGAGCCCCGAAAGGAAGACGGACGGGCGAGCGGGCGAGCGCACCGACGGAACACCGAACGGGUCUGCUGGCCGGCCGAAUUACGUGUAAUGUAAAUUAUUCGGUUUUUUUUUUCUUUUCUGAAAAUGCCACGGUUCAUUAGUAUUCCCAGACGUCUGGUUGACUCGCGGCACACACAGCGCGCGCGCGCGCUCGCGCGUAUUGCUACGCGCACAUCUCAACCCGCGAUAUAAUACGCACACGCGGGACGAGACUAUAUAAUAACAUAAUACAAACCUAUCCGCGCGAAGGGCUCCCAGCAAUGUAGAGAGUGGCGGGGAACCGGAGAUUAAUGACGUCACAGACGCACCCGAGAUUUACAACAAUAAUAAGUCGUGCAGCGGUAUCGCGUUACCGUGACCGCGGUAUUCAGCAAUACAGUUUACGCGCGUCGCGGUCCAUUCAACGGAUCACGCGCCGCCACUACUGUUCUCGACGCUGCGGCGGCGGCGGCGGUGGCGGCGCGUCUGCCCGGACGGCGCGAGUCCGUCUCCGGGGAGUCGCGCCGCCGCCGGUGUCUGACGUCUGUCGGAUCGUUUUGUUAUUGUCUCGCCGGACAAUGUCCGCCGGCCGUCCCAUUGACGUCGUGACGGUUGCCGCCGCCGCCCCGCGGUAUACAUCAUAUACUAUCGGAACAGCAGAUUUGUUCUUUCUGUAUGACAAAAAAAAAAAUACUUACAAUAGACCGCGAAAUUCCCAGAGGACCGCGCCGAGAAAAGGUGUCUUUUUUGUUUGUUCGUUACGUUCGUUCGCGUCCCUGUCCCUGUAAAAACCACGACCGACGGCAUGCCGAACGAACGACGGCGUCGCAAUAUCAAAAUACAAAAAUAACAAACACGACGUCGACGUAUUGCUGGCUCCCCGUAAAAAAAGUGAUAUUUCUUUCAAACUUUACUUUUUCAAAUGUCUUUUUAGGUUUUUAUGCUACGCAUUUUUUUCUAGGACCACCGUUAUCAAGCGAGGUACAGAAAGUCAAAAAGUGCCGUUCCGAUCGAAAUAUAUGCACUAAAUAUUCACGGUAAUAAUGGCCGAACACAAAAACGUCUGAAGAUUAUUUUUGUAUUUUUUGCCGUAUUUGCCUUUGGCCGUUGUAUCAAAUUUUUUAAUCGGACACUUUAAAUUCGUUUAUUGAGCAUUAUUAUACUAAACAUUUUAACACUAAAAACGCUACCACGAACCGAUUCAUUUUUAACAACACUUGAAGCAUUUUUUUUUAUCUCGUAUACAUACGUGUAUAAACGAAAAGUAUAUUUGUCAACAGACCACAAAUUAAGAUAUGCGUGUAAAAAAUACUCCAAUUUUUCACGCCGUACAUUCUAAGAUGAGGAUUAUUCGUCCGGUAAUGGUAUUUUAUUUGAAACAUUUUCUGGAUUCCGGGCGGGUUUCCUUACAAAUGAAAAAGAAAAAUCAAACAACAAAAUACGAUGGGAAAAAUACACUUUCAAGUUAGAACCUAUUAACGCGGUUUACCGAGAUCCGGUCAGAGCGGCGUUUUGACCGCAACGGUUUACCGUUGGUUUCUGCAGAGUGUUCCGAACUGAAUCACCCGAAUGUCUUACCAUAAUAACAUAUCGUAUCUUCCGAACCUCUAUACAGCAGUUGUCUACCCGUCGUGCGAAGUGCGUCCGGGGAUUUUCGUUUUUCACGUUUUGUCGGCCCACUGAUGUACAUAAAUCCGCCGUCGUUUUAUAAUAAUAAUAACAUCGCACUCGCGUUAUUAUUACUAUUAUAACAUCGUAACUAUACGGCUGUCACGUGUCCGUCGCGGGCGCAUCUUGUGAGGUCGCGGCGUUUAUCUCGUUACCAUCAGCAAUAAUUCCGACGCCGCGUCGCCCCGGGUACCACGCGCGGCGGUAGUCUGGCCGUUUGGUGGAACGCGCGCGCGCGUUUUUAUCGCUGUCAGAAUGUCUUUCCGUGUUUCGCCCCGGAGCACCGGCUAAUUCGCCCGCCACGCGUCCCGAACGUCCGUUAUAAACGGUUUUCCAGCGGUCGUCGCGACGCGAUACCGAAUCGGUCUCGGCUUGCCGCGGCCCGAUCGCAGACGUUGUAAACGGCCAACCGACUUUGUGUUAUUGCGGACGUCAACAAAACGACCGAUUUUUCUUAUCGAAGUGUUUACAUUCCGCUUGUCGUUGUAACCGAUUCGUUGGGGUUUAACGAAAUCCACAUUUCAACAGUAUACACCCGAAUGUCAAUUGCUAUUUGCAAACGUAUUAAAAGCGAUUGAGUGGGCGGUAAUUAAAAUAAUGAUUUAGUGAAACACGAGCAAAUAAAUCAAUACCGCUAACAGAAACGUUCACACUGCAAUUCGGUUAAUUCACAACACUUCGUCGAUAGGAAUACAUCUGUACGACAUAAACAACAUAAUGUAAAUUAUCCACUUAUCAUUAAACUAAAACGCGGAACUUAUUGAUAAGAAAAGUAGAAAAUUUCGUUCAACAUUUUACAUUAAAAGACACAUAAUAGGGAAUCGGCUGUCUAGUUAUUGAAUUAUCUGUGGAUCGACUGUGUAUUAUAGUGGCGCGUUUAGAUUUUUUAUACGGGGGUACACGGUUUUUUUUUUUAUUAAUGGUCAAAGACCCGCGGGAGGUUGUGGUGUUGACGGAAAACCAAUACAUAUUUUAGUCUUUUUAAGCCAUAGGGGGGACGGUGUUGCCCUCACAUCUCACGUGAAAGCACGUAAUUUAAAAGGGCAUUAAGGAAAAAAACACACAUAGCGACGAGAUAAACAAAUCGGAUAAGACGCGUUGUUAUUACCAUUAAUUCGGUAUAGUUUGGUAUAGUUAUAGUAACUAUAUUAAUCAUCCAUCUGUGUAUAAUGCAGGUACGUAAUAGGUUACUACGAAAGCGUGAUGUAAAAUUACGGGUUUUUUUUUUAUCACCUCAGACUUUACCGUUGUAAUCGAUAAUAAUUAUCUACGAUUAAUUAUUUUUUAAUUUACCAGUGGAGCUCGGAUGUUAUUACGUUAAAAAAAAACUAAUAAUACGCUCAGUGAAAAUAUAUAGUACCUACUAAAUUGUACCGAAAAAUGCACUCGAGACAUAGUACAGUGUGUUUUAAGAUUUUUAUUUCGUAUGGAUGAAAUUCGAAUAAACUCGUUAUUGUAAACGUUUUGCGUUUUUAUUUUCUUCUUUCUUUUCUCGUGCACUGUGCACGAGAAUUUUCAUUAAAACCGUGAAAUUACGUGAUUAAAAAUUGAAAUUCGGUAAUGAUUGUAUUAUAAAAGUUAAUGCGGUUUAUUAAUAUUGCGAUAAAAUUGAAUAAUAUGCCGAAAAUUAAAUUACUCGGGUGCACGAAAAAAGUUUGCCUGUGCUACAAUAACAUCGCUAUAACGUUAUAAAACGUAUCGCGAUUAAAAAAAAAAAAAAAAAAAAAACGUUUUACGAGAGAUUACAAUUUUCAAUAGGUUUUUGUAUUAUUUGUUAGCGUUUUAUAAGAUAGCGUAAAGUCAUCGCGAUGAUUUAAUAAACGAUAAAUAACAAACACUACGUAAUAAUGUGUUGUGUGACAAAUUACGUUGCUAUAUAAUAUUAUAAUAGAUAACAAUUACAGUAGGUAGGUAGGUAGGUAGUUUUUUUUUUUUUAUAAAUGUACACGCGUUUGAUAUAAUGUUUUUUCGUGUCACAAUGAAAUAACGAUUUUUUUUUUCCCGUUCAUUUUUAUGUUCCGCCAUAGAACAUACUAAUAUUUACAUAAACCUACUGCUAUACCCGCGGAGAUACAUAUAAAUAUUAUUAUUACACAGUAUUUACGAUUGUGUAGAGUGUACAAAAAAAUAAAAUACCGAAUUUUUUAUUCUAUAUAGAAUUUCCAGGGCGUCUACGGCAUCAAGGCGCGGAAAUUAUAAAUCAAUCGACGGCCUCGAAUUUUUUUCUCGUUAUAUAUACACACGACAACGUUCGAUAUUCUAAUAAUAUUGGUGUACGGACACGUUUUUAAAUUUUUUUUUCCCCCAUAAAAAUUGUUAGCGGUUGACAGUUUUUCCAAAAAAAUGUAGUUCUACCGAACGCAUCUUUUAAGAUAGUCGGUCAUCCGUUUUUUUUUCUAACACAUACAUAACAUAGCAGUUUAAACCGAUAAAUCCGAUCGAUACAGUGAAGUACUAUACGAAUUCUGAAAACCGAUUUGAAUUCAAGUUGAAAUGUACAAGUACGAAAUACGUGACAUGUACAAUUUCGUACUACACGUACGAAAUGUACAUGACUGUUGUUUUUACAAUAUAAUUUUAUGCAAUAUUAAAUCAAAUUCAACGUUCCACUGUGUGAAACAAAAUCAGUUUAAAUCGUUAUGCUGUGUAUGUUAUACGCGGUAGAUAAAGAAAGACGUUUUCGAAGUUGUAGACCACUAUUAUAGGGGGCUAAUUUGGAACAUAGUAUUUAAUUUCAUUAUAAACUAUAAAACCAUUUUGAACGGAGUAGUAUAGUCUUAGUCAUGUUUUAUUAUAACCAGUAGGUAAUCAAGGUAACUCAACAAAAAUAAAACCAAUGUAUCGUUAUUUUGUUAUAAGUUUUUUAAAUUGUAUAGAAAAAGUAUUGCGAAUCUAAGCAUAUUUUUAUGUACUAGAUGUCGGGCAGAAAUUCCUCAUCUUUUGGGGUACUUUGUCAAAAAAAUUGGAAGCUUUGUCUAAUCAAAAAAGUAAAAACAAAAAAUAACAUAAAAAGCAAUUGUUUGAAAAAUGUAUUAGCGAUUUUGAAGAAUCGAUCAAAUAAAUUAAUACCUGACAAAAAAAUCAGCAUUUUUAUAAGUAUUACGUGAAAAAAUCGGAGGAUAUUUAUUUAUCGAUAAUGUUUUUUCUAAGAAAAAAAAAACACUCAUCAUAGUAAAACUACUCGCUUCUUCGUUGCAAUAAGAAUUCUAAAAUGCUAAAAUAAUCGGAAAAAAAGGUAUAUCACGGUAAUGAAACGAACAGGUAUAAAAAAAAUUAUGCACAUUUUGCCGUUUCUAAAAUUUGUCGGUCUGUAUAGUAUAGGCGUGGAAAUCCGAUCUUUAUCGAAACGCGAUGGAUUUUCGAUGUCACACAGUCGUUAGGUAUGUAUCAUUUGCAUUUGUAUAUUUUGGAGAAGAACUUCCACAUCUAUACUCGUUAUUGCCGAUUCAAGUACACCUGCGCUGCACAGUCGGUCGGAGGAGGGUUUAUCAUCGUCCAUCGAAAUAUUAGCGUGCGUUUUUACACGGACUCGUCGUAUAAUAUAUAUACUUACGGGUGUUCGACCUCACACGUGGACCGGAUUCGAUUUCUAUCUAUUUAGUACACGUGUUAUGACAUUCUACUAUAAUAUUAUUAUAAUAUAGGAGAAGGCGGUGUCUAUAACAAUAUUAUAAAUGUGUGUGUAUGUGUAUACGAGCGCGGUGUUAACGGCAGUUGUGUGUAUAUUAUUAUUAUUAUAUGUUUAACACGUGAAUUUAAACGCUGUUAUACCGCGUAUACCGCGGCUCGAGUUCAAACCGGUCACGCGGUUCACGAGACGUUUCCCGAUGAGGGAAAAGAAAUUUGCCGCCCGGACGGACGAACAAAAAACCAUCAUAACGACGAACGAAAUCUCUUAAUCCUCCGGACUUUGCGCGUGAAAAAAAAGUAUUUAUUGUACCGCUUUACACGGUGUCGUCGUGUAUAAUAUACUUUUGCAUCAUCGUAUAGCUUGCGUCUUAAAGAAAUAAUACGCAAGGUGUCAAGGAGUUUAUAAAAGUGCGAAACUGCUUCCGGAAAACUAUAUAAUGUCUUUGCUUUAUUUCGGAUCGAACCUAUUUGUACUUUAUUUCGAUUAAUUGACGGCGGUUGGUGACCAUUAUUUUCCUAGACUCUUUCGUUCUAAUCUAGUGCGUAUGCAUUUAGUACCUACGGUUUUCGAUUUAAAAGUUUCGUUAUUGAAGUACAUCGAAUUUCGUGUCCGGCGUUUAGUGUGUUCUUCGUGUUUACAGUGGUAAUAGCCUAAUGAAAUAAGAUAAUCAUAGGCGGAAAAACAUUACAAUUUCAAAGAGGGGGCUUAUAUUAAUACAUAUUUUUUAUUAGACGUGUAUUGUACAUGCAAGUAAAACCAAUUCGAUCUGUUCUAAAAUAAAAUUUCUAGGUACCUACAUUAAACACUAAGAUAUUUUUCUCUAAUCUAUAUUCUUUAUCUUGAUAUGUUAUGCAAAACCAAGUCUAAUUGGGACAAAAUAAGAAAUUCGAAAAACUAAAAAUACGGCUAUUAGAGUAAACAUGUAUUUAAACAUAUUUAUAUUUCACAGCUGGUGACCGUGUUUUUAGCUAUUCAAUUUCGAACUUGGAAGAACUGUUUUAAACUGUUAUCGUAUAUGCGAAUUUUUGAUAUUAUUGCAGUUAGUUAAUAGAUAAAUAGGAGCAGGUGCUUUACGAAAAAGUCAAUGGAAUAUCCUCCCUUUGAAAUGUUAUUAUUUUGCCACCUCCCUUCCAAAUUAGUGCCCACAAAUCGUUAUUAAUUUGUAUUAUUACCUCGACGUAUACGUAUUCGCAAAUACACAGAGGUGCAAGUUAAACAUAUUAUAAUGUAUAAUGUAUUAUUCGUGGCGCAAAUUACUAUGUUUACAUUUUAUAUGGAUACGAAUCGACAAGUUUUUAGUCUGAUGUAGGUGCAAAUUAUCGUGUUAUGUCGACUUGAUAACAGUGCAUGUACUUAACCAAUCUACUACCGAGGAGAGUUUGGACGCCCGGGAAACCGGUUCACCGGGUACGAGUAGUUUUUUUUUUGUUUUAAGUACCGACUCAGUCGCGUCUGGUCGCGAUUCAGUCGUCGUCGGGUUGUACAACCGACUGAAGUUUAUAACGAUCGAUUAUUGUUAUUCGUAUCGACAAGACCGAACGGUUUUCUUAUUUUUAUUUGUCAUCGUAAUAUUAUAUGGUCCGAAAAAUGAAUUAGAUAAAGUACAAUACUUAUAAUAUGGAAUUUGUGUUCAAUUUUCAAGUAUUUCUGCGCCGACAAAACAAUUUAUCCUCAUGAAAUCAAAUAAAAACUAAACAAAUUCUCGACAAUUACAAAUGCCUCUAAACAGCUCAAAAAUCGGUAGAAUGUUUUGAAAAAAAAAAUUAAAAUCGAAAAUAAAGAAACCGUUAUUAUCGAAAAUUUUUUCGUUUCUUAUGGUUUAUUCAGGUUUUCCCUAUUAUUAAAAAACCUAAAAGAAAUAUUAAAAAAUAUGACCUCAUCAAAGUACACCAACUAGAAAAUGUCUAACAUUUUCUUUCAGAAAUAUACUACACUUGAAAAUCGUAGGAAAAUUUCCUAUAGAAAAGUUUUAAAUAAACAUUAAAAGAUAAACUUUUUUUUUUUUAACUACAUAUUUUAAUAAAACCAGUCUAAAACACAUAUUUGUCAAACCGAUGCACCAAGAUACAAUUGUGGUAUUUGGAGUUCUGUAACAAAGUAUAAUGGUUGCAAACACGAUAAGGCUGAAAAAAGUUCAGAAUUCGACUGCUAUAAUACAAUUUUAUGCGCACGCUUGAAUUUUUUACGCCAAAUGUUUUUUCUUUUGUCGAUUAUUGAUUUCUCUUGGUUAGACGUAAAAAAAAAAAAAAAAAAAAAAUUCAUUGAUAAACAAAAAAAAGGUUUAUGUAUAUAUUAACGAAUCAUUGCAGUUAUUGUUGUUUUUAUUCAAAUUUAUGUUUCGUUACUAUUUGUUGGUUUUGUAUGCUCGAUUUCGAUGUAGUAACGAAAUAGAGUUAUGCGACUAAAAUAAUCACAAUCAAGCGUGAACGACUAUAAUAAUGUAUAGUUACUUCGAAGAAAUAUUUAUACCGUAAAACUACAAAUACAUCACUAUGUACAGUUUUUGGUUAUUAUGGCAUUUUCAUAAUUAUUUACGUCGUUAAAAUGUUUAUCGUAAACAAACACAACCAGAAGCUAUUUCAAAAGUCGUUUACGCCAGUAAAAAAUCUAAAUAAACGUCCAAAAUGUACGUAAUUGGACAUAUGAUUAUACAGCUGUACACGCGCGGUUUUCUGUGAUCAUUUUAUAGUCAACGGAGUUUCACAUAUUUUUACAAUGACGACAGUGCAGUUAACUUUUAUUUAUUGGACUCGGUAAAGUGUUAAUCAAAAUUCAUUUUUUAAUGAAUAAUCAUAAUAUAAAUUUAAUAUUAUUGCCGAAUGUAUAUUUCAAGAGAUACUUAAACUAUGUGUACACGUUUUUCUUUUAGUAUUCUCUGGUAUACCGUAUUAUUUUUAUCACAUAAAUGGGCGUGACGUAACUACACUAUGGACACGAAUUACAGUUUAAUGGCGAUCGUGUAAGGAUUAUAAUAGUGUGGGUAUUCGGGGCGGUUAUAAAAAUUGAAAUACUUGCUCAUAAGAAACUUUUUUCAAUUCGAUCGAUUUAGCUGAGGAAUUAAAAUGUAUUGGUGUAUUAAUAGUAGGUAUAUAUUUGUGUUAUUGUAGGAUCAAUUAGUUUAUAUACAAAUUUCAACGUUCUCCUAUUUUUUAUAUCCUAGUGUUUUUAUGUACAGGUUUUCGCAUUCAACUGAGAAAUUUCAAAAUGCAUUUCAAAGUGUAUAAGAACUGAUUCAAAAUCAAUUUUACUUAUAGAGAAAAAUACAACACGUUUUCGUGAUAUCUCGAACUACUUGAAAUGUCCGCAAUAAUAAUAUUACUUCAGCGAUAAAAUUCAUUAAAAAUAGGCUGAUACUGCGGAUGGACGUUACGCUGUUUUAGGGGGGAAGUUGAAAGGGAGGUUGAUUAGUAUCUGUACGCAACGGUAUAUUAUUUCUAAUGAAAAACAAUUCUGAACGGAAUAUUAUUAGUAGAAUAUUUUCUCUUGUUGCCCGUGGUAAUCCAGAAAUUAUACAAACAAUUGCUAGUUUUUUCUACGUAUUAAGAAAACCACAAGGCCAAUUAAAAAAUUGCAUCUCCUUAAUGCAUCAGCUUGAUCGGAAAUUCUACGAGAAAGUUCCUACAAAGUUUUUGGUUGAAGCAAGAUUUCUGGUACAAAAGUUGUUUAUAGACACACACACACACAAAAUUAUAGUGAAACAUUAUAGUGAAACUAAUACAAUAUUCCUCAUUUCGUUCAGAAGCUAAGGUCAAUCGAGAGAAUACAAUAUUAAUGGUACAAAUAAAAUGUAAAUAUUUUUUCGCACUAAAUAAUAUAAUAGGUUCUAGAUGGUGGUUGAGUUUACAAUACAAUUUUUGGCGGUGUAAUUGAUUCGCACUUCAAACACACACUCAUGUGAUCGACGAGUGCGGCACGUUCGAAUGUAGUGAGUUUACUAUAAAUAUGAAAAGCAAAUUAGUAUAUUACUGCCAAAAGCCAAAACCUAUACUACUGUAUAGAAAACACGUUGUUUGUCAAUGUUGUUUUUUUUUCUACUGAUAUUUUCGAAACAAAAUUCGGUAAAAUUGUUUGCAAUUUCUUUGCUCGAUUUUAAAUUUACAAUACGUAUACUAUUACUUAUAUCGCACAAGACACUUUACUACACGUUAAUGAAUUACAUGUGCAAAUAAUUUUCGUUCACCUUAACAACGAGAUAACCUUGCCUAUAUAAGAUUAAGGACUUUUACAUCGUUUACAAUAAUCAGUGUAUGUUUAAUCAUAUAAUACGUUUAUAGUAUGCAUUAAAAUAAAAUUGAAACCGAAUUACUUCUAAUUAAAUUUAAUCGUAUUGGCGAAAAUGUUCUUUGAUUUAUACAAUUGUAAUUAUUGCCCGUUGGUGCGGGACGACGGCGUUUGCCGGAAAUAUAAUUGUUUGAAAUAAAGUCAAGGUUAGUAUACCAAUAUCGAAAUAUACGCGUGGGAUAUCGAAAACAAAUAUAAUAUGUACUUCAUAUAAUAAAUUAUAUAAACGUAGUUUAUAAUGGUAGGUAUACUUGUUUAAUGUUGUCAGAAUUUUUUUUUCGCUACUCGUUUGAAAAUUUGCAAUACAUUACCGUAAUAGGUGACGACACGUUAUUGCCCGCGAGAAUUUGAAUAUAUUAAAACGUUGUUGUUUUUGUGACACGUGGUAGUAUAUCAAUUGCGCGGUAAAAGAAAAUUAAUAAAUAAUAACGUCAUGUUCAAUAUACUCGUUUGUAGGAGAAAAAAAAUACUUUAUCUACCGUACUUAAGUAUUAAAAUAUAAUAACUCGAAAAGCCGAAAAGAGUAAGAUUUAUUUUGACCGGUUUUGGCAAAAAUAAAUCGUGCAGAAAAUAUAUCACGUACCGACGACUACUAUAAUACAUCACGUUUUUUUUUUUUUUUUUUUUUUUUUUUUUUUUUUUUUUUUUUUUUUUUUUUUUUUUUAUGAUAAUUAUUAAAACACGAAAAAACCCUUAAAUCGAAAUUGUCGAUGCUUUAACAUAAUAUUAUUUUCUGACUUUUUCGUUUUUAAAUUCUAAAAUUGAUAAAUGUCAAAGGUGUAAUGAACAAAUAUUCGAUUCUCGUGAUUAAAUCAAGUUAAAUAAAUUAAAGAAUCUUCCAUUUUAAGUUAAAAAAUUAUGUUUUUUUUUUGUUUUUACUGUAGUUUUUUCUCGGAAAACACUUUUUCGGUUAAAAUAAAAAUAGUUCGAUGUUUUCAUAUCGUACCUUAAAAGGCAUGUGCAUUUCGGUUUGGACAAAUUUUAUAGAUUCCCAAAAGUUUACUAAUACUUUAUAAGAAAACAGAUAACACAUGGAAUUGGGGUUUUUUUACUGUCGAUUUUCGGGUUGUUACAACUGCAUAAAUAUGAGAUUGAAAAGUUUUCAUGAAAUUUGAGUUAGAAAUUGUACAGUAUCAAAACAGAACAGUUACGUUAUAAGCUUAACGUUGUAAUGGUGAUUUUUACGAUAACAAUCACUCGACAGUUGCUAUUAAGGUUAAUUUUGACGACGUAAUAUAAAAAGUUCAAACACUUGGUGUUAUUUUAACCGUCAAAUUUUAUUAUACGUUUGUGUUUAAACUAUAUGAGAAAGAGGGGAGGGGGAGCUGCCUUGGGGGUGCCAAAAUUGUAUUUAUAAUUUGUGUAAUUUUUAAUAGGUAUUUGUACUUUUAAUGCAAAAUAUUAUAAUAAAAUAUUAUUUUUGAAUUUGUGUUGUCAAUUAAGGCCACUUUAAAACUGUAUGAUAUGCAUUAAGGGAAAAAUUUGAAAUAAAUAUAUCCUAGGAAAAAAUCGACAAGCAAUAUAGCUAGGACGCAAAACUUGAAUCUGUCUCUGGACCCUUAAAUCCUUAGUUACGUCACUGAUAUAAACCUUGUUAACUUAUUCUCAAAAUUCAACAAUACUUAACCUGUUUUUUUUUCUUUUGUGUUGGACAAUUUUGAUAUAUUUUGGCCUGACCUAAUGAACAUGUCUAGUUUCACUUUUAAUUUUUUUUAUACAUUUAUGAUUUUACACAUAGUAAUAUUACUUAUAUUUAGAAUGUAUACGGCAGAUAUGUAUCCUCGUCGUCACCGGGUAUAAAUGCCUCACACUCGACGACUUUUAAUUAAUUAAAUCGUCGUUAAUCAUUAUUAUAGUACAGUAAGAAAUCGCGUAACCGCUAUAUAGGUACGUGAUGAAAUCUAUUCCGGCUAUAGCAAUGACCGUUUUCAGUCAAGAACAAGACUCUAAUAAACACGUACCUAUUAGUCAAGUAAUCUCCGACUGGAAAUCACUGAUAAUAACCAUUUCGUUAUUGUGCUUUGAAAUAAUUGCACGUGGCCUAAUUACUUGUGUGUACAAAGUAUGCAUAAUUUUAAAAACAUAAUACGUACUUUUUUUUUUUAAGAAUAUCGCUGUUUAUAAAAUAAUAGAAUUUCACGACUCAUGCAUUAUAUUAUAUUAUUAUACAUUUAUUUACAAGUGUUUUAUUGAUUUACUGACCUAAGAACAGAUAUCAUUAAUUGCCCGUACAAAUAUCCGACUGUGUGUAUAGCGUUACGUGAAUACUUACGAACUUAUCGGUUAUAGUUUUUUUCUUUAUUAUAAAUAUAAUUUAAAAUACUUUUCCGGUCAAAUGAGGUGAACGCGCACGUCAUAAUAUAUGCAUAUUGAGAAAAUUAUAAACACUUAAUGUCCCGUAAAAAUUGCACGCAUAAGGUAUAAUACUAUAUAAUGUAUAAUGUACAUACUCGUACUCUACUUAUAAUAUAUAAUUUACAACUUACUGCAGAAAUGAUAAAAAUUGUUUUUAGAUUUUUUUUAACGAAAUUCUUUUACGUAAAUAACUAUAACGUUAUUGUUAUUCUUAUAGUGUAAUAAAAAUUCGUAGGCGUGCGGGUUUUUUUUUUUUUUGUUAAACGACAAUAAAAAACAAAAAAUAUAUAGUCGAGAUUAUGAUUAGCGCGUCACGUUGUUAUAAUUGGAAGCAGUGUAAUGGUCAGGUGGGUUAGUGGGUUUUAAUUUCCUCCCGUAAAAUGUCUUGAUAACAGCUGCGGUUCGAAAUAUCGAGAGGGUAAAACAACCGAAACGAAUUUCACAUAUGAUUAUCGAUAUUUACCCAGUAAUCGAAUCUUAUCGAAAGUUUAAAGCGUUUAAAACAUAUCGAGAGUUAACGACCAACUUCCAGUGGAAUAUAAUUGUCGCCAUCGUUGUCGUUUUCUGUGAUAUAUACGACUCUAGAGACGGUGAAGUGCCUGGAAACUAUUCGCUCUCGUCGGGUGACAGCAUGAAUAAUUGAUUUUCGGUUUCCGACAAGGAUUACACCGGUACAAUGAACGCAUCGAGAUCCACGACCAUAAACAGAAAUCCGACCACUAUUAUUAUGCAGGCUGUUUUCGUCACGGGCCGGUAGGUAUACUCGAAAAAUUCAAAUUAUCGAAGACGGUCUCGAUUUUUAACGUGUCUCGCGCAUUGUUUAAGCGGCGCAAAAAGACGCGUAUAAUACAACUUGAAAAUAAUGUGUUUUUCCCCUGUGUUUUCGAUGUUAUCGACGUGGACAAAAUUUCGUUUCCGGUAAAUCAGUAGCACCGAAAUCCGACGAUUAUAAUAGUAACAUGUAGGAAAGUAUACUUUUAGAGGUUGGGUUACCUAAACGUUUAUCCGUUUAAAAUCGUAAAUACAUUAACUAUUUGACAUCAAUGGGAUUUAUUACAACUAUUUGACAUCAUGUAAUAAAUCCCAUUACUAUAACAUAAAUAACGCUCGUAUUAAGUGCCGUCCACGGGAAAUUAGCCGGUAAUGGCCUCGAGUGACCAUUUAAGACCAAUAAAAAAUUUAAAAAUAAAAAGGUUACACGAAAAAUAUACCACAAAAGUAUUUGUUUUUAAGAUUAGUGGUAUAUAGUUUACACUGGUUUGCACAACGUUUUAUGUUUAGUCCACGGGCCAAUAAUUUACACAAUGGUAAACAUUUUUUAUUUUUAUUUUUUUGAUGAUAAGUCAAUAUUCUUCUCGAAAAUCUAUUUGUUUUUUUAAACGAUCGAUUUUCAGAAGCAUAUCUCUUGCUUUUUGUAGAUUAUGAGCUAAGCGAGGAAUGUAUUGGUAUUCUUAUAUGAUGUGAUUUUUUUUGUGUUGUAAACAAUUUUUGUACCAGAAAUCUUGUUACAAUCAAAAAAAAAAAAAAAGUAAAAACAUACAGGAUCCUUCGCCGCAUAAUUUUCUUAAUAAAUGUAAGAACUCGAAAUUGGUUUGUAUAAUAUUUAUCGAUUUCUGGGUUACCUGGGCAACAAGGGUAAAAAUACAACUAAUAAUAGUUUAAAAUUGUUUUUCGUUAGGAAUAAUUUAUCGUUGUGUACUAAUACAUUAAACAACUCCAUACAUUCCCCUUCCAAAAAAACAGUGGCACUUAUCAGUACCAGAAGUAUCAUGUUUUCUUUGAUACGUCUAUAAUUUUAAAACAAAAAGUAAUUAUUUUGUCAAAAGUUAUACGGUUACUUUGAAUAUUUUUUGUCGUGCUUUAAAUGACCAUUAGUUCAUAGUAUAGCCAAAGGCAACAACACUGCCAAAACCAGCUAGGUGGUGAAAUUCAAGUAUAACUUCGGAGUUUUCUCCAUGAAAUUAGGUCAGAAUUAUAUCUGUUUUUUUCCUCAUUGGCAACAUGGGCAAUUCAUAAAAGUCUGUAUCUAUCAAUACACAAUUCAGUGGAUAUUCUAAAUGAAUAUUAGAUAGAAAACCAAAGAAAUACGAUUUAUUAUUGUGACAUUUUCGCUCAAAAAUAAAUUAUCUACAGAUAUUCUAUGUAUAGUGAUAGUACUAAAUAAAGUUUUAUAUUUACUUUUUUUUUUAAAAAAAACAUGUUUUGUAUAAUACACGUUCUUAUGAAAAAAUAUUGAUCCCCCAUGACUAAUCCUUAAUUACGUCAGUAAGAAAUCAUUUAGAAACAUAAAUAAACAUACUUUCAUUUUCAUUACUGUGGGCUAAAAAAAAAAAAUUAAAAUACUUUGUGGGUUGGACCACACUGAUUUAAACAAUCGGAUGACGAUAGGUUUAAAGCGUGUUUAAAAAUGUAGUACUUAUUUACAAUAGUUGUUUCGUGCGUGUUGACUAUAGGUAUAUUUUUUUUUUGUCGUAUAACAUACUUUAUGCGUGUAUGCAAAUGCAACGUAAAUCGUAAUAUUAUUAAAAUACACAUAAUAACACGUAUAUUACUAACAAAUUUAAACAAAUGAGGGUCCUACCUGGAAAAAGAUCCGGCAUUGUCGAUUCUUGAAUUUUGUUUUUAUCUUGUCGGAUUAUCGUGGUAUAAUGAAAUCAAAAUUCCGUGUUAUUGAAAUAGCGCGAAUGAAAGUGAUAUACAAACAAUUUCAACUGUCAAAUCAAAUUCGCCUACCCUUAACUACGAUUCACUGUCAGAUCUAUAGCCCGCUGUAUUUCUGACACAUUUCUCCUUAAACACUCCUUUCCGAGUGUCUUUUCUCUGCCAAAUCUUCCCGUAACAUUUUCCCUUUACGAAAUCUUCCUGCAGGUUUUUCCAUACACAGCCUGUACGUUCUACCGACUCUUUUUUCUGAUGUGUUCCACUAUUAUAUCUAAAUCACUAUGUCUGGUCUCAUUUUUUAGGUCGCGACACGGAGAUGCGUGUAUUAUCGUUUCAAAAACCCUUAGAACGAGACGUAUUUAUAUUUUAAUAUUAUAACACACUAUAUAUUCCCAAUAUAUUGUAAAUUAUAGACGAAAAGCGUGCGGGUGGCAUCAUAUAGUAUAGUGGUUUUUGUGUGCCUACCUAUUAUUAUUAUUUUUUCAUUUUUUUAUUUUUUAGUAAUUUCUGCCGUCGCUGUAGCUUCAUUACAAUAUAUAUUACUUUAUUAUACCUGAUUACCGCGGAGCGCCGAGACGACCGCCAUCGACGACAAAACGGCGUCCGCUAUCGGUGGUCGCGUGUGUCCGAUUGUAUAGGUAACUAACCGUCCGGCGUCCGUCCGUCGAUCGGGCCGGCGGAACGUUACGCGUCAUAAAUAUCGGUUAUUAUUAUUAUUCUUAUUAUUAUUAUUAUUAUUAUUGUUGUUGUUAUUACACACCGCGGUUGGUCGUGGUUAACCGGGUGGUAACAAACGAUUGGUACAUUACAUAAUAAUAUAUAGGUAUACCUUAAACGUCAUUAAUUAAUCGAUAUCCCACUGGCGACGGGUGCUCGCGCGCGACCGGUCGUCGUUUCAACCCCGUGUAACCGCGCGGUAUAAUCGUCCCGUGUUCGCGUGACGGGAAGAAAAAAAAAAUAUAAAAAAUAGUUAUAAAAAACCCAAGUGAUAUGACGCGUACAAUAUUAUGUAAUAUUGUAACGCCGGCCAUUGUUGUUACGGGCACAAUAAAAAUAUAAUAUAAAUUAAUUAUCGGCAAUUUAUUAACACCGGCCCGCCGCAAUCACUUUUACUCUCGAUUUCUUGGUCUCUCCCGAGUAUAUAAUACCAUAAUGCGCACGUACCCGUGGACCGCGGUUGGUAAGCACGAGUAUUUCAGAUAUUAUACCGGGCGACCGUAUCGCGUUAAAUAACACGGUAACACGGUCGUAAUUUUAAUAACAACGGUAUGAUAUAUAACAUGAUAAACGAGACAACCCCAUCGCGGGGCGCAAUCGUACAUAAUAUUAUAAUAUUAUUGUGUAGAUUACCGCCCGAUAUCGCCGGGACGUCGGGUUUUUUUUCUUUAUAUAUAAUUAUAUAUAUACGAUUGCUUGUCGAUUUUUGAAAGUGAUAAUACUAUCCUAUACCUGUAAUUUUCCAGGUCUCUCCGUAUCGAAAAAUUUGCAUAAAAGACAUAGUUUGCCCAAAUGUUUCUAAUCAAAGGUAUUCUCAAUCACCAGAGUGCAUCUUACGUUAAUUGUUAGACCGGAUCUAACAUAUUAUACGGUCGAAAGGACUAACUGACCGACGAAACGAGAAAAACGGUAAUGUUGUUUGAGAAAAAAUAAUAAUGAAAAUUAUCUGUGAUCCACUGUACGACAACAAACUGCUACGUGUAAAAGAAAAAAUAGAGAAUAUCGAACAUAAACGGUAGAGGUUGAGUGGAGAUCAACUGGCAAAAGACGAUGGAUGGAAAUAUAUUGGACGAAUAGAGUGAAACAAGACCUGGAGAAAUUGUGAGGAAAAGAGUACACGAUCGCGCGAGAAGUCGAAGGCAGUGUCCGCGCGGACAAAAACUCGUGAAGAGUUUUAAUGCCAUGGAAGAAGGUUAGUUAUUACCAAGGUAUAAAGGUUCAUUGUAGUUUCCAUGUAUUAAAAUCCGACGGUUUAUCGUAUCAAUUUAGAGCGAUUAUGUAGCUUUUUAUUUUCCUCCGACGCGUACGUUAGAUUUUGUUGUAGUUUACCCGUAAAAUUAAAAAAAAAAAAAAAACCGCCGAGUAGGCGUGGGCACGAAUGAACGGACGGCGUGACAAAUUUCUAUAUAAUAUCGUUGAAAAAUGGGCGUUCUACUCGUAUAAAAAUUACGUGCGCCGCAGACAUUGUCGUGCAUAUAGCCAGUGACAUAAUACUAUUAUUACGACCGUAGUCGAAUAUCCAACCCGAAAUGAUUAUAAUAUAACGUGUUAUCUUUGAUAGUUGAGUAUUUGAGUUGGGUUCGCGAUGUAGACGAAUUGAGUGCUUUGUGUAAUAACCACAUGCGAUGUGUCUCCAUUUUUUCAAAACUUUUUAGGAAAAAAGAAAACUAUUUAAAAAUAUUGUGUUCAUUACGAAAUUAGUUUAAAGAUUAAUAUUUAUACUUCCAUUAGAUCAUGACGUAGAUAAAACAAAGAUAGGGUUUUAUUUAAUUUAAUUGUUAUCAUUUUCUUCAAGACAAUAGCUAUAUAAUAAACAUAACCUAAAAUAUUUCAAGUUAUCUUGUUUUUUCAUCGGAAUUACGUUUAAAACAUGUUGUGAAAUACGUCUUACAUGGUUUUUUGGUUAAAAUUGUUUAGAAUUUUGUUUAAUCACGCGUUGUUACUUCCAUACGGAUAAUCGCGGAUUUAUCUCGUUGUUGCACAGCAAAUAUGAUUAUAGUUUUUUCAUUUUUUCAGAUAAACAAAACACGAAUUUCGCAAAAUAGUUGUACAGUCCGCGCACGAAAUUCGUCCAUUGCGGCCAUUUUUAAAAAUAGUUCUUAAAUACGAGUCCCGAUCAUUCUGCGAGUAGCAGUGGGCGUUUGAUUUUAUUUUAUAGACCUUGCCUCAGCAUUUGUAUUAUGUGACGUUUUUAGAUUUUUAUUCGUAUUUGAAAGUUUACUAUAAGUACUAAUUUCAUACAUUUUUUAUUCGAGUGACCGCAUUUCAAACAUAUUUCGAAAAAUUUAUUUUUAGAAUUUUUCAUAUUUUUAUAUUAAAUUGUAAUAAUUUAUCUAUGGAAUAAUUCAAAAAUCUUUAAAAAUCAAUAAUAAGUUUAGUAUAACACAGUUUUGUAUAAGUCGUAUAAUUUAUAAAUUGCAUUUAUUUAUUUUUUUAUACAUCUAAUCGGCUAAUAUACUUAUACAUGAAUGGCCAAUAUUUCGGACCACAAUUAUCGGUGUCGACCUAACCUAAACUAUUCUAACCUAAUUUAAUCGCGUUGCCGUUUUAUACGGGAAAUUGUUAUAGAAAUCGAAUAAGAGUUAGACAUCAAAAAAAAAAAAAGAAAAAAAAGAAAAGAACUCGGUGUCAGAAAACGAAACUUUCGACGCGUUUCGCGUACAUUCGUUUCGCUGUAGUUAUUAUUUCCACGUCAAUUUAUACAUACGUAUAACCGAGUAUUAUGCAGAUUAAUUAACCGUGUAGAAUCUACACUGUAGAUUAUUCGCGUACCUCGACCGACACAGUUAACGUAAUACAAUGUUAAACACACACUGUUCAAUCACAUGAAUAAUUAAUUGUAAUAAUAUGAACUAUUUGAUCCGUAUGAUUAUAUCUCACCGCGUUGCCGAUUAGAAUAAUAAUAUAACAAUAAUAAUUGGCAAGUAUUGAUUUACUAUAGUAAUAAAUAUAUAUAUUCGUAAAUUUCGUAACGGGUUUGCGUGUUAUAAAAUUUGAAAAAUAUAAUACUUAUAAAAAAAAAAAAAAAGAUUUUAACGAUUUUAUCGGACCAAUAUUAUGUAUUAUCUGCAGCAUGUUAUUAUACUUGUAGUGUAGAAAAACGACGAGUAGAAAACAGUGUUUCCCAAGAGGUACUAGUAUACAAGUGUGAUGUUAUUAUAAUUAAAUGUAAAACAGUAUUCACGUUUUACAUAGAAAAAAAAAUAAAUGUAAGCCCUGUAAAACACGUUUUCUUUUCGAUCCAAUAAUGCAUUUUAUUAAUAUAUUUUUCUGUAAUCUAAAGUAGAGACAUAUUUUAUUGACGCUUUCGAUAUUUUCAUCGUACAAUAUUAUUAUUAUUUGUACUUUAAACGCACGGGACAUUAAGAUUAGGGUCGUAGAAUAUAUAUGGGUACUCUAAAAAACCAUCCGCCCUAUUCACACGAUUUCUGUUAAUGAAACACUUUGUACACGACAUGGCACUUUCUCCCCCAAAAAACGAAAAAAUUAUCAGAGGAAUUUCAGACGUUCCGACAAACAGUAUUAUAUUAUAUAGGUGGUAAUAUCGUUAAAGAGACGUGUAAAUAAUAUUAUUGUCCGCGCGAGGACAAGUCGAAAUCACCUGUUUAUUAUGCGUGUGCGUGUUAUCAUAAUGUGUGUGCGGUACUUAACAAAAAUAAAAAAAACACACACACAUAUAUUAAUUUUAAGUUUAACGACAUAAUCGUCAGUCUUUUACGGUCCGAAACCCCGAAUGAGUGUUAGUAUUAUAAUAUGUCUACUUUACGGGUAUCAUUAGUCAUAUUUUUUUUUUUUUCUGAUCGGAUUUCAACGGAUUAUACGACACUGUGUGUGUACCAGAACCGAGUGAAAAACGUGAUAAUAUUCGUGUUAAUUUUAAAAUGCACGCAGGUCCAUACUCACAUAGUAUUUACAUUAUUUUUUUUUACACGUAACGCCGUAGUAAUGGCUGAUAUAUAUCUUCUGGUGAACGUAAAUAGGAAAUAUUCGAAAUUAAAUGGGAGUACAGGCCGUAAAAAUGGACAAUGCGGACGUUUUUAAAGUUUAAACACACACACACACUCACACAUGCGCGCGCGCGCACGGCAGAGUAUAAUGAUAAUUUGUCGACGGCGUUGUUCGAUAAAUCUGCGGCGGUCGGUGGAAUUGACCGGAAAAAGAAACGCGUAGGGUGGAUAAAGACUCAUCAUAAUUUAUAAUAAAUUCCCGAAGACUGUAUUAUACUCGUAUUAUAUUAUACAACUGACGAUUUAAUUUCAAAAAUAACACCUAGUUUUCUAAAUCCAAUGUUAUAAUAUUUGGUCGUAAAAAGACUGCGUAACAAUUAUCGACCGAAAAAUCUCCUUCAUAUAGUAUUAUUAUUAGGGUUUGGGACUUGUUGCGCUAACAAUCCACAAAAAAGCCAUGAAAAAGCAAAAAUGGUAGAAGUGUACAAUAUUCAAACACUACGCGAUGAUCUUUUAAAGUAAAAUUUUAUACGUAUUUAAAAAUAAAUUACUUUGUGUUACCUAAUCGUAUUUUUAGUGUUAGAAUAUUGUAUUUGAUAAUUGCGGGUCGUUGGAAAGAGGACUUUAAAAUCCUUUUACCUUUUUACUUUUUAAAUAUUUUUUUAAGUGCAUUUUACGAAUUUUUUUUUACAUUUUUAAGCGAUUGUUUGUGGAUUUUAAGUGUAGGAAAUUCUGAAUUCUAUUUAUUGUAAUGCCAAUAUUACGCAUAUAACUGUAUAUAUGAGUAUACAAACCCGGCGUCUUGAUGAUUUCUUAUAAAAUUCCUGAAUGUUAUUCUAGAACCAUUCGAGGUGGUGGUCAUCGUUUGGUAUACGUAUACAACACUCGUACAAUAAAUAAUUUUGGUUCGAAUUUAGAUUGAUAGGUAAGUAAGUGCAGUAUUUUUUUUUUUUUUUCAAAAUUGUAUAAUUGUACUUUAAAUAAUUUAAAUUCGUUUAUCGAUAAACCGAAUGAGAAAUAUUAUAAUAAACUGUACGUCUACAUUAUAGGGUGGAGAGUUAUACGUCCGUUUUACCCUACGUGAACCGGUUUUACCCGGUUACAGGAACAUUACGGUACAUUAUAAUAAUAUAAUUAUUCAACCGAUAUGCAUUUAUAAAACUUAAAUUCUAAUCGAUUUCGAACAGGCGCCUCCUUUUUUUUAUGUACCGACAAUCGUUAUAAUUAUAUUAUUAUUAUUAUUUCUUUGAUUUGUAUGCCUAUUACAUUGCAACCGCCCCACCCCUUGUAUAUAUUCGUUGAACGAGUCUUAAAUAUAUAUAGUAACAAUAAUGUAUUAACAAUAAUAUUAUUCGAUUUGUUAUGGAGAAUUAUAGAUGUCAAAAAAAAGAAAAAAGACCAAGAUUAAUAAUAUUCCACUAUUACCAAUCGUUUCUUUUGAAGAUAUGAGGCGUGAAUUAUCGACAUAAUUAUGUCACGUAACUUUUCUAUUUUAAAACUCUACUUACCGGGUCAUUUUUUAAGGAGAUUUACUGUGCCCGCUUAUAGACACACCGUUAAGUACAGUGAAAAUCCAGUAGAGUAAGAUUUUGUUUACAGCGUGUUCACUAGAAAAUAAAUGGUCAAUUAUUGAAUUGAUAGAUUAUGUAAAAAAUUAUAUUAUGUUAUUUUAUAUAGAAAUUACUUUCCCUGAUAGGCGAAAAAGGUAACUGAGGAAAGGACAAAAGUCAAGGGAAAGGUUUGGUUUAUUUGCUUGUGGAUCUUUUUUAAGGGAGAAUAAGGUAGUGGGAACGUCGUGAGUAUUUACUAAAAGCUCUCUGUAAUCUAUCCAACGAGAUAUUUUAUAUUUUUAAAUUUUUUAUUUCUAUAUUAUACCUGACAUGAUUUUCAUGGACAUUAACAUCCUCGGAGCGACGUUUGAAUAUAACGGAUUUUUAUUUUUGUCUAUGUUACUGCAGGCCGUUGUAGUUGCAAUAUUCCAGAACAAUUUGUCUGAAAACUGUAUUCUACGCGAUUUUUUUCGUAAAAUUGUAUAAUAAUAAUAAUAUAAGGAAAAUAAUAUAUUUAUGGCACGAGAUUUUGUUGUUUAAUAUCCGAUUGUUAAACUGUCAAAAGGGCUACUAUUAUUUACCUAUCGUUGGUCCAAACGUUUACGAUAGGAGGUAGUCUAAAUUAUUGUUAAAUAUGUGUGUUUUUAUUUUUAAACUAUAAAGCUGGGAAACAAAACAACUAUGUAUAUAGAAAAACGAAAGAAAUUCAAGAAUUCAUCGUUCAAUUUUAUUACAUAAGACGAUUUCGAAUCUCUUCAAGUUUUUAGCCGAUUUUAGUUAUUUUAUAUAAUAUUUAGAUGAUAUUAUUACCCAUCAUGUUGUUUUAAAUUUUUAUUAUUUUCGGUAGAAACGUAUCGUACUAUACUCCACAAAUCGUUAAAUGUAUAUAGUCACACUAUGAGGUAACACAAAAAAAGUUAUAAAUUCAUAAUCCGGUAGACCAGGAACGACAAAAACGCCGCAUGGCUCAGUAGGUAUAUGUAAUAUUUCAAUUUUAUUAUUGCACGUCAUUGCACGGGAUAUUUUCCGAGCUCAGAGACGAAACCUGUACUCUUUGAGUUCGAUCGGCGAAACAUUUUUUUUCUUCAAAUUAUACUUUCAUCUUUUCGUUUUAUAUAGUAGGCUUAUAUUACGAGCGUAUAUCAAGGCCUAUUAAUAUUAUAAUUAUACGUAUAUAUCUACCGAACGGAUGACUGCAGUAUUAUUAAUUUUUCGGCCGUUAUCAGCCGUAGGAUCUCGUCGGAACAGUAAAUAAUGCGCGUAUAUACUCUAAUAAUUUAUCUAUUGUUUAUAUCGUGAUAUUGUAUAGUAGAUAUAUAGAUUAUCAUCUAUAGCGAUCGAUUAAAAAAGGAACGAAAAAAAAAACUCAAAUCGAUUUACUCGCAAUUGGAUACCGAAUCAUUGUGCGCACAUGCCCGUACAAUAUACCCACUCGAAUAACUCGAAUUCCUCCUUUAAGCAUAUAAAAUAAAACGGAUUAAAAUUAAUAUUGGCAGAAAAAUUUUACAUAAUAAUAUCUACUAUUUCUUUGGCGCCACUUUAUCUCCACCACCACAAUCACCGCCGCUGCAGCCGGCACUGCACUGUGAAUUUAGAAUUUCCGACCACACACAACAAUCGUCGUUAUUUUAUACGUUUGCAAUCGCCGAAUUUUUUUUUCCUUUUUUUAAUUUCUUACAAAACGUGUCGAUAUUCUAUUACGAUUUCGUUAUCGAAUAUUUUAUAAUAUUAUAUACUUACCUGUUACAAACAACUAUAUUCGUGCGUAUAUGCACGUCAAUUACCUAUAUUAUAUUUUAGCUGUCCUGCACGACUUUGGCCCUCAGAAAAAAAAAAUUAAAAAAGAUACGGACAUACUUCGCACGAUAGGUGGAGCCACUAUUGUAGGUGAGAAGUUAGCAUAAUAGAAUAUAGUGGGGAAUUUAAUGUAUAUUUUUACGCAAUGGUUAAUCUUUGCUAACGAAAAACGAUUCUGCGUGGAAUUCGGUUAUGCGUGUUAUGAAAUGCCGUAGUACUAUUUAUAAUUUGAAAAUAAUACAUUUCGUACAUUUUCCCGUUUUGACUACGUUAUUAUUACCCUAUUCAAAUUUCCUUUCAGAAAAUGUGCUACACUUGAAUAUCAGAGCAAAAUUGUUCAAAAAAAAAAAAAAAAAUCAUUACUGUAAAAUUAAUAUAUUUCUGUUCCGCUUAAAAUCUAAAACUUAAACGUGUCUCUCCAUGACUCCUCGAUUUUACUUCUGUCCCUAUCGCCGUUGAUCAUUUGUCACCAGGUAAUUCAUUUUUUUAAAAGGGUUAAUGUAUACUUGCCCAUGAUAACCAAAUUAAAUAAUAAUAGGCUGAUUUUAUUGAUGGGUGUGCCAAGGUUCCAGGAGGGUUAUUGAAAAAGAGAAACUUAAUUUAUAUCUGUACCAUUUCUAAUGAAAAACGCAUUGUAUUAGCCAUAUUUGUUACCUUUGUUGCCAAUAUAAUAACAUAGAAAUCAAAAAAAAUUAUCCUAAUAAUUUCCAGUUUUUCUCAUUUAUUAACUACAAAGGAAAUUAAACUAACCACUUCAAUGCACCUAUAUCAAUAAUUCUAUAAGAAAGUUCCUAUAAAGUUUUGUUUAGAACAAGAUUUAUUUUUAGAAAAGUUGUUUACAAACACAAAAAAACAUCAUAGUAAAACCAAUAUAUUCCUUGCUCAGCUCAGAAUCUGAUAUAUUAUAACUGAUUUUUUAUUAAAAUUUUGGAAAUGUGGCUCCAAGAUCUACCUGGGUUACGUCCAUCCUUUAUAAUCCAUAAUUUUUUUUUGUUAUUAAUAUGGAAAGAUUCUAUUAUCAGCGAAUACAUGUAUACAUUUUUAUUUUUAGCUAUCCUGCAAAGAACAUCGGUGAACAUCGGACAAUUGAAAAUCCAAGGCGUCGCGACUUGCAUGUACUUGUGUAUGGACGCGUGCGGUUUACUAUACGGCUCGGUAAGAAGUAUAAUAAUUAUUUCAUUUUUUUUUUUUAAAUAUCUUUUUUUUUGAAAUACUUUUUCGUGUACUGUACAUAAUAUAGUAUUAUACUGCACGUGUAAAAAAAAAAAAAAAAAAAACUGAACGGCUCGCGUACAUAUUGAAAUAUUUUUUUUUGCUUUGUAUAUAAUUAAAUAACGAUGAUAUAGCGAUAAUAUGCGUGCGGUGAUGUAGUAUAGAACAUCGUCAUGUGUGUAUUUGUUUUAUUAUUAUUUUUUUUUUUAUCACGGCGCGCGGCGCGAGCUUUUACUACGCUAUGGCCUGCGACUUGUUGACGAAAUGUUCCCUAGUCAUCGUUACUGGGCUGUUAUUCAUCACAUUAUAUCAUAUUAUUCACUUUACUAUCAUAAUAACGUGUGGAAAUAUUCGAUCCGUUCGCAUUAAACAGUUAUGCCUAUGAUAAUAUUAUUUAUAUAGUUGUUGACUUAUUGGUGCAUUUGCAUUAUUAUUUUAUUUUUUUUUUACUUAGAUGCAUUGUUUUCUUUUAUUGGUCGGAAAAUACGUAAUCAGCGAGUUAAAUACUUCCAUUACGCGCAGUGUACAAACACUAUAAAUAUGAGGUCCGGACGAUUGUAUUUUAUUUGAAAGAUUUUUGUCCAGAUUGAUUCGUGAAAUAUAUAAAGUUGUAAAAUUUUUGUAUUGUUUUGCACUAUCUCCGCGCUAUUUUGCCAUUUUUAGAGCAUUUAUUUAUUUUACAUAGUGUUUUUGGGCAAUUUGAAAAAGUUUUAGUAUACCCUAGUUUUUUUAGUGUAAAAUUAUAGUCAAUUCAAAACAUUUUUUAGGUAUCUCCAGAGACUUUGUGUUCAUAGUAAUAUUAACGGUUAUUUCAAAAGUAAAACUUUAAUUUUUCGCUGUUUUUCCAAUUUUUUUUUUUUCAAGAGAUUUUUGUUCUUUCGUGUUUUAGAUAAAACAGACAUUUUAUAACGUAAUUUAAUGACGGUUUUUCUCGAUCAUCGAGUUCCCAUUGUAGUUAUUCUAUUAGGCACCUAUACAUUUUAAACGUCAAAUAUAAAAUAAUGAUAUAUAGGUAUGUGAUUUAUUCGAAGGCAUUAUAGAUCUUUACGCCGCUAUGCACGUUUUAGAUCACCCGAUCGAUUUUAUCUAUUUUUUUUCUUUUCUCCUCCGGCGUGUAAUUUCACUUUUAUUUUUUAUCGCGCGCGUAAACUAAACUACAGAACAAGACGCGCGUAGUUUACACGCGUGUUAAAUUUCGAUUUUAUAUCCGAUAAUAUAUCGACGUUAUAUUGGGUAUGUAUUGGUGGGCACCUAAUACUUGUAGGUAUGUGUUUCGUGUGGGCCUAAAACAUAGAAUACGUUUGUAUAAUUAUUUAACUAGGACGACGCGUUCGUAUUAUAAUGCGUACCUACUUAAUGUGCCGUGUAGCGAAAAAAUGUUCUGUGACAGUGAUUUAGCCUAUACGCCGUGUACAAAAUUCGUGUAUUUCGUGUGUAUGUAUAUAAUACAUAUAUAGGUAUCUGGUUUACCUUACGGGACUUCGUUUCGGAUGAAAAUCAUUAUAAAUCAAACGCAAGAUACGACUUGUCCGAAAAAAAAUAUAUAUAUGUAUAAUUUGCAUUCCGGUUAGAUACCUGCGCGCCGUGUAAAAAUAAAAGUAUAAUAUUCUUAUAUAUAUACACCUCGAUGUAGCAGCUAUACAGCAGCAUCACGCGACUGGUGUAAUAAUAUUAUGUAGAGAAUGCGGCUAUAUUUUGACAGAUUAAACGUUUAGGUUUUGUACAGAUAAAAUUUGGAGAAAUAGUAAAAUAUAAACACUUUUAAAAAUCACCUGAUUAUAUAUGUAUAGGUCCCGAUCGAAACUACGAGUAUAUAAUAUGAACGUUUUUGAUUAAAUGCUGCGUCGGAUGCCCCAGAGCUUAUUAAGCUAUCGAAAUUAUUUGUGAACCGGCAUGCAAUUUAGUCGUCGUUGCUAUUUCACAAUAGAAUUAUUUUGUAAUUAUUGUCGUUUAAAUUAAAUAAUAGUAUUGAAAUACGAACAUCAUGCUUUAUGAGUAAACGGUAUUUUAUUAACGAGGUUAGGCUGGAAGUGUGUCGAUAGUUAUUUGUGUUACCGCGAGAACGUGAAAUCACAAUCGUCACUUUCGCACUGAAAAUAAUUGAAUUAAAGGUUAUUUUUAGAAAUCAUACUUUUUAGGUUUAUUUUGUCGAUACAAAAUGGUGCCUUCAUUUCACCCUGUUUUCGGCUGACUCUUCGUCAGUACUACGGUCGUCCACCACGCCCAUCCGAUCUUUGAUUUCUUACCCUGUCCAACCGUCCAUAGGACGUCCUCUUGGCCGUUUAGUAUCCGGUUAUCGGUCCAUUUCAUUAUGUGUGCAAGUAAUCCGUCCGAUCUAUACGCAUGUUCAGCCCAUCUUAAUCUAGUGAUUUUAAGACUCGUAUUAUUCCUACUUUCCCAUAUUAUUCUUCCUCUUCCUCGUGCAUUCUUAUCUCUCAAUCCCUAUCUUUAUUUUUCUUCAGUCAAGUAUUUCGCUUCAUUUCCAGUCCAAUACUAACCAAUCAACUUGGUUUGCGUGCAUAUGAAGACGUUGGAUUAUAAACUAUAAUAAUACUUCUUACGGCAUAUUUUUGUACUUUCCGGACCGAAGUUCCGAUUAAGAAAACUAGUUUAGGCCGUUUCAAAACGGUUUGAAUUACGAUUUAUUUGGUUUUUCGUGCGGAAAUUAACCAAUACAAGUCGAAUAUUUUAAAAACGAAUAAUAUUCAAAGGACACCGCUAAAAGAUAAAUAUUUAUGAGUACUUACCUAUGCACUAUACUACUGUUUCAAUCGCACUUAGCUUCGGGGUCCUAUAGUCCGGUUUUCUCCCAGUCCCGUAGACCAUAUGUAGCCGCGAUAUAUUUUUGCGGACGAGGUUUCAUAACUAUUGGUAAAUUAUUAUCAUUAAAUAUUUGUUCUUAACAUCGAUUGCAGCAACAGCAACAACAGCCAACAAGUCAGUCCGUCGAAAUUGGUGUGUCGACCGUGUCCAAUAUAAUUACCGACAAAAUAGUCGGUAAUAAUCGCGAAAAAUAACUAUAUUAUUAUAUUUAAUAACUCAUUCGACAUAAUACAGAAUAAUAUUAUUCGUUUUACAAAUGGCGAUGUUAUCAGCUGUAUUUCAGUCAGUAGAUAGUAUAGUUGUAUACAGUACUGGGCGAUGCGCUGAAAAAAAAAAAAAAAACCGAAAAUAUCUCCGUCGUCGGUUUAAGGAGAUUAUUAUUAUAAUCGAUUGUCCGAUUAAUCAUACAGCAAUAUAGCCUAUUUCGAAAUAAACAUUAAUUUCAAAUUUACUUUCUAACGACGACGUAUUCUAAAGGCGAAACACCGCGGAGCAUAAGAAAAAUUGUAUAACUAUACAUUGCAUUGUCGACGAAAGUUUUCGGGUUUAUUUAUUUGUUUUUUUAGACGAAACGGCCUCCGAUCCUAUCCGUCUCACCUUUCUGUCGUUUGUUUUUUUUUUUUUUUUUGUAAUUUUAUUAUUUUUAACUCGUCUAGCGCGUAUAAUAUACAUACGACAUCUCGUCGUCGUCGUCAUGUGAUGAUAUGUAAUCUAAUUGGGAACACUAAAUCCAAAUCGGGUCACAACACAAUCAACGCGGGCCGCCGCCUCAGCCGCCGCAGUCCGAUCAUUGUUAUAAUUAGUAUAUGAACGGACGUUGAACUCGGCGAAACGAAUCGCAUAUUUAUAUACCUAAUUUUUGUCGUCUUGGUUUCGUCGGACAGAAUCCGUGAAAAUGUCCUUCCUGUAUACGAAAAAAAUUAUACUUACGCACACGUAAAUUUACGCUCGGGUGGUAUAAUUUUAUUCCUACGCCAGAGUACCUAUACAUAAAAUAUUAUAAGUAUUAAAACCGCGUCGCAAAUAUUGUGCAUCUUUUCAAUUUUUUUUAUUUUUAUCAUCUGUUUUUUUUUUUUUACGUUUAUUGGCAGAAAAUCGUAUACGAUAUAAGAUUUGCGAUACGAUUAAAAAAUAUAAUGUAUUACUUAUAUUUUCGCUGAAUAGACACAUUUCGUCGCUGUUUGUACAUUAUAUACACAAAUAUUUGCGUUAAUUUAAGUGUGCUAUCGAGGAGGAAGGGGAAAUUAUUGCUUACCAAAAAUGUAUUAUAUGAAGAAAUAUUGUUCAGCAGUAGCGACACUAGGGGUGGUUAUAAGUUAUAAAUAUCCUUCCUGAAAAAUAAUAUUUGUUUUACACGUUUUACUAAAUAGUCCGUUGAUUAGUUUGUAUUUCAAUUAUAAAUAUUUCCUUGUGAUUUUGAAUACGUGUUAUACAUCAAAUAACUAAAUAGAUGAAUAAUUAUUAUACAUUCAUCUAUUUAGAAAAUUUAUUGUCUCGAAAAUCUGUUCAGAAAUUUGUUUGAAAUUCAUAACCCCCUCCUACCUCUCGAAAAUCAUUCUUAGUUAUGGCCAUUGGAGUGGAGUGUAUGAGAUUUCCAUUUGUCAGAUAUCUGCCUACCAAAGUAGUCCGCGGUGAUACUUCUCUUUCAUGUCAAAAUCAUGGUAGCCCCGAUAGGUCAUACGCAAAACGAAUGCUCAGAUAAAUGAUGAAUAAAUGAAUUCGGUUUUUAUUAAAAAAAAAAAAAAAAAAAAAACCGCUAUCGCAUUUACCAUAAUAUUGUUUUAUUUCUCCCUUACGCACUGCGGCCGGCAGACAAUAAUCCACGUGAUUUUUAUUUUUCUACUACAGACGUGUGUAUGUGUGUGAGCAUACAUAUGUGUCCGCCACCGUUUUUAUUUAUUAUGUGAUCGUGUAUACGUAUUAUACGGCUGUGUGCGUUUUAAUUAGAAACAAAAAUACCAACACCUAUAUAAUACGAUCAGAGAUCGUAAUCCGCAGUAGGUUUGAUAUGCCUAUUGAUUUUUAAGUACACCGCUGUUUUAUGUUUAUAUUGUCAAAAUAAUAUGUAUACCGAUCCCGUUUUACCGUGGCCCGGCGUUCGGUUUUUUCGGUGUAAUAAUUUGUUAAAGGAAAGAUAUAGAAAAAAAAAAUGUUUUAAUUCGAAAUAAUUUAUUACGAUAGUUUCGGAAGAAAAAAAAAAAAGAAAAAAUACGUUAAAAAACUAGUUUCGUCUAAAUUACGUGGGAGGGGAGGAGGGAAAGGAUAGGACGUUAACACUUUUUGCUAUAAUAUAGACGCAAGUGUGCUGCGGGUGUCUAAAAAACUCCACAUUAUAAUAAAACGUGCGUGUAAUAACGUUAUGACGAAGUGUCUAUAAUCGUAGAUUUAUAACGAGAGGGGAAACGCGAGCCGUCUAGAAAUUUGACACUGCACAUAGUAGGCAUACUAUAGGCGUUGCGCCUACACGGCGGCGUUAGAAAGAAUAAAAAAUCAAUUUGCCGUGAAAAAAAAAAACAACAACAACAAAUAGAUGAAUAGAUAAAAAAAAAAAUAAUAAUCAUGAUAAUAACGAGCUAGUUGAUCUCAUGAUCACGUAAUUAUUCGCCUUAUAUCGUUUUAAUCUUGAUCGCACGUCGGUAGUAAAAUAUACGAAUAUAUUAUAUGGUUAUGUUCCGCCGAGCGUACGAUGUCAAUUUCUCACGUCUUUAUAGUUUUUUAUAAUAUACACAAGAACUAUAAAAAAAAAAAAAAAAAAUAUUCGGCUAUCGCCGUCGUCGUGGCCGUGUGGAAAUAUUUAACGUCUCCGACUGUCCAAUUAGUACGGUUACAACUAUAUUACGCGCAGUUCAAAUUCAUUAUUUCCGUAGUAAUAUAACGCCUUUUUUAUUAUUAUUAUUUUACGUGAAUCCCGUACAAAAAAAAAAAAAAACAGUUACAGUGACUUUGCGCGUAUGGGUACUAUUUUUUGCAAUUACUUUUUGUCGGCACUGUUUCUUUGGUGCGCGAAUGUCUCCCGCACAGUCGACAUUAUUAUAUUCAAACACAAAGCCUGUGGGUAUACAGAUUUUCGUAAUUAUUUUUUUCUUUUCUAUGGUAGCUAGGUAUACAUUUGUUUGAAUAUUUUAUUAAAUGAUACGGCGAUGGGUACGAUAAUUUUAAACACCGUUAAAACGACAAUGAGAACAGUCUGUUCUUCCCCCGAAACGCAUGAUAAAUAAUAAUAAAAAAAAAUCAUAAAAAUUAUACAUAAAUUCAAAUAUUACAAUAUUGUUUCGUCCGGGAUCUUGGGUCUCUACGUCGUUCUAGAGACUGACAUGUCGGAACCCUCGAUUUGUUAUGCCAAACGACAUCGUGUAUAUAGGUCAGAGAGAAUACACGUUCUCAUUUUUUCAUAGAUUUUCGCUCUCUUUGUAUUCACAGCGGAAGAACUGUGCCUUUAACAUUGUUAACAUCACCGUUAACAUGUUUAAAUAUUAGUAUAAUAUCGCGUCGUGUGAUUUUAUAAAUCGAUUUGGAGAAACAAAAUCAUGCGGGAUAAGAUAUUAUCAAAUAAGUGCGUCGGGAACAAUAUAACAAUGUGCAGUAUUGCGUUUACUACUACCUAUAUAUGAAAGAAGAUUUUGAGAGUAGAUUACGAACUAUAAUUGGUUUUAAAUUCUAGCCACUGCAGUAUUUAAUAAACGAUGCCAAUUGAAUUACACAAGUGUAUUUCCAAAGUACAUUAAUGCGGCACCUACCUGUUGAGAACAAGACUAAUUAUAUUAUAAUUAUUAUUUUGAACGCUGAGCCAUAUAGUAUACGUUGUUAUACUUUUGUCAUACUACUAAUCUCGAGUUCAAAAUAGAUUAUUGUCUAUAAGCAUUCUGCGAUUUUGGUGUUUGAUUUUCAUAAUUUAGAACAAUUUCCUGAUUUUUAUUAUAAAAAUACACGCUGAUUCACGCAGUCUUGAACGUAUAUUUUCCUAUGGAUUAGGUGUGUAAAACUUGUAGACCGAAUUGUAAGCGACCAAAAUCAAGAGAUUAUUAUUAUAAAGGUGAUAAUUUGGAUGAGGCAUGUGGAGUAGAUAAAUGAUGAUGGAUAUAGGGGCAUGCAGUGGUGGGUGAGUACCCAUACGAAUAUAUCGCUGACACCGUUUGAACAAGCUAAAGAGUAUGAAGAGGAGGAAGUAGGUUAGUUAUUUUAUUCAUAAUAAUCGCCGUAACUGGUGGCGUUAGUAGAAUUUUUUAAAUAUUACACUCCUGUGUAUUUUUUCUAUAUGAUAUAAAAUUAUCAUAAUGAUAUAAAAAAAAAAAACAAAACAAAGUAUUAGUGUGUGUUGAAAUUAAUGUACCUGUACAACUAUACUGCAAUGUUGAAUUAUUAUUAUUUAAUUUCGGCACGUAACGUUUUAGUACUUUUACGUGUGCAUACAUACCUAUACAUAAAAAACAAUUCAAAUUUAAGUGAAGCACGUGUAAUACUAUUAUUAUGACGCAAGUUCAGUUGGUAUUCCCGUAAAAAUCGUCUACCUAUUAGGACAAUAGUUAUAAUAUCGGGUAUAGAUAACAGAACAGGUUAUAGGACAUCAGGUUUCACCUGAAAAUUAUUAAGCGAUAACGUUUUCGAUUCGAAAUAUCGGGUUCUGUAUCAUUGAUAACACAAUUUAAAAAUCAGUAAAUUAGAAAUCGUAGUUUCAAAAUUGUAACAAUAAUAUAAAAAUUUUUUUACUAAAAAAAGGUACUCAAUAUCUUCUAAUUCUCUCGUAAAAAAUGUAUGUUCUCUCUUCAAAAAAACAGCGUGUAUCUAUACGAUUUUGGAAAACGUUAAUUAUAUUAUUUCGGAGACGAUUUUUUUAACGACCAUUUGGAUUCAAAUCGGACAUAUUUAUGCUGUGGAUUUUUUCUUUUAUAUUUCUUGUUAUAAUAACAUGUACGUACGUCAAUACCGUUCCCAAGAUAGUCGAUCGCAGUGCUCAGGGUGGGCGGGCGGAUCCGAUCAAAGGCAUCGUGUGCACGAUGAGGAUAUCAUCGUAUGGUAGGCCUAAAUUAAAACGUUCGAAAAUUCUGUCAGCCCGUUUUUUUUUAUCCUCUCAUUGGAAUAUACCGCCCUCAGCUCCCCCUCCCUCUACCUCUCCAAACCCUUAUUCCACAAAUCGUGUGCUCUCGGACGCGUGUGUGUAGCGCCUAAUUGAGAGACAUCGAGUAUAUUCGGAGUGUACGCGCAGUAUUUAUUGCCACCUACAAAUACCGAUUGAGUAUAAAAGCGUACGGCCAACUAUAAUUUUUACUACUUUGACAUUUAUGGGGUGUGCCGACCAAAUUAACCGGUAUCGUAUAUAUAUGUGCAUGUGCGUUCGAUAUGUCCAACAGAGUGUUGUUUACGGUUUUUUUUUUGGUUCUUCUCUUUUCUCCUGACUACAGGAACGAUGGAAAAAAUUAUAAUAUACAAGACCAAAAAAAAAAGCCACCAAAAUGUAAGUAUAAUAUGCAUAUUGUCCGGAGGGUUAUUUUUUUAUUAUUAUUUAUUUAUUUAUAUUUUCGUGGUAAACAAACAGAGUCUUUCACACCAAUUUAUUACCGCAACAAUAAAAAGGAACGACUACUCCGCCGCCGCCGCGGUGGUCGGCGUUUCGUGUUUUGUAUACUUUAUAUGUACUUUAUCAUCGUUUUCAUCCCCCAGUGAUAAUAUAUUAUAUUUUCAGGGAGUUAAAAGUAAUUUUUUAUGUCGACAUAAUAUUAAAUUAUUGUUAUAAAGGAACGGCGACAGGGUAUGCUGCGGUUAAAACAACGUCCGCGAUAAAUUAUCGACGAACAGAGUUAGUAUUAAUAGAACACUUAUAUUAUAUCGUGACGCCGUUUCUAUACGAUUUCCGAUGUCCGAUAUCGUCGGAAAAGUUUAUCAGUUUGGUAACAACAGAUAAAAUUUGAACCUUAAAAGCAUAGGUGUACAAGAUAAUUUGUUUUGGUUAAAUACUACUCUACCCUACCUAAACUUAAAAAUGAAUUAGUACAAAAAAUAAAACAGAAAAUAAUAAAAUCGUUACUGUCGUAAAUUUGUUCAUGUUUCCUACAUUUUUUCUCAAUUUUUCCUCAUUAUUGGGAAAACUACAAAAAAAAUCAAUAAUGUUAACUUAAUCAAAUAAAUGGAUUUUUUUUUUUUAUAAAAAAGAUUCUUUGUUGUGCUAUAAAAACAUGAAUAAAAAAACAUAUUCACUAAUAUAUUUGGCGUAAAAAUUUUUUUACAAUAUUUGGAGCAUUUGUAUUAACUGAACAACCGUUUUACGAUAAAAAAAAUACGCAUUUUAUUAUAAAAAAAAAAAAAAAAAAAAAGUAUACCACAACAAAUUUAAACCACAAUAAUAUCAUAAUAUGGCUUUUAGUAGUUUUUUUUAGACUCGAUAUCGAGGAAUUUAAUUCAAAUCUCGUGGAAAGUAUUCAAAUGACUCUUUCUAUAAAUAUAUAUUAUUAUAACGAACAUUUUGUGCCUGUUAAACGGUUUAAAAGUCAUGUUUUUCGUUUUGAUAAGAUAAUUUUGUCAUUUUCUACGAAAAAGAAUUCAUGUACAUGCGUUUUGUUUUAAAAAUAUAUAUUUUAGAUAAUAAUAAUUUAAUUAUGCCGUUGUUUAAAAUAAUUUAUGUAUAUAUAUAUAUAUGUAUACAUAAAAGGUAGGUAUAUUCGUAUUUUAGUAUAGGAGGUUAUUUCAAUAAUGCCCGAAAAAAAGAAUCAUAACUAAAUAAUCAAAUAUUUUGUAACAUUAUGCAUAUUUAUACGUACACAAUAACAUGAAUAGGUAACGAUUCAGAAAAAAAAAACGGUAAAUUCAAUAAAUUAUAUAAUUUGUUUCAUACGUAUACACAACUGAUUUACUAUAAUGGACCCGAUGUCUGCUUAACCUAUAACUACACGUAUUUACAUUUUGUCAGGCCGCAGCCGCCGUAACAAAAAAUAAAAAUAUUUUACUGUUUUCGUUACACUUUAUUAAGAUUCAUACUAAUAUUUUUUUUGUAUGGCAUUAUUAUAAUGAUAUUAUUGUGGUUAAUGUACGAAUUACCAUAAAACGAAUAUAAAACAGUAUGAUGACAUAGCGUAAUAUUUAUCACUUCAGAUCUCUGCGUAUAGAUAUAUUUGGUAAGGUACCUACACUCCGUUUGGGUAGAACAAUUAUUUUUUCUGUAUGACCUUUUUUUAAAUUUGUUAUCAGCUAUAUUACACGAGAAAUUUCACCCUUUAUUGAAACCGUUUUAGCCGUUGCUCCGUGUGAAGAAGUAACAUAUUGUUUUCAGUGUUCAAAUUAAGUAAACGCAGGACAUUCUUUAGUGAAUAUCCAUUGCGUAUCCACUACCCUUUCAUUAAAAAAACUUCAUGAACACCAAAACUUCUUCUCAACUUUUGAAUUUUACUUAGUCACCGCUCCACCAAUAUGUCCACUCGUAUUUCCCUUAUAAAAUAUAAUAUAUUGUUACAAAAUCAACUUAUUCAAUAAUUUAUUAUUUGUUUGUUAGUGGAAACACAGUAAGUAAGGAUCUUGCUCCAAUGCGUGUGCAAUGGACUUUACUGUAUUUUUAUUUGGGCACAGGAAACUUUAAAGAGUUUCCCGCAGGAUCGCUUUCGUGGGAAACGUCAGUCGACGGUAAUUUGUUAAUUAUUAUUAUUGUUGUCCUAAUUUAAAAUCAGGCCGAUCUUUGUAGGUUUUUGGAACUGAAACCGGGUUUUUCCAAAUUUAUAUGUCAGAGAUCAACCUAAAAUUCAAUAAUUAUAUUCAAAAUUCUAAAUGUUUACAUUCCGAGUGUAAUGAGCGUUGGUUAGACUAUGUAGCGUGAUAUUUUUGUCAUUUUAUAUUUUCAAUUGUGAAAUGAAUUAUUUUGUAUGCAAUUAGUGUCUAGGAAAAGUCUCCUUCGCGGUUAUAGGGCUAUUCAUUUUUUUGUGUUAUCGAAUAUAUGGUUUCUAAACUAGCGUGCGUCUUCAUUUUUUCUGCCGACUGAAGCAAUAAAGUAGUGAUGAGCCGAUAUCCGAUAUUCAAAUAUUUGCUAUCGAUAAUCGAUCCGAUAUUGAGAUUAAUAGAUAUAUGAAAAAACCGAUACCCGAUUUUUACGAACAAUGUUCGUAUUCAUUUUUUUAAACUAUAUAUUAUUUACAAUCAUUCUUUGAUUUACAAUAUUAAUGUGAAAAAACUGUUCCGAAAAUAUUGGUUUUGAAGAAAAACCGAUAUCUGAUAUUCAGAUAUACUCAAUAUCAACAGAUAUACGAUAUCGGUUUAUGCCGAUACUCACCUCUAGAAAAAAGCACCAAUUGUUUUUAAGUUUAGGAAUACUAGUCAUGAGUGCCAUCAAAUAAAAAUUCACUAUACUUAGCGUACAAUUUUUUCAAUCAGUUUUUUCGGUACACGUAUAAAUAUAACAUCGUUUACUGCAGUAUUAUAAAACUUGUAAGUGAUAUAAGCAAAAAAAAAAAAUAAAAUAAAUAUAUAUAAAUAAAUAUCGCGAUAAUCUAAAUUUUGGCAGUAUUGACGUAUGUACCUACGCACUCAGAAUUGGAAACUAAAUUUUUAAUAGCUGCCAAAUGCAUAUGUUCUUUCGUUAUCAGAUAUAUAUAUAUAUAUACAUAUAUAUAUAUAUAUAUAUAUAUAUACGUUUUCAUAUUUUCGCGGUUUUAACCUGAAAAUAAAAAAACCAAAUACUUACGUUUUUAUCGAACUGGUAUUACGUGGCCGGUGUUAUAAUUUUCACGACAGUAAAUUUUCCACAGACGGUGCUGCGGGUAUUAUGUCAUCUCCGGUAUAUUAUACAAUAAUAAUAAUAUGGCAAAAUCGGAAAAUACACGAGACCCGUCGAGGAACGACGAUGACGACGACGGAGGCCGACAGUCGAAAAUAAUAUGUUUAAGUAUAUUAUAUACGAGUGGUAAAACUGGAAACUAUAUUAUUAUUUUAACGUUUUUUAGAAUAUAAACGUUGCGAUAAUAGUUUUAUAACGCACACUAUUUUUUUUUUUAUUUUUUAAUAGCGCGCCAUAAUUUAUUAAGUAUUUGACAGUCUACAUGAAAUAUUCUCGGCGCGUUUCGGCCGAAAUAUUAUAUUAUACGAGAAUAGAGUAAUAAAAACGCGACCGAUUCGAAUAAUUUACAUAAUAAUAUUAUUAUUACUAUAAAAAUAUACGCCUAUAGCAGCCGUCAUAGUUCUUCCGGAACGUCUCGAUUGCGAUUUUCCGAUCUACGAGUGAUGUAUAACGAUAAUUUUGUCGACCGGAAACAUUGCAAAUGUAACAACUGAUAUUUCGCAAAGGGUCGUUGACGAUCGCGUUAAGUGGUACACGCACGUACUGUUACAGUCACAUAGCAAAAAUAUAACUAAAAAUCGCUUGAUUUUAGUUUUAGAGCAAAUAUUAUGAAACUCAAAGCACAUGGUAUUCAGAAGGGCGCCACGCUGCGUUUUUUUUAAAUUUUAAAUUCAUUUUUUUUGAAAAAUUAUAGCCGUUUUAAAAUAUUGAAAUUGUCGUAUUUCCUAACGAUUUACUGAGCGUUACAUUCGAAAUUGUAAAAAUGCGCAGCGUGGUGCUUUUCUGAAUGUCGUUUAAAUUAAUUUUUGUAACAGAUGCUUUUCAAACCAAAAUCAAGUGAGUUUUACUCAGUCUGCAUAAGCAUAUUUUUGCUGUGCUGCCCGUUAGUGGACCGAGAUCGUAAAUGCGGAUACGACGGCCUCUUAAUACUGUAUUUCGGUCUCGUUCGCGUUAUUUUUGUUUUUUAUGUGCGCAUAUACAUGGUGAUUAUAUUUUUAAUUUUUAUCAUCACGCGAACAUUUCGAGUAUUUGAUAUGUGGUAGUAUUUCAUAUAACAUUGGUAAUUGAUUUUUAUUUCAACGAAUUUGCGUACGUAAAGAACAUUUUUUAAAAAUUCAGACACUGUAGCGAAUUAUGUUAAUUGAUAAUUAAUAUAAAUAAAUACAUAGUUAUAAAAUGAGUUGUAAGGUUGUUAAGUAACUUAAAGUAAAAUUCGAUAAAAUCUAGAGCCGCAUCAACAGUUUCAUUGUCCACAUCAUUUCAUCAGUCGCGGCACUAUACACAACCUCGAAAUGCUUCCGAACUUAAUGUUUGGGCACGUUUCAAUGAUAUGCCGAAUUUUUUGUUCGGUUCCACUUGAGCAAAAGGAAUAAUCUUACGUUUCCCAUUUGUGCAGAAAGCUAUUGUUUCUGUUCAGGUCCGUUCUGGUUCUAUUAAAAGUCAACUGCACGGUCCACGGAAAGUUGGAGCCGGAAACUUUUGAAAGACAAAGGGUCUUCAUCAAUGUCACAUUUCGUACCUUUCACUCUAUCCAACGAGUUUUCCACGUCUCGAAAGUCGAUUGUCGGGAAUUCUAAAUAUCAUAUACUGGGUGAUUGUUUUUAUUAUGAACUAGCAAUUUUUUUGGAGGAUUUUAAGUGAAUUUGAUUUUUUUUUAAUCAUUCUGGAAUCGGCUAAGGUUUAUUUUAAAGUAAUUUUUAAUUUUUAAUCCCUAUUCAGUAUACCUGAAAUAAAUAUAUAUUUAUGUUUUUCAAAAACCACCCUAGGAACCUCUUUUUUUGAACACAGAUUUGAAUAGAGAAUAUUUUUCUUAAAAUUGUAUUAUGCAUAACACUAAUAUAAAAUGUACAGUUUAUGAGUUAUAACAGUUUAAAGUUUAGACUGGAGGAGUAGGGAAGGGUAAUAUGUUGCAUAUCUAUUUUUGAAUGAUCAAAUGAUAACUCUUCCCUACUCUACCGGUCUAAACUUUAAAUGGUUAUAAAUCAUAAAACGGUAAAUUUGAUAUAAGUGUUAUGGAUACCAAAAUUUCUAAAAAAUUAUUCUCUAUUUGACCCUGCGUUCAAAAAGGGAGGGUCCUAAUUGAAAAUCAAAAAUAUUUACUUAUUUAAGGUAUAUUGAAGAAGGAUAAAAAAUUUAAAAAGUUUUUAAAAUAAAGUUUAAACGAUUCUACAACGAUUAAAAAAAAAAAAAAAAUUCAAAUUCACUUAAAAUCCUCCAAGAUAAUUACUGGUUCAUAUCACUGUAGAGUACUAUGAUUUUAGAGUUUUUGUGAGUGUCAUGUUUUUAUAUAUAAGGAAAUUAGAAUAAUUCAAUAACUUCCUUGUUAUUGAUAAUGCACUAUCGCAUAAUUGCUGAAUAGAUAUUAUGUACGGCUUAGGUACAUCAUUUAUCAAUAUAAUUAAUUUGGAGUUCUUAACAAAUAGAUAUGUCUAAGUUAAAACAAGUUACCUAAAUUGCUUAAUAUUUAAAAUGUAUGUAAAUAAAUUCAGUUUACUUAGGGAGCAGCUAUACACCCUGUUCUCUCAUUUGCGUGCUUACGAUCGGUAAUAUUAUUACGGAUAAAUUUAAUUGUUUUUUUCGCCGCCUUUCUUUUACUCGAGUAGUAUUUUUCCAAAAACGGCUACGGGGUAAAAAAAAAACCACGAGAAACAACGAAUUACGCAAUUCCAUAUUGUAAUGCUCGUACAAUAUGUUUUAUUAACGUGUCUCGCUAUCAAUUGUUAUUUUCCUACGAUAUUAUUAAUAACAUAAUACGAUGGCGUGUGUGUGUGCAGGAUCGUAUAAAUCAUAAAACUAUCCGUUUACUACGGCGGCGGCAGUUUUUUUUUCCUUUACUAGGAGAGCAAUAUUCAGUUUACAUUAUUUUUUUUUUUUUGAAACUCGAGUUUAACCGUGGGUUAUAAUGCCAUACUAUAAUCUAUUGUACUCCGUUGAAUUUAUAUAAUAUUAUAAUAUUUGUGAUAGGUAAUCUAAUGUCGUUCGUAUGCCGCACGAAACUAAAUCACAUAUAAUAUAUUUUAUCUUAAUACGCGUGUUCCGGUAUACAUAUUAUAGGUUUCCAUAUUAAAUAUGCGCAAUAUAUCAAUUUUAUUUCGAAUGGUUGCUCUGCAAAAAAAAAAAAAAAAAAAAAAAAAAAAAAAAAAAAAAAAAAAAAAAAACAAAUAAAUAAAAAUGAGAAGGGAAAAGAUUAAAUCUAUUAGAUUAUAGUACAAUACAUAGUAUAUUAUUUUCGUCGUCCGACGUUUUUCGACAAAGUAAUAUUCUAUUAUUAUUAUUGCAACGAUAUAUUAUUAUCUACACUGUGCAGUGUGUGUGUGUGUGUGUGUGUGUAGUGUAAAGUACACACUGCUGCAGUCAUGUUCGGAAAGCAAUAAAAAAAAAAAAUCACCAAACUAUUCUUAAACACACAAAACCGCGUUAAAACGUACCUAUACCACGGUAAACAUAUACGUAUCUAUAAUAAUGGCGCUUAAUUUAUUAUUAUUGUACCCGACGCCUUUGUAUUUGGGAUAUUCGAAAAACCGUACUUAAACAUCAUACAUGAUGUCUGUUCAAGGGUUUUACAACAAAGACUAGCGAUCUUCACGAGCACUUAACAAAAAAAAAGUGAAAGUGUACACAAGCGGAACGCGAGUGUUUACAUAUUUUCGAUGCUGGUCGGGAACAUUUGCGAUAAUCUCGCGGGUUGAUUUGAAAAAAUAAAAAUGCCCAACACGUUAUCUAGACUCAAAAUGGUUAUCUUUUAGUCAAUUUUCUUUUGAUUUUAGUAGGUAAUUGUUAUUUAUUAUUUCGGUACCUAUACAAAUAAUGUUUAGUAGGACUUUUCACUCGUAUAUACGCACGAUGGUGUCUAAAGUAAAUGUGACAUAAAUCCGGAUUCUCCGGAAACACAACAAUUUCGAUUUCAAAUUUUACAAUAUUCGGGUUCCUGAAUACAAAAACUGAAACAUCUGAUAAUCUGUUUUUUGGUUUUUCUAUUUUUAUAUUUAAACCAAACACAUUUUUAUUGCGAUUAGAUUUUGUAAAAAUAAUAUUUGAUUUAUAAAAUGUAAGCACUUGAUUUUAAGCACUAAACUUAGGCGGGUUGGAUAAAUAACGCGAAACGGAGACCGGCAAAUACUAAACGGCCAAAAUGAUCGGGCGGAAUAAGGAAAGAAUGAAGAUCGCCGUGCGAGGUGGACCGGGAAAAGUGAGACGGAGGCUUAAAUGGUCUCUAAAAAAAAGCCUUAAGAACACGCGAAAUACAAUUUUAGUUAUGAUAAUGAUUUCAUUGUAAAUAAUAACAAAAAAAAUCUGAAAUUCGGAUUUACAAUAUCAAUUAUUCCGGAACUUCGAACUUGGGCCAGACCGUGUUUUUCCCAUCACUACGGCCAGUGCACAACAAUAAUAUAAACGCAGAGUUCGGUACACCAGAGUUUGGUAUAACGUCGCGUCUGAACAUCACUGGCCGUACGAAAACACAAAAAUCACGAGAAAACCGUGUCGUUUCGUGCACAUAAAUUUAUCGAAAUUGCUGUUUGGCGGUACCUAUAUGUAUAUUAUCGCAGUGGAAUCGCGUCGAUGAUAUACAUUAUACGUGUAAAUUUGUGUGUUAUAAUAAACGACGUCGUUAAAUUAUUAUUAUUUCCUCGCGGUCGCCGUCGAAUUCGGGACGCGGACCGCACGAAAACCACGAGCGUCCGUUUCCCAGAACGUAAUAAUAAAAUAAUAGUCAAAGUCAAUUGAACCGUCGUCGUCGUAGUCGAUUUAUAGACCAUCGUGGCGCGGUGUUGGCAGUAAAAAAAAAAAAAAGUAGUCGAAAAAAGGGGAAAAUUUAUAUUUGCGGCACGCCGUUUAACAUAUGUGGCGCCCGAUAAAUUUCACGAGAAGUCCUCGCCGCGGUGUCUCCUGCGUUAUAAACCGAAACAACCGCCGGUUCGGAAUAAUAAAUUCUCGUAUCUCGCGAUGCGUAUACGCGGGUUAAUAACGCAAUAUAAUUUUAUACGACCCGCGGCGCGCCGCGCAAUACCCGCGCGAACGGCACGGGAAUCGUUCGAACGCGCAAUAAUAUUUACAGGAGAGAGACUGUACAACGAUGAUGCUGAUGAUGAUAAUAAUAGUAGAGACGCCGAAGGACGUCACAAUUUGCGGGCGAUAAAUUUACGACCGGCCGCGAGAUCGGGACGAAUAAUAACGCCGCGGACCCGUUAUGUACUUAUACGAGUGUUCGCGAGGCUAGGCGAGCGAACGCAAUCACUCGUUAUUGACUCGGUUAGGUAUUAAUCGAUAGAAAAAAACAAAAAAAAUUAGUUUAAUAUUAUAUUUCACGACACGGGUAGCCGUGGCCACUGCGGUCGUAGGCGGGAUGGUUUGCAAGGCAUACGGUAUGCAAGACUAUUUUUUAGUUUGUACGCUGUAUACGCGAUUAAUUUGCUGUUGGUAUUCGUAUGCAGUUCACUUCGAAAAUCGGGACGGCCGAUUCGAAAGUUCAACAAAAUUAUCCCGCCACUCAUUGAGUAAAUGUUUAAAAAUCAAAAAAAAAAAAAAACACGUACCGAAAUCAAAAGUUAAAAUUAAAUUAUAUUUCGACUUUACAACUCGUUAAUAACGUUUCCCGGUCAAAAUACAAAAUAUCUUGGAAUAAUACGCAAUCUCAAAGAAAGUUAUAAUCUAAACAUUAGUGUAUAUAUAAUAUUUUAACAUUUAAUUAGGCGUCCGCGGUGUACGAAAUCAUUUUAUUAAAAAUAUAAUUAUUUGCGCGCACAAAUAUUGACAUAAUAUUAUGUAUUCAGUAAAAAUGUACUGAAACGCAAUAAUAACAAUAAUAUAAAUAUAAAUCCUAGAGAAUUUUUUUUUUUUUAUUUUUACAGAAGACAUUUCAGAGACAUUUCGUCGUGGAUGUUCCCGCGGGAGAUAUUUUAAUUAUCCAAUAAUCGCCGCGUUCGGCGUAUGUAAUAAUAAAACGCUUAAUGUUAAAAAAUAUCACCGGUUUAAUAUUAUUACGCGCGUUUUAUCGAUAAAAUCGACUCGAGCGGACCGCGUCAACAUAUUAUUAUUAUUAUUCACAUCCCGCACGCACGUCGCGCGGUAAUCUCGUUAUAAAAUCGCGUAUUGGUAAAUCGAACUCGUCGAAUUCGAUUUGGAUUGAUAAUGUUAUAUUUUAUUCCAUAAUCAUAGGCCGUAAAAAUUUUUUUAAUGACGAUCGGCGUAAAGAUUUCCCGUGUAUGACGAAACACACUCGCAUAAUAACAUAAUAUUAUUAUUACCGAGUGGUUCAAAAGUCUUCGCGGCUUUGAUCUCAAUCUUUCGUAUUUAUUUUGAACAAAUGAAUACACACGUAUUUUUCCCGGAGAAAAUUUAAAAAAAAAAAAAAACCUCGUGUCACAUUCGUCUCGAGUCGAGGCUGCGAAAAAGAUUUAAUUCAUGUAAUAACCGUACCGUCUCGGUGUCUUAGCAGACACUGCGAAUUACGGUGACGAUCAAAAAGUAAGCAAUUGCCGUCGAAAUUCUAUUACGGUCUAAAUGUAUCGAUAUUUUCCUCGUGGUACACCGGCGAUAUUUCUGGUUAACAUUCGCAAAGGAGUCUUUGAGGGAUUUUAAUUGGGCAUAUUGAGCCGAAUAUUUCGGAAAAUGACAAUUUUAACACUUAGAGUGUACCACAUUCGUCUAUCACAUUGUGAUUUGUUAGGAUUUCUACUAUCCAGACCAGAAUUUUUGAACAUAAAGUGGUACACAAGAUGAUAAAAACACGAUCAGCAACGUUUGGGAAUAAUUUGACAGAGCUUGGACAAGUUAACCAAUUCGUUUGAACUAGUUUAAGUUAAGUUACUUAGAAAAAUAAUAAUUAUAUUUAGGCACUUCGUUAAAAUUUUACAAUAUGAAUGCUAUUGAAUAACUAAAUUACACUCAAUAAUAUUUACUGAAGUUAAAACUUUAAAAUUACCCUUAACUAUGCACUCGUAAACGUAUUUUGUACUUUAAUAUAUUUUAUAUUUCUAUAGACUUUCUACCUAUACAAGACAUGCGUGGGUAUCCUAUGUAUGUUCUUCUUGUUAUACCAUUACGAUAUUCCGUAAAAAUACAUAAUAUUUUUAGCGAAAUAUGUAUACAAAAAACUUAGAAACACAGUUUCUAAGUUUCUAUGCAAACAUUUAUUCGUAAGUAACUUUAAUUUCAACAGAUACAACCGAGUCAAGUAAAAAUGAUUUAUUAAACAAAAUCUCCGAGUAAUUUUAAUUAACAUUCUUUUCGGUUUUUUUUUUCAACUGUUUGAGUUAUAGAGGUUGUUUUUUUUUUAGGGAACUAUUAUAAAUUAACAUUUAAACUUUCCGUUAUUGUUUUGAAAUUCACCGCGCACUCUGGCGCAUUAUCGUUCGUUUUUAAGAAAGGAUUUUUCUUCUCUAUCGGACGCGUAGACUUUUGAACCACCCUGUAUUUUACAAACAAAACGCCGCCGUGGCGUGCAGGUAAUUUAUAUCGUUUCUCAUCACACGUUUCUCCGUCGUCGCUUCGCCGUCGAUUAAAACCCCGACGGUGCAGCGGACGUGGUCGGACUUUUAGGUAGGCGUGCGGCGUUUUCGAGCCCGGUCCCUCCUGAGCACGCGUAUCUCACCGGUAAAUCUCUGUAUAAUAAUGAUAAUAUUAUUAUAUACGAAUCCGGAGCCGACUACCGAGCCACGGCGGAUGCUGUGCGCGUGUGUAUAUACUCACAUUUCGUUUCGUUUUUUUUUUGUGUUUUUAAAUUUUAUUUCGUUCUACCGGUUUGACGUUUAUGAUGUACGACGGGAGAGACCGCACGAGUCGUGUUUUGCCUCGGAGACGACGACUGUUAUUCGCAUUUUGUCGUAUUAUAUCGUGCUGCAGUUGCUGCAAACUCUUGUAGACGGUUUUUUUUUUAUUAUUAUUAUUAUUAUUAUUAUUACUAUUCGGAAAGGAUUUUUUUUUUUUUUUUACAGUUUCACGACGCUCAGCCACAACCACCGUAACAAUUUAUGUUUCGUCGCGGUCCUUUCCCAUCCGUUCGUAUUAUACACUAAAUAAUAUUAUCGCGAUAUUUUCGGUCGGUUUCCUCGUAAAGCGGACUGCGACUCGCGAAAAAAAAACUAAUUGUAAAUUAUAAUAUUUGCGGGGGCUGACGAAAUUUCCCCUCUCCUCGCCCUGCAACAUUUUAUUACAUACACACACACACACAUGCUUGUCAAAAUAUUUUCGAAAUAAAUUGAAUGGCAAUUCGAAGGAGAGGGGGGGGUGGGGAGUUCUAUACUUCUGUCUAGCUGCAGUUGUCGGUUUCAUAAUAUUUCUUAUAUCAUAUGCUUCAGUAUAUUACAAUAUUACUCGUUUUCGUUCUUUACCACGUGGCUACGCGUCACUUUUGUUUUCUGCACUUUUUUUUUCUUUUCUCAUUGUUCGUAUCCUCCGAGUUUAUUGGACGGCUCACGUACUUGGCCUACAACUAUUAUAAUAGACACACGCGAAUACGAUUAACGUCGAACAGCUCUAUAAUAUUAUUAGAAAAACCAAACGACAAGCAGCGGAGACGUGUAUCGUAUUGUCUUAAUAAUAACAUAUUGCGGUGUAUUCCGACGAUUCGGUUUCUUGUCUAUACCAAUUGACUGAUGCGGUUGGCGCUUUGAAUGGAAUUACAGAGAGUUCUAUACAGUAAACGUUAUAAUAAUAAAUUGUCGUGCCACGAUGUCGAGACGAUAUAGAAACGAGAAAUGUAUAAAUCCCGGACGAUGUUUCGGCUGCGCGGGGGCUUAUGCAUACACUUUCUGUUUUAUUUGCGACUAUUAUGUUUCAUCAUCGUCGUGACAAACGAAUACUCGAACGGAAACUUUACUCGCACGAGUCACUCGCAUGUGCGCGAGUUGUGAUUGGUACUAGAUGACGAUGAUGGGUCAGAUUGUGAAAACGCUAAAAACCAAGCGAUAACAUAAAACAAUAAUUAAAAUAUACGAUAGCAGACAAAUAUGUUUGUUCAAAAAAAAAAAAAAACGUAUACAUAUAUUUAAAGUAGAACGUGUAACCCUCCUUAGUAAAGCUAUGAGUUAUGUACUUUUGUUGGAUUAGCGAAAGACGGACAUUAACAAUAUAUCAGUUAAAAAGUUAAUUCUUUGACUUUUCGUCUUAACUAUAAUUAAUUAUUUUUUCUUUUAUACAAUGCACAUCGCUAGUUACAGUUAAUGGUUUCAACUGCCGAUUUUCAUAAAUAUCUAAUUACGUUAACGCGUUGAAGACGAAUUAAACCUGUUUUUUGUUAUUUUAAUUUGUUUGUAUAGAUUUGUAUAUUUUUUUGUAUACAUUAACAUUUAAUUGGCUGUACCGCGGUAACGUAAUAAUAUGUCAUACUAGAAGAUACAAUUUAAUAAAUUGCAUACAAAUAAUAUUCAAUAUAAAUACAAAAUUAAGUUUACAUUAAAUUUACGUUAACCGCCCUAACCCAACACAACCUAACCUCUUACUUUCGGCGUCUAAAUGUACAAAUUCCACAUGUCGCACACCCGCAGACGUAACGCUACGGUGCGAUACUCGCCGUGCAAAAUAUUUCGCUCGGUUAUUUUUAUUAUUAAACGCAAAUAACUUUUGCUCGAGUAUGUUAUUCGAUCUCUAUGUAGAUUUGUUGACCGCAAAAAUUCAAAAUUUACACUGAAACGUGAUCUACACGAUACCUGCGCAGUAUAAUAUUAUGUAAACUAUAUAUAUAUAUAUAUUAUAGUCGAUCCGUGAUGUUCAGAUGGCUUAAAAUCAACUAGUAGAUCGAGAACGCUAUAAUGUAAUAUAUACAUUUAUUUUGUCUUUUUUUUUUUUUUUAAAUAGACAGACCGGAAUUUAUGUUUUUUAAUCGAAAUAAUUUAUAGUCGCCAUCUAUGAAAUAUUAUCCGUUUGCUGUUUUUUUUUAUUUUGACUAGAUAUAGUCUCGUAAAUAUUUCAGUACAUCAAAUAAUGCGGAAUUUCUGCCCGCUGGUAUUUCAUUUGAAACAUCGAACAAAUUCAGCAGUCCGUCCACUGUGUCCUUUUUUGUCGUUGUUUGAAUUUUGUUAAUUUGUUCAAAAUCGGUUUUUCCUUCGAUUAUCCCCUCGGAUCCGUCUCUGUCUCGUUACGGUCAAAUAACUCGAAUAGUUAUUAAUUAUUACAUGAUAACAUUGUGUUUUUGUUAUUGUUUUUAGUUAACGUCCCUUAAAAAAAAAAAAAAACACCGUUUAAAGGUCGAAUUCGUUACAUUAACAUAACACGUUUUCGUCGUAAUAAUAUGUUAUUACAAAACUAUAUAUUAUGUAGUAAAAGUGGAUCGAAAAACUCGUAUCGAAUAUUAACGAAGGACGCUUCCAUCUUUUUUUCGUAUCAUCAUCGAGAUUUUAUUGGCUGACGAUUUUUAGAUUCUGAGCACAGCGAAGAUUGGCUCUACUAAUGACGUGUGGAUUUUUUCCCCCUAUCUGUAAACAACUUUUUUCUACCAGGAAAGGUCCACAGAAUAUACUAAUUAUUAUAGUAGCCUUUAAAAAAUGUUCUGAAACGUUCUGGCGAUUUUUGAACUAUUUAUAGGUAUUUGCAAGGCAUAGUUUUUACAUGUUGUUUUCUGUGGAUAUAAUUGUUUUGGUCAAACAUAAAUGCUUGAAAAUUUAACACUAAGUUUAUUAUAAGUUUAGUCAUAAAAUAAAAAAAGUCGAGUCUAAUGUGCGGUUUUUUUUUGUAAUCGUUUUAAUUCCAAUUUUGACGAAAAUCGUAAAAAAAAUCAAGUAAUUCGAAUUCGUGUUAACGGAAUUUUGUUCAAAAAUUUUUUUUUUUGACUACCGAUUGUGAUGCUGAUAAUAUUGUGUUAUACCGGAUUUUAGUAUAAUAUAGAAAAUGACGAACAGGGUUGUUUUGUGCACGCGUUCUAUAAUUAAACACCGUUCACAUCUGAUGAACUAACAAACAUAGCCAGACACUUGAGGUUAGCUUGCCAAUAUUUCAACACGUAUUUUUUCCCCGAUUUUAUUUUGUUUUUAUUUUUGACGCUCGGCCAUUGAUACCUAUACGAAACGGUUUUUUUUUUUUUUUUUUUUUUUAAAUAUAUAUAGGUAUUGAAGGAGAUACCGUCCGAUCGUUCGAUUGCAACGGAGACGGUUUAAAUCUAUUACGAUCCGGCGUUAAAUGAAGACGUACCUAAAACGAUAAAAAAAAAAAAAAAAAAAAAAAAAAAAAAAUAUAAAUAAAUUAUCAAACGGGCACGCGGUGCAGUAAUAUUUAACGAGAAGAACAUAUUAUAAUAAUAUAGUUUCGAAAUAUUUUCUCUAUAGGUUUUUUAUGGUAAAUCUUUAGGUGCCUAAAAACAUAGAAAUACUUUUUUUUUUGUAUAUACCUAUAUGUAUAAUAGGUACAAUUUAUUCGAAUAUUUUAAAACGUUCGCAUUAUAAUUACCAUAUUAUCUAUAUAAUAUUUCGUAUUAUAUUAUAUACUAAUCGCCGGUGGUUUAAAACCCUAUAAUGUAAAAAAAUACGUCAAUAUAAUAGGGAAUACAUUAAACGUACUUAAAGAAAGAAAACAACGUUGAUGGCUCGUAAAAUUCGUAGAUUAUUGCGAAAACGACUUAAGAGGAUGUCACGGUAGCGCAUAUUAUAUACUUAUGUCGUCUCUGAAUUUCCAACGGGCAAUAUAGCAAAUAUAACGUGUUUUCAGAGUUUUGAUAGUACUCGGAUUCUAUACAGUGUGUCCCACGUAUAUAUACCGAUUAGGUACGAUAUAAAUAACAUGAACGUAUUGGAAAUUAUUAACUUUAAUUGGAUUAUUAUUUUUGGACAAUUUGAGAAAUGAGUAGCUCUUAAAUAUGAAAUUGCAAUCUUUUUUGGUCACCCUUAUAUUUUUGAAGGCGUAACGACUACUCACUAACCUACCUUUGGUUUUCAAAUGGCAGCCUAUACGGAAUGAUUUAUAUUAAGCGUGCCCACCUCAUUAUUUUGGUUAAAUUUCGUAUAUGUUCAAAAUUGGAUUUUUGGAAUUUUCAAGUCGACAUUUUCGAAUACUUAGAUAUUUCACAAAAUUUGAGUUUUCCGUGGCGAUGUCAACUUUGGUUUUUCAAAUAAGAACUUAUAUUAAAAAUUCCAUAAAUAGAUAUAAAGUAUUUAUUAGUUUAAAUAAAUGUCAGUGUUAACAUUUUUUGAUUUCCGUCAACCCGUUGACGAUAGAUAUUCCACUUUUAAGUUUGGGUAGGGGGUAGUAGUGGAGCUAUUUAAAUUCCGUGCGCUAUGCCGCCACUAAAAUUAUACUUGUUUCUUAUAAUUGCCAAAAACUAAAGUUAAUAUAUUUUCGUUUUCGAAAUAUCGGAAUGGGUAUAUCAUCGUAAGACACCUUGUAUAAAUAUUCAAUAGACUUGUAACCAGUACCGUCGUUACCACGGAUAUUCGGGUGUCAUAACACUCAUAAUCCUAGAACCGAUUUAAAAGACUUGCAUGAACACAUUUUUGUUAGACCUACUGUUUAAAAUACAGAUACGUAUUUUGUACGUCCUAUACCGAGAUAGCGUCCACUUAAGAUGAUAUUACCGCACGGAUAUUAUUGAUGUGUGGCGCGCUACAUAGUAUACGAUAUUUUCAGCGCGUUUUUUUUUUUUUUUUUUUCUAUUCCGAGCGUAGGAAAUUUUUAAACACCUUCUAAAAAUAUAUAAUAUAUGUGGCCCGAUUAUUUUUUACGCGCGUAACAUAAACAAUCGUUCGGAAAUUCGUACGCAAGCUGCUGUUAUAUACAUUUUGAAAUUUCAAUUAUUCUCGCCCGCGCAAAAAAACCGGGAAAAAAGUGUUCUGUUUUGUAUAUGCACGCGUAAGUGUAUAAAUAGUUUCUCCCCCCCCCAGCUAUAAUACAGUAUCGCGUUAUUGUUAAUUUCGUGCGUAAGCGUUACGAGUCGAGAACCACGGAAAAAAAAAAAAACUACGCAAAAUUCUUGUUACGUAUUAUUAUUAUUAUUAUUAUUAUUAUUAUUAUUAUUGUUAUUAUUAUUACAGUGACGUAUAUAAUAGUUUCCCGGCGUUGAAAGAAAUAAUAUGCGCGGCCGAUACAUUCCCGCGGUAUCCGAACACCCCGCGCGAUUUCGAAAUUAAAACGCGGGCGCCACACUAUCUAUCGGAUAAACAAAUACCUAUGUUAGAUAUUACAUAAUUUAUUCUAUUUUCGAUUCCGCGUCGAUUCGAAUACGACUCGGCGAUAAAACUCUCGAUACGGCGAUUAUGUCCGUUGCACUGUACGCAUACUGUUGCGUGCUGCGGCCGCGGGGGCUCGUCAUCCGUUAGUCGUGUAAUUUUAGAUUUUUAAGUGGCGAUAUAUUACUGCGAAGAGGCUAUAUUGUUCGUGGUCCGACGAAAACCGUAUUAGCUGAUAUAUGUUUUAAACGCCAUUGUUAUUCCGGAUAAUUAUAAUGGGAUAGUAUGCCUGUAUCAAUAUAUAUAUAUAUAUAGCUGACUAGCGACGUGGCGAGCGGUUUAACGAGGAUUUUUUUUCAGGCUCCGAGUGCAGCGAAGAAAACGUAUUAGUUUCAACGAGACGUGUGUGUGUGUGUUUUUUUUUCUCUUGGUCCAUAAAAACACUGAUCAUCACAAAAAAAGCGCAUUUACGAAUUUGGCGACCUUUUUUUUUUUUUUACUCAUAGGCGCCGAUAGAUGUGUUUAACCCCAAACAAAAUCUUUUAAGCCCCUCUUAAUUAAGAAAGUGCACAUUUUCUUGUCGUUAAAAUGAUACCUCAAUGCGUAAAUGUUUUUCUCUUAGUAUUAUUAUGAUAUUAUGUAUGACAAAUCAACGAUUUUCGUUAGGGAAGGAGCGGGGGGGGGGAGUGAAAACACGAAACGUGUCUUUUUUUUUAUUUCCAUAUACCUACACGUUUUCGCUCAUCAGAUUUUGUCCGAUUUGUGGGUGUAUUUCAGUAUAGUUAGUAUAGAUUCAUGCAUGUUAAUUUGGAGUCAUGAAAUUUCGGGUAUGCCGGGUACUUGAGAGCCCUGCAUGCAGAAGUACCUGUUUAAUUUCGGGAGGUGACCAUAGUAUUGACGUGGUUGUUUUUUAGUAUAUGAUUGGUACCGAAGACGAAUGCACAAUCGUUACUAUAAAGUAGGUGAUGCAGACAUUUUUCGUUCAUAUACGAUGAUAACCGCAGGAAUGGCAUUAAAACUGUACGCGUUGGUAAUGCGACAUUUACCGAAACCCGUUUCGAGUUUGAGACGACAUACCUACGUACCUACCUAUACCUAUCUGCCCGUCUAAACGGUUUAAAUAGAAAAAUGUCACGCAGUAGCUGGUAGCCUAAUUUUUCACGUACGCCCUGAGUAUGCGCAGAAUUUUUUUUUCAUAUUUGUUUUGUCGGUACAAUAGCGUAAUAAACGGUCCGAAAAAAAGCGCAGAUAACAUUUUACUGUUACGGAUGUAAAUAGUAGCGAUCGUUUAAAUAUAUUUUUUUUUUUUUUAUCAUUUGUACAGUAUAGUUGUUUAUUUACGUAACAAUGACGAAACAUAAAAUGUUCUGGUAAAUAAUUUGUUUUGUUUUUUUUUUAUCUAUACGACUAGCUACUAGCUGUUGUACACGCUUUCGGCUUUUUAAAAUAUUUUAUUGCUGAUUAAAAGUGUAUUUUUAUGUUUCUUUUACACAUGCGAAACAAACUACCUAUUUAUAAUUAUAAACGCUAUUUAUUCUUUUUACCUUUAUUGUUUAUUUUAAAUUUGUCGAUAGCUUUAAACAUAAAUGAUCACGUAUACGUUACACCGUGUCUCGUUUUUGGAUUUUGGGUUUUCUAUUAUCCUCGCCAUUUCGCACGUCAUCAGUUCGUAUUUGAUUGACGUGUCUAAUCGAAAGGUCGUAAUGGUCGUAGGCAUCUAAAAUUUGUAAUUGUAAAAUAUAUCAAACAAAGACAGGAAACCCCCCCCCCAAAAAAAAAAACAGUGUAACAUUUCACGUUAUAUGAUCGUAUGUCCGUGUACAGUGUUCGAUACUGCGCAGCUCGUGUAUUUGACGAUCGUAGUGGAAAUACCGCGUCGGCUCUAGUAAUCGGAAUUGUAAUUCACUUCGUUUAUGGCGACCCUGUUUGACUUGUGCGUCAAUCCUGAUCGUUCAAAUAAAAGAUGUGCCUACAUUACCAUAAUACGAUUGUGGUUAAAAGGAACAUAAACGUGAUGGUUAAACACUCGACGAUGUCGUUUGUUAAACGGUAAUCGAAAACAACUAUGACGAAAGAUCCAAAACGUUUGGGCAAACAAAACGGUGAUUUUUUUUUUUUUUUCGGCGUUUCGUAUACGUUCACCGGCAUUUCAAUUGUGUUCGAAUUUUUCUCCAAUAACCGUCAAAGUUUGUUUAACAGUUUCCGCCGAUGCGGGCAGUAAAUAAUAACGAUACAAAAAAAAAAAACCUCUGAUUUAUUGUUACAUCACGCGGAUCAAAUAAAAGUCCCAUUAUUUUUGUAACGGCGGAAAGUUUGACCGUGACAUUUUUUACGAAAAGUUUUGCGAAAUAGCCGUGUUCUAACGCGUCUAACUCGGUCUCCUUGUGUCUGGCGCUACUUACCGGAAAAGUGAAAUGGACGAAAUACCGAUUACGGACGAGAUAAAAAGAAAUGUAAUAAAUUUCGACGAUUUGAGAUUGGAUAUCUGUCGAGAAAGUUUUUGAAAACUUAAACGUCUCCGUUCCGAAUUAAACCGUUCAGAUUUUGUUUUGUUUCUUUUUGAAAUCUCCCAUCUCGAUUCGAGAUUUUAACGGAAAAUCAUUCUCCUCGAAAACUCGGCGGAUAUGUUGAGUUUAUUGUUUUGGGUAUUUUUUACUGCACGGUUUUAGGAAUUUAACACCCUACGGCCCAGCAAGCAGUUAAAUUCAAAUUAUGUAUAGUCGUGCUCUUAUUUUGACGGUUUUUUUUUUUUUUUUUUUGUUUUGUCUGUUGCAGAAAAAUUUCGAAGAGGAAUGCGUUUUCAACGAGAUGAUCGAACAACACCACUACAACACGUAUUCGUCGGCCAAGUACACCAACGACCGGCGGACCCUGUACCUGGCCCUCAACAAGCGGGGCAUGCCGCGCAAGGUGCAGGUGAAAGCCAACGCGCCGCUGGGCAAGCUGUCCACGUACACGCGCGUGCUGACGCAGUCCGUGUCGGCAGAACGGGUGGAACAGUUGCUGGCCUCCCGACAGCCGCCCGCGUCGGGCGAGUGGCCGGCGUCGGUGCCGCACGGCCAUCGGCACCAUCACGUGUGUCCGCCUCACGUGGGACCGCCGCACCCGUCCACCAAACGCCGCAAGUGCCCGGGCACCAAGGGCGGCGGUCGGAAGAAGAACAAGGACGCGGACAGCGCAAGCCUGAAAGGGGAUGGUGGCGGCAACGUGGGAAGUAGAGAGGACGAAGACUGCGGAGGCGGCAACAAGAAGAACCGUUGCGCCGCCGGCGACGAGACCAGUCACCGGAAAGCGGACGCGGCGGGCCGGAAAAAAAAGCCGAAGAAAACGGCCGCCGGUAGGGGCGACGGAAAAGGGCACGGCCGGAAGCACGGCAAGCCGUCGAAAAAAUCGGAACUCGACGUCCCGCCACCCGAGCCCGCGGUCCUAUUCGUCGCAGUUACCACUGUCGUGCCGCCGUCCCAAUUCGCCGACGACGCGGCCCACGCGGACGACGACGACGACGACGACGACGACGGAGUGCCGCCGCCGGCCACCGCGGCGGUUCCGACAGUCUAG